GUUAGCACUUCUGAGCAGUUGGAGCAUUCCCAGCCUUGCCUCGGGUGUAGGGAUUGCAGGGAAAAGCAAAACUACACGGCAAAGACCCUGUGUAGUUUUGUUUUUUGGGUAAUUUUGAGGCCAACCGUUCUCACAUUGGAUUUUCUGAAUCGAUUUCUGGAUAAGGAGAUUGUUUUAGAAGAUUUCAUACCUUGGGCUCCGUCCCUUCAAUUCUAGGCACUCUUGUGACACAAGGUGCCUACCAACAUGUCAACACAGGCGCCAACGUUUAUACAACCGCUUCAGAGCGUUGUGGCACUUGAGGGUAGUGCCGCAACGUUCGAGGCUCAAGUUAGUGGUAAUCCAGUUCCUGAGGUGAGCUGGUUUCGUGAUGGCCAGGUUCUUUCCGCUGCCGCUCUGCCCGGCGCACAGAUCUCGUUCAGCGAUGGCCGCGCUGUUCUGAUGAUCGCCGCCGUGACAGCCGCACACAGUGGAAGAUUUUCAGUGAGAGCCACCAAUGGCGCUGGACAAGCCACUAGCACAGCUGAACUCCUUGUUACAGCUGAAACCGCGCCUCCCAACUUCACACAAAGACUGCAAAGUAUGACCGUGAGACAAGGAAGCCAAGUGAGACUGGAUGUUCGUGUGACAGGAAUCCCUACACCUGUGGUGAAGUUCUUCAGAGAGGGAGCUGAGAUUCAGAGCUCCGCAGACUUUCAGAUCGUGCAAGAAGGAGAUCUUUACAGUUUGUUGAUUGCCGAAGCUUUCCCAGAGGAUUCUGGAACUUACUCUGUCAGUGCCUCCAACAGCAGUGGCCGUGCCACCUCAACUGCUGAGCUGCUCGUUCAAGGUGUGGAAGAAGCAGUACCUGCCAAGAAGACAAAAACAGUUAUUUCCUCUUCUCAGAUUAUUUCCGCCCACCAGACACGCCAGACAAGAGUUGAACAGAAAAUGGCAGCCGCCAGCACAACAAUGGUGAUUGAAGGAGGUGUCGUCAUGGAACAGCUGGCACACAAGACACCCCCACGUGUGCCACCCAAGCCGACUUCAAGGUCCCCCCCAUCAGCGACUGGGAAAGUGUCCGCUACCCGACACCAAUCCCCCUCCCCUGUGAGGCCUGUGAAGGCACCAGCGCCGUCUGCAGUCAGGUCGGUGUCCCCAGCCUCCUCCAGGUUGUCCGUGUCCCCCAUUCGCCCCGUCAAGUCCCCAAUCAUGCUCCGCAAACAGGUGAUCCAGACCACAGAGGUGCUGCCACCGUGGAAGCAGGCCGGCUACGCCUCCGAGUCCGCCUACAAGACAAGCGUCACAGCCGGAGCCACACACGUCCAGAGUCAGACCACAGUCACCCAGCGCACCUGGGAGAGCUCCUCCAUGUCCUCCUCUAUGGCCUCCUCUAUGGCCAUGCAGCAGACAGUGAGCGGGGGGGCGUCCAUGCACCAGACAGUGAGCGGAGGGGCGUCCAUGCACCAGACAGUGAGCGGAGGGGCGUCCAUGCACCAGACAGUGAGCGGAGGGUCGUCCAUGCAGCAGACAGUGAGUGGGGCGGCGUCCAUGCAGCAGACAGUGAGUGGCGUGGCAGUGAAAGAGGAGCCUCAAACAGCAGUGGAUGGCAAAACGGCUGCUGCUGUGGCUACGGUGGUAGCCGCAGUGGAGCAUGCGCGUAGUCGCCAGCCCCAAACUGGCUCAGUCGAGGUGUCCACCACCACUCAUGAGGUCACCGUCACCUCAACGGCAGACGUGACAGCAGCAGUAGAGGAAAUGACCUCAGCACAGGAAGUGACCUCAGCAGUAGAGGAAGUUACCUCGGCAGAGAAAGUUAUUUCCUCAGUAGAGGUCGUAACCUCUGCAGAGGUGACUAGUGCAGAGGUUACACCUGCAGAAGAACAGGGUGAGGGUGGCAAAAAGGCUGGCGCCGUCGCCACUGUGCUUGCUGCCGUCGAUCAUGCACGCGUGCGCAAGCCUGCGCAGGCGGAGAGGGGUGCCGCGGAGGAGGCAACCUUAGAGUUUGACAUGUCGCAGCAGCAGGCCAUGUACGCCGCUGAACAGCAAGUCAGAGCUAGGACAGAGGCCACUCUAGCACCCCCUACUGCUCAUGUCACUGCAGCACAAAAGACUGUGCAUGUGUCCCAGAUCGAGAGGAGCGCAGAAGCUAGUGCACAUAUGGAGACUGGCCUUGCUCCUUCCCCAGUACCACAUUUUACAGUUUCAAAAGUUACUGUGCCCAAACCUGAACCUAGCUAUGAGGUAUCCAUAGCAGGCUCUGCUAUUGCCACACUGCACAAAGAGUUGUCCGCCACCCAUGGCGUUCAAAAGAUCAUCAAGCCUGUCAAGGCCCCGACUCAAAGGGUCUUGGAGACCAGAGUGACCCCCGAACCCACCCCACCUCCGUUUAGGGAUGAGCGUUACAUGGCGCAGUACGAGGCACAGUUGCAAAGGGAGGAGAUAGGUGCCGGCGCUGCCUACGCAGGUGGCGCAGACGAAGAGUAUGAAGAGUGGGAGACCGAGGUUAUGGAGAUUGCAGCCGUCCCAGGAGCACAGGAAGCAGUUGUGCCACCCACACUGAUUGCUGGCUUGGCAAAUGUGACUGUCACAGAGGGAGAGUCUGUGACUCUGGAGUGCCAGAUUUCUGGAACCCCAGAACCAACGAUCAUGUGGUUCAGGGAAGACUAUAAAAUUGAAAGCACCAUUGAUUUCCAAAUCACCUACGUGGGUGGCUAUGCCCGUCUGGUGAUCCGCGAGGCCUUUGCUGAGGACAGCGGCCGCUUCAGCUGCACUGCUACUAGCGCUGCUGGAACCAUCAGCACAUCUUGCUACCUGCUUGUCAAAGUAUCUGAAGAGAUUGAGAUCAGAGAAGACGUUACCCUGGUCUCUGGAGUUGUCGUAGAAGAGAAACGUGUAAGUGAGGCAAAGGAGGAGACGAUGUCUGAGAUCAGCGCGGUGUCAGAAACCAUGGAGCCUGGUACAGGCGUGCUCCCUUUCUUCGUUUCCCAGCCCGUUGUACAGAAACUGGUCGAGGGAGGAAGUGUCGUGUUUGAAUGUCAAGUCGGAGGAACACCCAAGCCCCACAUUUACUGGAAGAAGGGUGGUGUGCCCCUCACAACUGGAUACAGAUAUAGAGUAGCCUACAACAAGGAGACUGGCCAUUGCAAGCUGGAGAUCUCCAUGACGUUUGCCGAUGAUGCUGGAGAGUACACCGUUGUGGCAAGGAACCAGAUGGGAGAGUCCUCAGCCAGUACUAGCCUCCUCGAAGAAGGAGAAUAUGAAGCCUACAUGAAGCAACAGGACGUGACAUACAAAACAGAAGUGACUGCCAUUGUACAGGAGCCCAGAGCAGGAGACGUGCCUCCUGUGGUUGUAAGUGAAUAUGAGAGAGAACAGUUUCUCACCCAGAAGAUGACGACGACAUAUAUUUCUGGACAGGAAUUCCAAAUAUCUGCUUUUGAGCAGAAGAUAAUCCAAGAGAUUGAGAUUCGUAUUAUGAAGAUUACCUACCAACAGAUAGUGGUUGAGGAUGGAGAAGAGAUGGUCGUGAAUGUAGCAGAACAUGAAGCAAAGGAGGCUGGAUUUGCCACAGGAGUCAAAAACUAUAGAAUCUUGGAAGGCAUGGGAGUCACAUUCCACUGCAAAAUGUCUGGAAACCCAGUCCCCAAGAUUGCCUGGUACAAAGACGGAAACCGCAUCAGGCACGGAGGCCGCUAUCAGAUGGAGUUCCUCCAGGAUGGACGUGCCAGCCUGCGUCUGCCCGUGGUGCUGCCUGAGGAUGAGGGCGUCUACACCGCUUAUGCUUGUAACAUGAAGGGCAAUGCCGUGAGCUCUGGCAAGCUUUACAUUGAGCCUGCUGCAGCUCAAACGGGCCACCCCCAGUACCCACAGCCAGAGGCCAUGAUGAGGAUUGGCUCUGCCUCUUCUCGUGGCCCCAGCUAUUCUCCCGGACGUUCUCCAAGCUUUUCACCGGGGCGUUCCCCAAGCUUUUCUCCCGGACGAUCCCCCGCACGUUCCCCUGGCCGCAGGCUGGAUGACACAGAUACAGCUCAGCUUGAGAGACUAUACAAGCCAGUCUUUGUCCUGAAGCCUUCAUCUUUCAAGUGCUCUGAGGGACAGACAGCAAGAUUUGACCUUAAAGUUGUUGGCAGACCCAUGCCUGAAACCUUCUGGUUCCACAAUGGUCAGCAGGUGGUCAAUGACUACACACACAAGAUCGUUGUCAAGGAGGAUGGAACCCAGUCAAUGAUUGUGGUCCCAGCUAUGCCCGCUGACUCUGGCGAAUGGCAAGUCGUGGCACAGAACAGAGCUGGAAAAACUGCCGUUUCUAUGACUCUCUCAGUUGAAGCAAAGGAAAACCUGGUGAGACCCCAGUUUGUUGAGAAGCUGAAGAACGUCAGUGUGAAGGAGGGCUCUCUUGUUGAGCUGGCUGUCAAAGCCAUCGGAAACCCACUUCCUGAUAUUGUCUGGCUGAAAAACAGUGACAUUAUAUCAUCUAUGAAAUAUCCACACAUUAAGAUUGAGGGCCAGAAAGGAGAGGCAAAUUGCAAAAUCCCCUCUGCCGGGGGACCUGAUAGUGCGUGGUACACUGCCACAGCCAUCAACAAAGCCGGACGAGAUACCACCCGCUGCAGAGUCAACGUCGAGGUGGAGUUCUCCGAGCCCGAACCCGAGAGGAGACUAGUUAUCCCAAGAGGAACCUACAAGGCCAAGGAGAUUGCCGCUCCUGAGCUGGAGCCAUUGCACCUUCGCUACGGUCAGGACCAGUGGGAGGAGGGAGACCUCUACGACAAAGAGAAACAACAGAAGCCACAUUUCAAGAAGAAGCUCACGUCCGUAAGGAUGAAGCACUUUGGACCCGUGCACUUUGAGUGCAGACUGACCCCCAUCGGUGACCCCAACAUGAUGGUGGAGUGGCUCCAUGAUGGCAAACCUCUGGCUGCUGCCAACAGGUUGCGCAUGGUGAAUGAAUUUGGCUACUGCAGCCUGGACUACGAGGUCGCUUACGCCAGAGACAGUGGCGUUGUGACUUGCAGAGCCACCAACAAAUUUGGUGUUGACCAGACCUCCGCCACACUGAUUGUGAAAGACGAGAAAAGCCUUGUUGAGGAAUCUCAACUGCCCGAUGGCAGGAGGGGACCCAGGAUGGACGAAUUGGAGCGCAUGGCCCAUGAGGGAGGACCUGCAGGUGUGAGUGGUGAGGAGUACAGCGAGAAAACAAAACCAGAAAUAGUCUUGCUUCCAGAGCCAGCAGAGGUCCUGGAGGGACAGCUCGCCAAGUUCCGCUGCAGAGUAACUGGGUACCCAGCUCCCAAAGUAAACUGGUACUUGAAUGGACAGCUGAUCCGGAAAAGCAAGAGAUUCCGUCUUCGUUAUGAUGGUAUUUACUACCUUGAGAUCACCGACAGCAAGUCCUAUGACUCUGGUGACAUCAAACUUGUGGCUGAGAACCCAGAGGGUGUUGCCGAGUACACUGUGAAGCUGGAGAUCAAACAGAGGGAAGACUUCAGAACAGUCCUGAGGAAAAUCCCUGAUGUCAAACCUUCUAUCGAGCCCCUGGCGGAGCACGGCAGAGUACCUUUCGAGGUUGUGAAAGUUGACAAGCCUGCUGACGGCGCUCAGCAGAAAGAGGUGGUUACACUGAGGAAAGUUGAAAGGGUCGUCCAUGACAUCUCCUCGGAGGAGACCGAUGAGCUGAAACACAAGUUCAAGCGCAGGACAGAAGAGGGUUACUACGAGGCCAUUACUGCCGUUGAGCUGAAGAGUCGCAGGAAGGAUGAGGCCUAUGAGGACAUGCUGAGGAAGAGGAAGGAAGAGCUUCUUCACUGGACCAAGCAAAUCCCAGAGUCUGAGAGGAAGAAGGAAGAAGAACAAGGCAAACUCACCUGUCCCACCAUUAGACCAGAGAGAGUAGCCCUCUCUCCAAGCAUGGAGGCCCCAAAGAUCAUAGAGCGUAUUCAGAGCAACACUUGUGCCGCGGGAGAUGAAGUUCGCUUCCGCUGUAGGGUUGUCGGAAGGCCAGACCCAGAGUGCCAGUGGUUCAAGAAUGGUGUGCUUCUGGAGAAAACCGACAGGGUUUACUGGUACUGGCCCGAAGACCAUGUCUGUGAGCUGGUUAUCCGUGAUGUUACAGCAGAAGACUCUGCUAGUGUCAUGGUCAAAGCUGUGAACAUUGCUGGGGAGACCUCUAGCCAUGCAUUUUUGCUUGUGCAAGCCAAGCAAGUUAUUUACUUCACUCAAGAGAUUGAAGAUGCCUAUGCCAAAGAGAAGGACACCAUGGUUACAUUUGAAUGUGAAACAAAUGAGCCUUUUGUGAAAGUGAAAUGGCUGAAGAACAAUGCUGCAAUAUUCUCUGGAGACAAAUACAGGAUGCACUCCGACAGAAAAGUUCAUUUCCUGUCUGUUCUGCAGAUUUCUAUGAAUGACGACGAUGAAUAUUCUUGUGUUCUCGUUGAGGAUAAUGAAAUUAGAACCUCUUCCAGACUCCAUGUGGAAGGUGCUCCCCUGGAAAUUGUGAAGAAACUUGAAAGUACUGAAGUGCCAGAAACAUAUUCUGGAGAGUUUGAGUGUGAGCUGUCCCGUGAAGAUGCUGAGGGAACAUGGUACUUUGAGAACAAGGAGAUCACUCCUAGCAUGAAAUAUGUUGUUUCCUCUCGCCGUGGAAGGCACUCUUUGUCUGUCAAAGAUGUCAAGAAGGAGGAUCAAGGAAAAUACACAUUUAAAGUUGGAAGUUUGAGCACCAGUGCGUCACUGAAGAUGAAACUGCGCCCUAUCACACUGUUGCAAGGCCUCUCUGACUUAACGGUCUGUGAGGGUGACAUUGCACAGCUGGAGGUGCGUUUCUCUCAGGAGAACGUGGAGGGAACAUGGAUGAAAAAUGGACAGCCCAUUUCAGCCUCAGACAGAAUGCAUAUUGUGAUCGACAAAAUGGUUCAUAAGCUGCUUAUUGAAAAUGUCAGCAGAGAAGACGCAGGAAUGUAUUCCUUUGUUGUUCCUGCUCACGAUCUCACAACCAAGGGAAAGCUUACUGUUCAAACUAUUGGCAUCACAUCACCACUGAAAGACGUCACCUCUGUUGAGGGCACCAAGGCUGUGCUGGAGGCUAAGAUCUCUGCACAGGAUGUCGCCUCAGUGAAAUGGUAUCACAACGAUAAGCUGCUGGUGGCCAGUGAAAGAAUCCAGAUGGUUGCCAAGGGAACCAAGCAGCGCCUGGUGCUCACCAGGUCCUUUGCCUCUGAUGAGGGCCAUUACAAGAUGGUUGCCGGCAGAGUUGACACAAGCUGCAAAGUGACAAUUGAGAAAAUCACCAUUGUGAAGCAUAUGGAGGACCGUGUCUGCACGGAGACCCAGAAUGUGACUUUUGAGGUUGAGCUGUCUCACCCUGGCGUUGAUGCUGUCUGGACCCUGAGGAACCAUGUGCUUAAGCCUGGUCCAAAAUACAAGAUUGAGGCUAAAGGCAAACGCUACACCCUUACAGUCAUGAACACCAUGAAAGAUGAGGAGGGACAGUACAUGUUCGCUGCAGGCGAGAAGACAUCCAGUGCCAAACUGACUGUGUCAGGUGGUGCCAUCAACAGGCCACUUAAAGAUCUGACUGUGGCGGAAUCCCAGAGUGCUGAGUUCGAGUGUGAGGUUGCAAAUUCCAGCGCUUCGGGCAAGUGGCUGAAGGACGGCCAGGCCGUUGACUUCGGCGAGAACAUCCGCAGUGAAGACAAGGGUGCUGUGAGGCGUCUCAAUAUUGCCAUCACAAGAACACAAGAUAUUGGUGAAUACACCUACCAGGUGGCCAACUCCAAGACAUCAGCCAACCUGAAAGUUGAAGCUGUGAAAGUGAAGAAGACUCUUAAGAACCAGACUGUGACUCAGACACAGGAGGCUGUGUUCAGCCUUGAGCUCACCCACGAACAUGUGAAGGGAUCCCAGUGGACCAAGAAUGGCAUUGAACUUGUUCCCAGUGAUAAAUAUGAAAUCACCAUGGAAGGUGCCGUGCACACCCUGAAGAUUAAGAACUGCAACACUCAAGAUGAAUCAGUUUAUGCAUUCAAACUCGGAAAGCUUUCUGCUAAUGCCAGACUCAAUGUUGAGACAAUCAAAAUUGUGAAGAAGCCCAAAGACAUAACCUGUCUGUUGGACGCCACUGGUUCCUUCGAACUGAGCCUUUCUCAUGACAACAUCCCAGUGAAAUGGAUGUUCAACAACACCGAACUGAGGCCAAGUAAUACUUGCCAGAUCAUGUCAGAAAGGAAGGCACAUAAACUCAUCAUCCAGAAUGUUGACACCAGCAAGGCUGGGGAAUACACUGCUGUGGUCGGGCAUCUGCAAUGCAGUGCCUAUCUACAUGUUGAAUCCUUACGUGUGACAAAGCCAAUGAAGAACGUUGAAAUUCCUGAGACUCAGGUGGCAACCUUCGAGUGUGAGGUGUCUCACUUCAAUGUCCCAUCCACCUGGCUGAAGAACGGCGUGGAGAUCGAGAUGAGUGAGAAGUUCAGGAUUGUGGUGCAGGGAAAGCUCCACCAGCUCAAGAUAAUGAACACCAGUAGACAGGACUCUGCUGAGUACACGUUCAUCUGCGGAAAUGACAGAGUAUCCGCAACAUUGACAGUUAGCCCCAUUCUGAUCACUUCUAUGCUGAAUGAUCUGAAUGCUCAGGAGAAAGACACCAUCACUUUCGAGGUUACUGUCAAUUAUGAAGGCAUCACCUACAAGUGGUUGAAAAAUGGUGUAGAAAUUCGGUCUACAGACAGAUGCCAAUCUCGCAGCAGACAACUCACACACUCUCUUACUAUACGCAACGUGCACUUCGGUGACAGUGCAGACUACAAGUUUGUUGCUGGAUCUGCCGAGACAUCUGCAAAGUUGUAUGUUGAAGCUCGUGUGAUUGAUUUCACAAAGCAUAUUAAAGAUAUCAGGAUAACAGAAAAAAAGAAGGCCGUCUUUGAAUGUGAAAUCUCUGAACCUAAUGUUCAUGUGACAUGGAUGAAAGAUGGACAGGAGCUUGAAGCAUCUGAGAGGUUUAGGACUACCACAGAGAGAAACCUGCAUCGUUUGAUGAUUCAGACUGUCCGCAUGUCUGAUGCUGGAGAGUAUUCUGUCGUUGCUGGCUCCAGUGUGUCAAAGGCUCAUCUCAUUGUUGAGGGACGUGAUGUCCGGAUCACAGAACCUGUUGAGAAAGACAUCACUGUUGUUGAGAAGCAACGCGCUACAUUGGAGUUUGAGGUCAAUGAGGAGGACAUUGAGGGCCGCUGGCUGAGGAAUGGAGUUGAGAUCCAGUUCUUCUCAGAGGAGCGUUUCAACUACAUAGCAAUCAGAAAGGUUCACCGUCUGACCAUCACUGAAACCUUCAGAACGGAUGCCGGAGAGUACACAUUUGUUGCUGGCAAGAACAGAAGUGUGGUUACACUUCAUGUCAAAAUUCCUGAACCACCUAGGAUAACCCGCCAAAUGGAGGCUCUCAAUGUCGAGGCCGGCAAGCCUGCACGCUUCACUGUGGAGGUUACUGGUAUUCCUCAGCCUCAGGUGGCUUGGUACAAGAACUCCCAGGCCUUGUCUGCUGGCUUCAAGUGCAAGUUCCUUCGUGAUGGAAAUGAGCACCAACUGCUGCUGAUCGAGGUCUUCCCAGAGGACGCGGCUCUCUAUAACUGCGUGGCCACGAAUGACUUUGGACAGGCAUCCAGCUCUGCCAAUCUCACUGUGGAAGUCUCUGAGGUGGUGUCACCAGAUUCAGGGGCUCCUGUGUCGCCCCCUGUCGUUAUCUCUCCAAUCCAAAAUGUCACUGCCAAGGAGGGUGAAUCUGUAAGAUUCCAGUGCCGGGUCUCUGGAGACGAUCUGACUAUCAAGUGGUACAGCAAAGACAAGGAGCUCAAGCAGUCUGACGUCUUCCGGAUGUCCCAGUUUGAUGACAAUUGCAAGUUGGAGAUUUCCAGGGUUUACCUUGAAGAUGAAGGAGAGUACACUUGUGUCGCCCGUAACGCUGCAGGAAUGGUAUCCUGCUCUGCAGUUCUGAGGAUUGAUGCGCCUAGAGUGCAGGAGGUGACCGAGACCAGGAUUCACGAAGAAGUCAAAGAAUAUUCUAGCAUGACUGUGACGACUGAAGAAAAAGAAGAAACCUACAGCAGUGCCCUCCAAAUUCCAGAAAAGUCAAAAACACUUGAACUCAAGCCAGAACAAAAAAUGUACUCAAGUUCUAUAGAAAAGAAAAAAGAACGGCCUGUGUUUGUUACUCAACUCGCUCCUGUUGCGGUUACCGAAGGGGGCACGGCUCGACUCACUGUCACUAUCUCUGCUACCCCAAAACCAAAAAUUCAGUGGUUUCAUAAUGGCAAGGUUAUUACCUCAUCUUCUGUGUAUUCAUUUACAGAAACUAGAGAUGAGUACACGCUCAUUAUCACUAAGGUUAAGAAAGAAUAUGAAGGCGAAUACUCUUGCGUCGCGACUAACAAAUUUGGCAAGACAACAUGCACAACCGUACUUAAUGUAAAUAUCAGUGAUGUUGAACAAGGACAGAGGUGGGUUGAAAAAAUGUUCAAGGCACCAGGUCAACCUCCACGUUUCACCACACAGAUUGAAUCAGUGCAGUGUGCGGAAGGGGGUGAGGCAAAGUUUCAGUUUAAAAUAAGUGGCAAACCUCUCCCUCAAGUGCAGUGGUUUAAAGGUAGCUACCAAAUAGAGUCUAGUGACCGCAUCACAAUUGUUUACAAUCCUGAUGGCUCUGGCUUCAUGAACAUGACCGGCCUCCAUCAACAAGACAGCGGGCUUUACACAUGUAAAGCAUCCAACUCCUCUGGCGAAGCUUCCAGUAGCGCUGAACUGAUAGUCUUCCGUGAGACUGCAUCUGUUUCACGUCACAAAGAGAAGGUAGUAUCCCAGAAACAAAAAGGUUAUAAAGUUUCAACAUCCGAACAGGCGACUGAGUCUCGUCUCUACAUGGUUAAUAUCCCCGGGGAGGCUAAAGAGCCGGCAGGGCGUCAGAUGAUCUACACCAUAGGCACUGAGGAUAGACAGGUGGUUGCCAGCGAACAGGUAGACACCUUAAGAGAGGUUGACAUUACUGCUGCCACCAUUCAAAGAGAGCAAGUCACCCACCAGGCUGCCAUCUUGCAGUCUCAUGAGAUGCAAGAGAGAGUGACAAUGGGUCCCCCUAGACCACAGCCAGCAGUAGCAACCCCAGUGAAACAGCUUCACACUGCCUCUUUAACGUCUGCCGUAGAAGAAAACCUGGGCUUCACAGAGCAGCACUCCGAACGAAUUAAAAGUCCAGAGCUAACAGAAGCAGAAAUGUUCAGAGAAGGGCAAACAAAGUACUUGUCUGCUGUAUCUGAAAAUAUUACACCUUUUAACAUUGUAAAAGCUGAAGAUUUAGCUAAGAGACAGGAGGAGAAGACAAAAUCUAGCCGUGAACCUAAGCACCCUAUCAGCAGUCAUCAGGUCGAGACCAAACUCUCAAUCAUGAAAGAGGAAUCACAGACAAUUCCAACGCCACAACUAGAGAAAAGUUACAAGGUUAAAGAAGGUGUGAAAAUUCUAUAUUCUGCCAUAUCAACAGAACAACAAGAACUUGCUGAGGGCCACACUAAAGAAUUGGCAACAGCGGAUUCAGCCAUACAGUCUUCUAUGAAAAAGGAAAAGCCAAAACCGGUGACACUGUCUUUGAGUGAAACUAAACACACAUUAUCAAAAGAAGAGCAGUUUGUCAUGUCGAGGCCAGACGAGGAAGUGGCUCAAACCACCAAAGAUAGACUACUUAAGACUGCUCUUUCAACGGAAGAGAAGAGAGCACUCCAGGCAGAGCAAAUGGGCGAGCUUCCUGGUUUAGACAGUGCAGUGUCGGUGCACUCAGAGAAGGAAGGACAACAAAUCUUGCAUCUACAGCUGAUCAGCGAUCAGGGUAGUUUACCUUCAGAAGGCAGGUUUACCUGUGAGAAACCAGCUGAGGAACAGGCAGAUGCUAGGAAGAGCCCCACUCUGCUGUACUCUGUAUCUACAGAUGAGCAGAGGACUGUCACUUGUGAGGGCUCUGCACAGUUUUCAACUGAAAAGACCACAAUGUCUGUGCAGCCCCAGAAAGAGCCAUUUGGAACCUUGCAUCUGCAGUCUAUUCAAACAGAGAGUGCCUUGACAAAGGAGGGAAUGAUAGUCUUUGAGAAGCCAGACCAGCAGGUGGCGACUCAACGGCAGGAGAAAGCUCGUAAGCAUGCAGUAACAACAGAGGAAAGGAGGGAGAUAGCUGCUGAUUAUCACACUGCCCUUGACACGUCUGUAGCUGGUAUUAAGCCAGAACAUAAACAGGAGCCAAAGCCACAGAGUAUCCUUCAGGUUGUCUCACAACCUAUGCAACUACCUAAAGAAACACCUUUCUCGGCUGAUAUGAAAGAACAACGUGCGCUUGUCCAAAAGGAAGACCGCUGGAACAUUGUGCAUGUCACAUCUGUGACAGACAAGCAAGAUUUAGAGGAAGGUCACACUGAUGAUUUAGAGUCAGUUGAGAAAUUUACAUGCAAGCCAGGAAUGGAGCCGAAACCACCAUCAGAGCCCAUCAGUAUAGAGGAGAGAGCGGUGUCCACCGAAAGUAGUGUAGCUCUUGAGGCAGCAGAACAAGAUUUUGCAGUUCAAAUUCAGGAGGGUCAGUCUGUCCGGCAGUCUAUUGUUAUGGAUGAGAGGCACGUUUUGACGGGCGAACAGUCUCAGUCAAUCACCAAGUCUGAGACAACAACAGCAACUGUAGUGAAACAGAGCAAAGGUGCAUUUAUGGUGUCAGAAUCUCGAGACAGCCAAACUCUUCCCAAGGAACUCACUUUCGUUAUCCAAGCACCAAAGUCAUACACAUUGGAUGUUAGACAUCAGUUGAAGAAUGCGCUCCAGUCGGCUGUGGCUCGAGAUCAACAUCUGAUACUAGCAGAUGUUGUGCAGAGUUUAGCAGUUGUAGAAGUGCAGGAGGUUAAGGUGCAUAAAGAGCCAAAGUAUGCCAUGUACACAUACCUCAUCACUACAACAGGUGCACCCAUUGAGAUCACUAUUGCCUUUGAGGGUGACUACCCUCAAACUGCUGACCUGAAAAGUGAGCUGCAGGCUGCUUUCUACUCUAUAGUCUACAAAGAGCAACAGGUUCUGACAUCUGAACAGCCAGGCACAAUGCAGAUUGACAGGCCCCAGAGAUUGCAGGUCACAAGGGCCUCCUCAAAAGAAGUGCUCUCGUCCAUGGUGCAAACAGUGCAAAUGAGCGAGAACGUGACAGAUUUUGCAGCUGCCAAAGCCCAGUCAGCAGCAGUGAGGACUGAAACCAAAGCUACCUUUCAGACAGCGACUGCACAGGGUCAGACUAUUGUGCAGGAGUCAAAAACAACCACGGUACAGACGGCCACCACCGAAGCAAAAAUAGAAAUAGAAAAGUCCAUGGAGGUUUCUGUGCAGGAAAGCAGAUCUGUGACCGUGUCAGGCCGUGAGAGAGAUGUCGGGGCAUCUGUUAUUACUACAGAUGUUCCUUUUGCUCAAGUACCUGUUGAGCAGUCAGUAGAUAUCCAUAUCAAAAAAGAGAAACUAGAGGGAUUCCUUACAGAGGAGACCAUUACAACAACCAAAACCACUACCACCACUCAAAAGUCUGGCAAAAUUGCCCCCAUAUUUGAAACUGAAUUGGAAGAUACUACUGUAGAGGAAAAGGGUAGUGUUACUUUCACAGUGUCUGUAAAAUUUGUAAAAAAUGUCAAUUGGCUCUUCAAUGGCAAAACCAUAAAAUCUGGCAAAGAGUUCAAGUGUUCAAAGCAACAUAACACAUACACAUUAGUAAUUGACAAAGUAAUCAAGGAGAAGCAUGAAGGAGAGUAUGUCUGUGAGGCUGAGAAUGAAGGCGGCAAGACUACAACAACGUCAAGACUCACAGUUGUCUCAAGAGUACCACCUGUCUUUAGGCACAAACCUCACCCCCUGGAUGUCAAUGUCGGAGACAUUGCCAGGUUUGAGUGCGAAAUAGAAGAUGCGCCAAACGUCACUUUCAAAUGGUACAAGGCCGGCGCCGAGAUCCGCCAGAGCGAGAAGUACAGGAUCAUCAGCCGCAGCACCACAUCCUCCCUUGAGAUCCUCAACUCUGCCAAGGUGGACACGGCAGAGUACACCUGUAAAGCCACCAACAAGCACGGCAGCGACAGCUGUGCUGCUAGUCUCAACGUGACUGAAGUCUUCCCACCCGAGUUUGUUACAAAGCCUGAGCCCAUGACACUGUUUGUGGGCAAACAGGCAAAGUUGCUAUGCGUAGUCAAUGGGUCUACUCCAAUGAAUGUUUUAUGGCAUAAAGACAACAUUGCCAUAAAGGCUGACGAGCAUUUUAAAAUCACCUCUGAUAAGAACAAGUACACGCUUCUGAUUAGUAGACUGGAACAGAAUGAUCAGGGUACAUAUCUGUGCAAAGCAUCAAACAGUGUUGGUACAGCUACGUGCAGCACAGAGCUGAAGGUUAUUGACAAACCCAGCUUUGUGAAGACUUUUGAAUCCGUGUCAGUAGCGGUGGGUAACCCGCUGCGCCUUGAGUGUCAGGUGAACGAGGACACUGGAGUUACUAUAUCCUGGAUGAAAGAUGGCAAAAAGAUUCACAACACCAUGGAUUGCAAACUCUCUUUUGAGGACAAAACGGCCAGUCUUGAAAUACCAAAAUCCAAACUUAAAGAUACUGGCAAAUAUGCUUGCACUGCAGCAAAUGAUGCAGGAAGCAGUGAGUGCUCAUCUGUGAUAACGGUACAAGAGCCACCCACAUUUGUUAAAAGGCUUGAGCCAAAGGUCCUGUGGAAGCAGGGCACAUCAACACGUCUGCAGUGUACUAUCAAAGGGUCACCCGAACUUCAUGUGACAUGGUUUCUUGAUGCCAGGCAACUCAGCACUUCAGACAAGCACAAAAUUACUUUCGCAGAUGGCAAAGCCACUCUGGAAAUUAUUGAUCUUGUUGAGUCCGACAGUGGAAAUUACACUUGUGAAGUGUUGAAUGAGGCAGGCUGUGAGAGCUGUAGCUGUCACGUUACAGUCAAAGAACCUCCUUCCAUCAAAAAAGAACUUAAAAUGCUCGAGGUGGUCAAAGGCACCACUGUGCAAUUUGAAUGUGAAGUUACAGGAACAGCACCAUUUGAGGUCACCUGGUUAAAGAACAAAAAACCGGUCAGCACUGACAAGAAACACAGUGUCACUUCAAAAGACUCCUGUGCCUCUUUGGAGAUCAGGUCUUUUGAAAGUGCAGAUGUGGGUGACUAUCAGUGUUGCGUCUCAAAUGAUGUUGGUAAAAUCAUUUCAAAAUCAGUCGUUAAGAUGAAAGAACCACCAUCAUUUGUUAAGAAAGUUGAAAACACAAAUGCAGUUUUUGGCAGUGCGGUUACGCUACAGGGUACCGUUAAGGGCUCUGCCCCAAUAACUAUCAAAUGGCUAAAGGAUUCAGAGUUUCUGUCAGAGACUGAGGCUAAUGUCAAGAUGACAUUUGAAAACAACAUUGCCCAUCUAUCCAUCCACAACGUAACCAUCGCUCAUGGUGGUAAAUAUACCUGCCAAGCAGAAAAUGAAGCUGGCCAACAGAAAUCGGAAGCUACAUUAAUUGUUCAAGAGCCUGCUAGGAUCGUUGAGAGUCCACCCUCUAUCAGUGUAACUGUUGGAGAAACCGCCACUUUGGAAGCCACUAUCUCAGGGAGUCCAGAACUGAAAGUCAAGUGGUUCAAAGUUGCGAAAGAAAUGACAUCGGGCAGAAAAUACAAAAUUGCACUUAAAGAUAAUGUAGCCAUGUUAAAAAUCCUUUCGGCUGAUAAAUCGGACAGCUGUGAAUACAAAAUGGAGGUGGCCAACCGUGUUGGAAAAGAGGAAUGUUCUUUCGAUGUAACAGUUUUAGAUCGAAUCAUACCACCGACCUUCACAAAAAUGCUUAAAAAAGUUGAUGGAAAUGUCGGAGGUGAUGUAAUAAUGGAAUGCAAAGUGUCUGGGUCACAGCCCAUGACUGUAUCUUGGUUCAAGGAAGGAAAACAAAUCACAUCCGGAAUGAAAUAUCAGACGGACUUUAAAGAAAGUACAGCAAUGCUGAAAAUACUGAAUUUAGAGACAGCUGAUGCUGGGGCAUAUUCUUGUCAAGCAAAGAAUUCUGCUGGGCAUGCUGAAACGAGUGGAAGCUUGCAAGUGAAAGAACCCCCAGUCUUCAUAACCAAACCAGAGAACCAAGAUGUCAUCCCAGGAUCAACUGUCAGUUUUAAAUCUGUGUAUUCUGGAACGGCUCCAUUCAUUGUGAAAUGGUUUCGAGAGGAGAAGGAGAUUAUUACAGGAGGCACAUGUUUCAUUAAGAAAGAAACUUCUGCAAGCACAUUGGAGCUUCACUCUGUGAAACCCACUGACUCAGCUAAAUACACUUGUCAAGUGUCCAACGAUGCUGGGAAAGUGGUCUGCACCACAGUCUUGUUUGUAAAAGAACCCCCAAAGUUUGUGACGAAGCUUGAGUCCACAAAACUUUUAAUGAUUGGCAACACUGUAACUUUAGAGUGCAAAGUAACUGGCAGCCCUCCUAUCAAUAUACAGUGGUUUAAGAAUGAUACUGAAAUCAGCUCAAAUGAGAAAUAUCAAAUGACCUUUGCAAACUCAGUCGCCACUUUCAAGAUGGUCAACUGCAGUACUGAUGAUAGUGGCAGUUAUAUAUGCAUGGCAUCAAAUGAUGCUGGUAGUGACCGUUGCAGUUCUGUGAUCUCUGUAAAAGAACCUCCUGCAUUUGUGCGGUGCUUUGAAGCCAAGGAUGUUGUGAAAGGCUGCGAUGUUGUAUUAGAGGGGUUGAUAUCAGGUUCAGCACCCUUUGAGAUUACGUACUUGAAAGACUCCAAACAGAUCAGGACUGACAGGAGACACAUCAUGAGUCUUAAGAAUGACAUUGCUACUCUGCAAGUUCUGAAAUUCGAUGCCAGUGAUGCUGGGAAUUAUCAGUGCACAGUUGCAAAUGAUGUAGGGAAGACAUCUUGCGAGUUCCAGAUUUCUCUUAAAGAACCUCCAUCAUUCGUCCAGAAGAUUGAAAACAUGAAUGCUGUUCUUAGCAGUAAGCUAACAAUGCAGUGUGUACUGAAAGGAUCUCUGCCCUUGACCAUUACCUGGCUGAAAGACGAACUUGAAAUGAAAGAUUCUGAGCAUGUACAGAUGUCUUUUGAAAACAGAACAGCAGUGUUAUACAUAACCAGUGUUCAGUUGAACCACGGUGGCAAGUAUACCUGUCAGGCCCAGAACGAAGCAGGAAGUCAGAAAUGUACAGCAACAUUAGCAGUCAAAGAGCCAGCAAAUAUUACAGAUCCUGCUAAGUCUAUCAGUGUAACAGCAGGAGACCCUGCAACCCUUGAGUGCAGAUUCUCGGGGACUAAGCCCCUGAAGGCCAAAUGGUGUAGAAAUGGAAAAGAGCUGACCUCAGGCAAAAAAUACAAAGUCCAAAGCACGGACAAGAGCUCAGUCCUAAAAAUCUUGGCAACAGAACAGAGUGACAGUGAUGAAUACGUAUUUGACGUUUCCAAUGAUGUCGGAAACGACUCCUGCGUUACUACUGUUUCAGUUCUAGAUCAAAUUAUCAAGCCAUCAUUCACAAGGAAGCUCAAAGAAAUGGAAGGCAUUAAAGGGUCUUUUGCCCAGUUGGACUGUCUAGUAUCUGGGUCCUUGCCCAUCACUGUGCAUUGGUACAAAGACCAUAAGGAAGUAGAGGCAGAUGAGAAGCACAAGUGCAUAUUCUUUGAAAAUGCCGCUUCUCUGGAGAUCACUCGCCUUGAGAGCGCUGACAGUGGCACGUACACUUGCAUCGCUGAAAACAAAGCAGGCACUGAUCAGUGCUCUGGGAUUUUGAAAGUUCAAGAGCCCCCCAUGAUAAUUGAAAAGCCUGAAUCUGUGGAAGUUAUUCCUGGGUCAAAGGUGAAGUUUACUGCACUCAUAACUGGCACUCCACCGCUGAACAUCAAAUGGUUUAAAUCCAAUAAGGAGAUCACAACAAGUGUUGAUUGUGCCAUUCUGAAAGAUGACUCCUCCACCUCUUUGGAGCUUUUCUUUGCUAAGACAACAGACUCCGGAGAGUACAUCUGUGAAGUCAGCAAUGUUGUUGGUUCAGACAAAUGCCAGGCAACACUGUUUGUGAAAGAACCUCCGAAAUUCACCCGAAAGCCUGAGGGCCUCACUGUUGUUAGACCCAGUCAAAAUGUUGUCUUUGAAUGUCAGGUUGUUGGAACUCCUGAAAUAGAUAUUUACUGGUUCAAGGAUGGAAAUGAGUUAAGUCCAAGUAAUAGAUAUAAGAUGGACUUCUCUAAUUCUUUGGCAAAGCUUGAGAUACUUGGCUCUGAGAUCAAAGACAGUGGGGUUUACUACUGUGAGGCUCGCAAUGAAGCUGGUAGUGAAAGCUGUAGCAUGGAAUUUAAAGUGAAAGAGCCCCCCGCCUUUAUUAAGCAACUGACACCCGUUGAGGUUGUAAAUGGUGCUAGCACAUCCCUUGAGUGCCAGGUUACUGGCACUGCUCCAUUUGAGAUAACUUGGCACAAGGACUCAAAGGAGAUCAAACUGAGCACAAAGCACGUUAUGACAAGGAAAAAUGGAACUAUACAUCUUGAAAUCCAGAAGUGCGAUGCUUUGGAUGCUGGGGAAUAUCAGUGCACAGUGGCGAAUGAAGUAGGAAGCUGCUCUUGUCGAGCAGAGCUUAGAAUCAAAGAACCACCAUCAUUUGUAGAGAAGAUCCAAAAUGUUGCCACAGUCCUUGGAAAAAUGGCAGAGUUAAAGUGUGUGGUGAAGGGAUCUGCUCCCUUGACUGUUCAGUGGCAAAAAGAUGAAGAGUGGAUCUUGGAGGAUCCAAAGAUUGAAAAGAUGUUUGAUGGUAGCGUGGCUAUUCUGAGAAUUCCAGUCUGUGAGUCAGGUCAUGGUGGAAGGUACACUUGUCAAGCUGUCAAUGAAGCAGGACAAGAGAAAUGCUUUGCGACCCUUCUGGUGCAAGAGCCCCCACAGAUUAUUGAAAAGCCGGACACGAUCAGUGUCACUGUUGGAGAUCCGGUCAGCUUAGACUGCAAAGUAACAGGCACUCCUGAGCUCAAAGCCAAAUGGACUAAAGAUGGAAAGGAGCUGGUUUCCAGCAGACAGCACGUUGUCAGCUUUGCAAACAACGUCAGCAGUCUUAAAAUUCAGUCUGCCCAAAAGGGAGACACAGGCCAUUAUGUAUUUGAAGUAGCAAACCACAUAAAUGCCUGCACAUGCAAGGUUGAGUUGGUUGUAGUAGAUCAGGUAAUUCCACCUGCCUUCAUAAAACCCCUGAGUGACAUGGAGGAGAUUUUGGGUUCUGCUGUACGUGUUAGCUGCAAAAUAUCCGGAUCCCUCCCAAUUACUGUGGAAUGGAUCAAAGAUGGAAAUAAGCUAUCUGGUAGAACAAAGCACAAAAUCGUCCAAGAGGACAAUAGUGCUGCCUUGGAGAUUGAGCACUUAGACAAGACAGACACUGGGACGUACACUUGCAAACUGACCAACAAAGCAGGCAGCUGUGAAUGCAGUGCAGUGCUUAGGGUGAAAGAGCCUCCAAGCUUUGUGAUGAAGCCAGAGUCUCAGGCAGUUCUGCCAAACACUACAGUUCGGUUUAAGAGCACCUUCAAAGGAACUCCACCCUUUACCGUCAAAUGGUUUAAGGAAGACACAGAGCUGAUAACUGGACCAACGUGCUUUACUGGAAUGGAGGGUUUAUCGUGCUUCAUAGAUCUCUUAACUGUUGGUGUGUUGCAAUCAGGAACUUACUCUUGUCAAGUUAGCAACGAUGCUGGUACAGUGAAGUGUACCACUGAUUUACUGGUUAAAGAACCUCCAGACUUUGCACAGAAGCUUCCAAGCACAAAGUUUGUGAAACUGAGUGACUCUGUCGUUCUUGAAUGCAAAGUCACUGGCACUCCACCUCUCCAGGUUAACUGGUUCAAAAAUGAUUCAAAACUCACUGAAAGUUACAACUGCAAGAUAUCCUUUGAUGGCGUGUUGGCAGUCCUUCAUAUAGCCACUGCAUCAUUUGAGGACGAUGGAGUGUAUACGUGUGAGGUUCAGAAUGAUGCGGGAACUAAAAGCUGCAGCUCCUCUCUCUCAGUGAAAGAACCGCCAUCUUUCAUCAAAGUGCCUCAACCUGUUGAAGGACUGAAAGGCAAAGAUGUCAGUCUGAACUGUGAACUAAAAGGCACAGCACCUUUUGACAUAACCUGGUUCAAAGACAAGAAGGCACUUAAGGAGGGCAGGAAAUAUAAGUUUGUGUAUGAAGGAUGUUCCACCACAAUGCACAUCCUUGGUCUGGAGGCAUCCGAUGCCAGUGAAUAUGAGUGCAAAGCAUCCAACAGUGUAGGAAGCGACACAUGCAGUGUGUCUGUAAUGCUCAGAGAGCCGCCUGUCUUUGUGAAGAAACUGUCCAAUAUGACAGCAAUGACCGGGGAGGAAGUGACUCUGGUCGCUACAGUGAAAGGCUCUGAGCCAAUGACAGUGUCUUGGGUUCAGGACAAAGAUCAUGUUCUUAGGGAUGGUGACAACCGCAAAAUUACCUUUGAGAACAACCAAGUCACUCUUAAAAUCUUUAAGGCCGACAAAACCACGGCUGGGAAAUAUACCUGUCAGCUCAAAAAUGAUGCUGGGGUGGCAGAGUGCAUGGCUAACCUGACUGUUCUAGAGCCCGCUAAGAUCGUUGACAGGACAGACUCUUUUAGUGUCACGGAAGGCGAUGUAGCUGCUCUUGAGUGUACCGUCAGUGGGACCCCUGAGUUAAGACAAAAGUGGUACAAAGAUGGAAGGGAACUGUCAAGCGGAAGGAAGUACAGGAUUACCUUCGCCAAAACCAUUUCCAGUCUUAACAUUAUGACGAGUGAGAGGGACGACAGCGGAGAGUACACUUUCGAGGUCCAGAAUGAAGUUGGCCGCGAUGUCGGCAAAAUGCACCUCACCGUCCUAGAUAAGUUAAUCCCUCCAACAUUCUCACGGAAACUGAAAGAUGUCCAGAGCAUUGUGGGUAAAUUAGGUGAACUGGACUGUAAAGUGUCUGGAAGUUCACCUUUCACAAUCUCGUGGUAUCAUGACGGAGCGGAGAUCACAAGUGGACCUAACUACGAAAUCGCAUUCGCUGACAACACCUGCACGCUGAAAAUUCCCUCACUCAAACUGACCGAUUCUGGAAAGUACCAGUGUAAAGCUGUUAACAGAGCAGGAACAACUGAAACCAUUUCCACUUUCGUUGUGAAAGAGCCUCCAUCUUUUGUGACCCAACCCCAACCGCUGGAAGCAUUGCCUGGCGCAAACGUUACGUUUACCGCAACAGUGAGGGGAAGCGCCCCCCUGAAACUCAAAUGGUUUAGAGGGAGCAAGGAAGUUGUGGCUGGAAGGGGCUGUGAAAUAGCACUUAAAGGUGACACGGCUACCUUGGAGCUCCGGAACGUUGAUAAAUCCCACGCAGGAGAGUACACAUGCCAAAUAUUUAACGAUGCUGGAAAGGAGAACUGCACUGUGAACCUGUUUGUGAAAGAACCUGCUCGUUUUAUUAAGAAACUUAAAGACCUUUCUGUUGAAAUGGGGAAAUCCUUGAUUCUUGAAUGCACGUAUUCUGGAAGUCCUGAAAUCCAUGUGAAAUGGCAUAAGGAUGGCCAAGAGAUCUAUUCCUCUUACAAAUACAACAUGACUACGACUGAAAGCUCCUGCAUCCUGGAGUGUCUGAACAGUGACAAGGAGUCAGCAGGGAAAUACUCUUGCGAAAUUUCUAAUGGAGCUGGAACAGAUAUUUGCCAUAGCAAUGUCGCUAUAUUAGAGCCUCCAUACUUUAUUGAGCAAUUGGAGCCAAUGGAUGUCACGGCUGGAGAUGCUGUUUGCUUAAAAUGCCAAAUAGGGGGCACACCUGAGAUUAAAGUAUCCUGGUUUAAAGCCGAUGGAAAACUGAGAUCCUCUGCUAUGUGCAAAAUGGAGUUCUCAAAAGGUGUGGCCUCUCUCAAAAUAAGCAAAACUUCUAAAGCGGACAUUGGUGAAUAUACAUGCAAAGCAGAAAACAAUAUUGGAUCAGCAUCGUCCAGUUGCCAACUUACUGUGCAAGAUGUCAAAACGCCACCAUCUUUCCCCAAGAAAAUUACCAGUAUACAGCAAACUGAGGGACAGGCAGUCAAGUUUGAGUGUCGUGUGGCUGGUUCCUCUCCUAUGGAGAUAUCCUGGCUGAAAGACGGUGAACCCUUGAGAAACACUGCAGAAUUCUCAAUGAGUUUUGAUGAUAACUCGGCCGUACUUGAAAUAGCCCGAGGAGAGAUGAGGCAUUCCGGAGAAUACACUUGCGUUGCGACAAAUAGUGUUGGAACAGCAUCUUGCCGAGCCAAACUCACACUUCAAGAGCCAAGAUAUCCACCGGUCUUUGAUAGAAAGCUUUUGCCAAUGGAAGUAACUGUGGGCGAUAGGGUGGAGCUGGAAUGUCACAUGACCGGGUCUAUGCCCAUGAAAGUGACGUGGUCAAAAGAUCACAAAGACAUUCGCACAGGUGGAAAUUAUAAAAUAUCCUGUGUGGAAAACACUGCCCACCUCACCAUACUAAAAGCAGAUAAAAAUGACUCUGGACGUUAUUCUUGUCAUGCUACUAAUGACAUGGGAAAGGACUCUUGUUCCGCGGAAGUAACUGUACAAGAGCGUAAAAUACCUCCCACCUUCACCAAAAAGCCUGCUGAGACUAUUGAGGACGUUGAGGGCAAAGUUGUGAAAGUAGAGGGCCGUCUGUCUGGAUCUCAGCCCAUGACUGUGAACUGGUACAAAGAUGGCAGGGAAAUCUACAGUUCUGAGCAGUACGACAUAUCCUUCAAGAGCAAUGUGGCUGUUCUCUGUAUCAAGAAGUCCCAGACCUCAGACAGUGGCAUGUACACCUGCAAAGCCACAAAUGAAGCGGGCAGGGACAGUUGCGAGGCAACAGUGAGAAUCUCAGAGCACAAGGUGCCCCCAAGCUUUGACAUACCUCUUAAGCCAAUGACAGUGAAUGAGGAGGGUAAGCUCACCCUCCGCUGUCAUGUCCGAGGUUCUCCUCCCCUGAGGAUUGCGUGGAUGAAGGACAGGAGGGAGUUGUCUUCUUCCACCAACACUAAGAUCACUUUUGUGGAUGGCACAGCUACUUUGGAGAUUCUCCGUAUGUCUAAGGGGGAUGCUGGAGAUUAUUUGUGCAAGGCCACAAAUGAGGCUGGAAGUGAAUUUUGCAAGUCCAAAGUGACAGUCCAAGAAAAAUCGGCACCAGCACCAGCAACAGCCCCAGAACCCGCACCAGCUGCUAAACCAGCAAAGAAACUUGAUAACUUGUACUUCAUUGAAGAACCCAAGAGUGCUCAUGUAACAGAGAAGGGCACUGCCACCUUCAUUGCUAAAGUUGGAGGUGACCCCAUCCCCAACGUGAAAUGGAUGAAGGGCAAGUGGAGGCAGGUUACUCACGGCGGUCGCAUCUCCAUUGAGCAGAAGGGCCAAGAGGCCAAGCUUGAGAUCAGGGAGGUUACCAAAUCUGACUCUGGACAGUACAGAUGUGUUGCUGCUAACAAACACGGAGAGAUUGAGUGCAACACAGACCUGAAUGUCGAGGAGAAGAAAGAGGUCGCCUAUGAAAGUGUGAAACUGAAGAAGACUCCAUCAAAGCAGAAGAGCCCGAAGGAAGGUCAGGAUAUUGAUAUUGUUGAGCUCCUGAGAAAUGUAGAUCCAAAAGAAUAUGAGAAGUAUGCUCGUAUGUAUGGAAUCACGGAUUACCGUGGUCUCCUACAAGCUAUCGAGCAGUUGAAGAGAGAGAAGGAAGAAGAAAGUGGACGCCCUGAGUCAGGCUUAGCUGGAAGAGAAGCCGAGGAAGACUUGGCCCAAAUCGUGGCUGAUUUGCAAAAGAGAAUGGAACAGACCGAGCCUGUCACUCUUGUGAGGGAUAUCUCAGAUCAAACAACAGUUGUUAACCGAGAGGCUGUGUUUGAGUGUGAGAUCAAAAUCAACUACCCAGAGAUCACAUUGUCUUGGUACAAGGGCACGCAGAGACUUGACAAUAGUGAUAAAUAUGAGAUCAAAAUUGUUGGUAACCGUCACAUAAUGAAGAUCAAGAACUGCCAGUCCAGUGACCAGGGCAAUUACCGGGUCGUAUGCGGGCCUCACAUCUCCAGUGCCAAACUCACCGUGCAGGAAGCUAGAGUGGAGGCGCAUUUGGAGGAAACUGCUGGUAAGGAAGGCCAAACCUGUACUCUGACUUGCCAGUUCUCAAUUCCUAAUGUAAAAACACAGUGGUUUAAGAAUGGGAAACGUUUAGAAGCAAGCAGCAGGUACUCUUUCACCGUGAUUGAUCAGAUUCAGAGGCUGACAAUCAAAGAUGUUAGGCCCGAAGACCAAGGAGAGUAUACCUGCAAAUAUGACAACCUUGAAACGUCGACAAAUCUUUGGAUCGAAGCUGAACAAAUUCACUUCACCAAACGCAUCCAGAACAUUGUGGUGAGGGAGCGACAGUCAGCCACUUUCGAAUGUGAAGUGUCUUUUGACAAUGCUAUCGUAACGUGGUACAAAGACACGUGGGAGCUUAAAGAAAGCCCAAAGUAUAACUUCAGAAGUGAAGGUCGACGUCACUUUAUGGUCAUCCGCAACGUAACUUCUGAAGAUGAAGGCGUGUACUCGGUCAUUGUGAGGUUGGAGCCCAGAGGUGAAGCUAAAAGCACAGCUGAACUUUACCUAUCAGGCAAAGAAUUUGAUGUAGGAAGGUUGCCAUAUGAUGUCCCUGACACAUCAAUUCGAGUGCCCGAGGCACCUACAGCUUAUGCCUAUACUAAAGAAGAAUCAUCCACCGAAUACUACCAGUAUGAACAGAGGAUGGAGAUUAGAGAGCGUGAAAUGUGGACAGAAGAAAGGGUAGUAGAAGAGGUCACUACCAAAGGAGUUCCAAGAGUACCCGUGGAAGAACAAGUCCAGAGGGCGAAGUUGGGAAUGAGGGAGGAGGCUCCAGUGAGAGUUCAAGAGGCUCAGAAGCCUGAAGACAAACCAUCUAGACCCAGUGAACCAUGGGCACAAGAACCAUCCAAAGUUCCUGAGGGAAGGAAGCCCGUGGAAGAAACCGUUGUUCCUGUAAAAGUGGCCGAGCCAUCACCGAGAGAAUAUGAAGAGGCAAGGGGUUAUGGUGCUAAGCCAGCUCCAACUGUUCCUGUAGAGCAACAGGCCGCUAGCAGAGAUGUCCAGCCUACUGCAGCACCUGGGGCUCCUGAGUCCAAACCACAGGUGCCGGCUGAGCCCAAAGCGGCUCCCAUGUCUCGAGGUGAACCUGAACCUAAGCCUCAAGCUAAACCCGAAGCAGCAAAGAUGCCGGAGGCAUACCAAGCUAAAGUCCCCGAGGAGGCAAAGAAACAAAUGGUGCCCCAACAACCAGAACCAUCAAAAACUUUGCCAGGAAGAAAGCCUGAGCCAGCAAGCACCUACCCAGAGGUCACUGCACCAAAAGCUUUUGAGGUUGAAAAGAGAGUCGAAGUCACAUCAAUGUUUAAAGAGGAAUCAGAGACAGUGGUGUUCCAAAGACAAGAGGUUACGGUUUCUACUAGAAAAUCAGAGGAAGAAAUAACUCAGUGGACUGAGGUUUCUCAUGAAAAAGAAUUUAUGGAGCCGUCAAAGCCACAGCCACAAAGGACCAUAAAGGAUUCAGUUACACCUCAAGCCUAUGUGGAGGCAAAGAAACCAGAGAUGGCAAAACCAUCUGAACCAAAAACAGUGCCAGCUAAAAAAACAGAGACGACUCCAACCUACCAAGAGGCUAUCCCAUCAAAAGCUUUUGAAGCUGAAAAAAGAGCAGAGGUCACAGCAAUGUUUAAAGAGGAAACAGAAACAGUGGUGUACCAAACAAAAGUUCCUGCUAGAAAACCAGAUGAAGGAAAGCCCCAGAGGAUAGAGAUUUCUCAGGAAAAAGUUCCUGUACAACCUGAGCUUCUGGAGCCGUCACAACCCGAGGUUCAAAGGACCACAAAGGAUUCCAUUACACCUAAAGUGACUGAGCGUAAAGAGCAGAAAGUACCAUCUAAGGACAUCCCAGUGACUAAACAAAAACAAGACACAAAGAUUCCUGCAGUCACAGAACCCAAGAUUGCCAUGAAGAUACCUGCAGAGUCGGAGAGGACUACUGCUGCAGUAGAGGCUACGGCUGAGAUAAAACAGACAGUGACCCAAAAAGUGUCUGAACCAGAAAGCAAAGUUCCUUCACCAAGAACAGCUGUGUCAGCAGUUGAGGAACUUCCUUCUCGAAAAGCUCUUGAACAAGACAAGAAAAAAACCUCAGAAAAGAAAUACACUCAAGGAAAGGAUGAUAUCACACUUUCAAAAGUGCCUGAAGAUGAUAGAAAGGUCCCCCUUGAAACAAAGCCAGUUGCGUUAAGAGAAGAAAUUGCUCCCCUAAAAGAGCCAGAAAAGAAGGUUCAUCAAAAGAGUCCGAAGUCAUUUGAAGAAGUCACUCCCCAGAAAGUGGCCGAACCAGAGAAGAAGGCACCUGAAAGAAGACCAGAGUCACAAACAGAAGACGUACAUAAAAAAGUGGGGGAACCGGAAACGAAACUUCCCGAACGAAAACAAGCACAAGCAAAGGUUAAAGAAGAGGUCCCUCCUAUGCAAGUGUCGGAACCUGAAAAGAAACCUAUUGAAAGGAAACCAGAGGCAUUGAAAGAAGAGGUUACUACUCAAAAAGUGUCUGAACCAGAAAAGAGACCCAUUGAGAAAAAGCCUGUGACACAACAAGAAGAGGUUACUCCUAAGAAAGUGAGUGAACCAGAAAAGAGGCCAGUUGAGAGAAAACCUGUGGCACAAAAGGAAGAGGUUACUCCUCAAAAAGUGUCUGAACCAGAAAAGAAACCACUUGAAAGAAAGCCAGUGGCCCAAAAAGAAGAGGUUACUCCCCAGAAAGUGCCUGAACCAGAAAAGAAACAUCUUGAACCCGAAAGAAAACCUGUUCCAUCAAAAGAAGAGGUUGUUCCCCAAAAAGUGGCUGAACCAGAAAAGAAGGCUCCCUCUGAGAGACCUGCUGAAAAAGUGCCUGAGAAGAAGAAGUCACCUGAACGAACAAAAGAGCCUACAGCAGCUAAAGUACAUGAGCCAGAGAAGAAAGCCCCAGCUGAAAAGACUCCUGCAGGGAAAGAACCAGUUGCUACUGCUAAAGUACCAACGCCUGAACAGAAACCUACUCCAGAACCAGCAUCAAAGAAAAAGUCUCCACUAGAAGUGCCAAAACCGGCAAAGAAACCAUCUCCAGAAUCUGCCUCAAAGAAAGCUGCUACACCUGAAGUGCAAAAAGUCGAAAAGACUCCAUCCCCUGAAUACCCUGCCAAGACAGAAUCAUCUCCUGAAUUUGAAGAUGCUGCAGGAAAGGGACCAGUUACUACACCUCUACCUGGCGCAAGAAAAGGCAAGGUUCAGGCCAAAGAAGAGGAACCAUUUGUAAUUCCAACUUUGAAAAAGGUUGUGAGGAAAGCAGAGGUUGUAGAAGAAACACAGGAAAUUCUGCAACUGAAGAAGGUGUCCAGAAUCCCCACUGAUGAGUCAGAAACAGCUGAAGGGAUAAGACUUAAGCCGGUAUCAAGACCAGAGAGUCAUGAAGAGGAGGUGGUAUAUGCCAAAGCUGUCUCAGAGGUUUACGUUAAGGAAACCCAUGAGGCAGAGAUCAGUUAUGAAACGUAUGAAACACCCAAAAGGACCGGGAUGACACCGUUGGAGAGAGAAAAGAGAACUCCAGAGGAGCGUGACAAGCAAAAGAAGCCUACAGAAGUUGCAGCAAAAGACAGCGCUGAGGAGCGUCCUGUGCCUCAGAAGAAAAAGGCACAGGACGAAAAAGGUAAAGAAGACAAGCCUGGUGUGAAGAAAGGAGUAAGAACACCAAGAGAAGAAUCACCAAAAGAGCCUGGUACAUCACUCAAGAAAGUAUCAAAGUUACCAUCUGAUAAGCAAGAGCCUGAAACAGUGAAGCUAAAACCAUUUGGGAAGCCGGAGCAGCCAGAACCUGAAGCUGAAAAACCAAAGAAAGAUGAGAGAGACAGAAAAUCAGAACCAUUCCAAAGAGGCGAACGACCUGAGAGAGAUGAGAGAGUCAAAGAACCAGUUCCUGAAAAAGUGGAAAAACCUACACCAGAAGAAAAGGAAGUCACCGGAAAGAAAUCGGUAGAAAAAGUCCCUACAGAUGAGACUCCAAGUGAUAAAUUGCGUAUCGGAAAAGGGAAAAGAAUUCCAUCAGAUGAGGAACCUGAAGUGGUUAAACUUAAACCAUUCGCAAAACCAACACCAAAAUCAGAGUCACCAGUUGACAAAAAGGCUCCAGAAUCUAAGGAAAGUAAACCUACUGAAAUUAAAAAGCCAACUCGCACUCCGAGAGAGGAAACCACGAGAGAAAAAGAACCAGAGCCUGGGCUCAAGAAAAUUGACAAACGUGAAACACCAGAAAAGGAACCUGAAAAAGUAAAGAAAUCUGCCUCGCCUUCUGAGAUAGAGAAGAAACCAAGUCCACAAAUCACUCCUUUGAAGAAAAAGGAACCAACUCCACCAAAAGAGGAGGAAAAAACGGUACAACUGAAGAAGGUUGAACAACGUCCAAAAGAAGGCACUCCAAAAGAGAAAGAUGUUUCUCUGAAACCAGUUGAACUGGCCAAGGGUAUAGAGUUGAAGAAGACACCAUCACCAGCGGUCGACAAAGCAAAACCUAAGGCUCCGGAUGCAGUGCCAAUGGCGAAAAAGCCAAGUGCUGACGUUGCUAAGAAAAUACCCAAAAAGGUUUCACCCAAAGACUCGGUCGAAGCAGUUACUCUGAAGAAGGUUCCACAAAAAGUAUCGCCCAAAGAGGAAAAAACAGAACCAUCAAAGACCGAAAAAGGAGAACUCCCUUUGAUGAAAGAGUUGUCACCUGGUGCUGUUAGGUUGAGGCACAUUUCAACUCAGCCCGAGGAAGAAGUAGAAGAACUAGAACAUGAGGUUGAGGAAGAGGAAGACGAAGAGGAAUGGGGAUGGGAACUUGCUCCUCGUGAAAGCUAUGGCUCUGAAGAUGCUGAAGAGCAGCGAUACCUUGAGGCGGCUCUUGAGACUCCAGGCAUGGUUGGCCGGCGAGAUGGAAAGCCAUCAGAAGAGGGUGCUGCUGGAGGUGGAAGAGGCAGAGGAAUUAAACCUAAAGGUACUCCCUCCCCGGGCGGAGGCAGAGGUAGAGGAAGCCCUGGAGGUGGAGGCAAGCCUCCAGAGGAACCAGCAUUCGCUGGAUUCCAGCUCAAGGCUGUCCCACUGAAAUUCAUCAAGGAGCUCAAAAACAUUGUGCUCCAAGAGGGCGAGUCCAUUGGAUCUUCUGCCGUGUUUGAGUGUGAGGUGUCACCAUCUACUGCCAUCACCACAUGGAUGAAGGAUGGCAGCAACUUGAGGGAGAGCCCCAAGCAUAAGUUCACCUCAGACGGAAAGGACCGCAAACUGGCUAUCAUUGAUGUCCAGCUCUCUGACCAAGGCGAAUACACCUGUGUGGCCACUCUCGGCAAAAAGGAGAAGACCUCAACUGCCAAGCUUAUUGUGGAAGAGCUUCCAGUGAAGUUUGUCAAGGAGCUUGAAGAGGAGACAUCUGCCCUGAAGGGACAGCAUCUCUACAUGACCUGUGAGUUGAACAAAGACAAGGACGUGAUAUGGAAGAAAGAUGGCAAAACGUUGGCUUCAAUCCCUGGAAAGCUCCAAAUAGCCGUCAUUGGCUUGCAGCGCGCUAUAACAAUCCAGGACGCUGGCGAUUUUGAUGUUGGUGUUUACACCUGCGAAUGUGAAGAUGCAAAGACAACAACCAAAGUGAAAGUAAUUGAAAUUAUCAAGGACUGGUUGGUGAAACCUCUGAGAGACCAACAUGUGAAACCCAAACAAAAUGCCGCCUUCAAGUGUGAACUCUACAAAGAUACCCCAAAUUUCAAAUGGUUCAAAGGAGAUGAGGAAAUUCCCAUGGAUCCAACAGAUAAAACGGAAAUUCAGAAGGAUGGAAAGAAUAUGUGCCUUACUGUCAAGAACGCAGCUCCAGAAGAUGUUGCAGAAUAUGCCAUAGAAGUAGAGGGCCGCCGAUACACUGCUAAGCUGACACUUGGAGAGCGUGAGGCUGAUGUCCUGAAGCCACUUGCGAGUGUGGAAGUCGUGGAGAAAGAGGAGGCUAACUUUGAUACCGAGAUUUCAGAGGAAGAUGUUAUGGGAGAAUGGAAACUUCAGGGACAAGUUCUGCAGAGAUCACCAACGUGUGACAUCAGAGCAGAAGGUGGAAAGAGAUUCCUCACGUUGAAGAACGUUGAGCUGGACCAGGCUGGUGAAGUCUCCUACCAGGCCCUGAACGCCAUCACCAGUGCAAUGCUGACAGUAACAGCCAUCGAAAUGGACUUCACUGUCCCACUGAAGGACGUGACUGUGCCUGAAAAGAAGCAGGCAAAGUUUGAAUGUGCCAUCACUAAGGAUGUGGCUAAAGUGAUGUGGUACAGAGGGACUGAAAUUGUAACCCCAGACAUAAAAUAUGAUAUCAUUGAUGAUGGAAAAAGACACAUGUUGGUUAUAAACCACUGUGAAUUUGAGGAUGAGGGACAAUACACUAUUGAAGUGUAUGGUAGAAGGUCAACUGCUAAACUCUCGGUAGAGGGCAUGAGGCUCAAGUUCACCACACCAUUAAAGGAUCAAACCGUGACGGAGGGUGACACAGCUCGGUUUGAGCUUGAAGUCUCUCAUGACAAUGUGCCCAUUACGUGGUACAAAAAUGAAACAAAACUGCAUCCCGGCAGAAAUGUGUUAACCCAUGUUGAUGGAAAGAAACACAUAUUAGAACUAAAGGAGGUCACACUAGAUGAUAUAAGCCAAAUUAAGGCAGAGGCUAAAGGGAUUUCCACAACCGCAAACUUGAUGGUCUUAGAGGGUCCAGCGCGCUUCGUAGUAAAAUUGCAAGACUAUACUGCCGUUGAAAAGGACAAGGUUGUCUUCGACUGUGAGUUGAACAAAGACGUUCCAGUGAAAUGGUUCCACAAUGAAUCAGAAAUCAUGGCCUCAAAAAUGGUUGCAAUCAAGGCCGAAGACAAACGAAGGAUUCUGAUCAUUAGGAAAGUGGAGGACAAAUAUAAAGGUCAAUAUGUUUGUGACUGUGAAACCGACCAGACCGUGGCUAUUCUUAACAUUGAAGCACGUGACAUUAAGGUGGUUAAGCCAGUGUAUGGCGUAGAGGUCUUUGAUGGAGAGACAGCCCGCUUUGAGGUUGUGCUCUCUGAGGAUGACGUGCAUGGUCAAUGGAAACUUAAUGGCGAGGUGUUGAGUCCUUCGGCUGAUGUUGAAAUCAUUGAGGACGGAGCCAAGCACAUUUUAAUUCUGUAUAAUUGUAAGCAACCCCAAACCGGAGAGAUCUCCUUCCAGGGGGCAAAUGCCAAGUGUGCAGCGAAUAUUAAAGUGAAAGAGGUUCCUGUGACAUUCAUCACACCUUUGAGCGACGUGCAUGUGUUUGAAAAAGAUGAAGCCAGGUUUGAAUUGGAGGUGAACCGAGAACUCAAGAACUUCCGCUGGUCAAAAGGGUCCCAGGAACUGGAGAAUGAUGACAAGUUUGAAAUAAUUCAGGAAGGGAAACGGCACAUCCUAGUGAUAAAGGUGGCUAGCUUUAGCGAUGAAGCCAGCUACACCUUUGAGGCUGAGGACAAGACGACAUCCGCAAGACUUAUCAUUGAAGGCAUUCGUCUUCAGUUUGUAAAACCCAUUAAAGACGUGACCGUGAAGGAGCAAGAGACCGCAGAGUUCAAAGUCGAACUUUCGCAUGACAAUGUGCAGGUCACAUGGUACAAAAACGACAUGCGACUGCACCCCAGCAAACUGGUGCAUAUGUCUGAUGAUGGCAAAUGCCACACUCUAACAUUCAAGGAUGUGUCCAUUGACGACACUGCACUCAUUAAAGUAGAAGCCAUGAGCAAGACCUCAGAGGCCAUGCUUACUGUUUUAGAGGGAGCACCGUACUUCACAACUAAGCUGCCGAACUACACUGCUGUGGAGAAGGAUGAGGUCAUCAUGCACUGCGAGCUGAGCAAACCCCACGCUGAGGUGAAAUGGUUCAAAGGUGACAAAGAGAUCACCAUGACUAAGAACGUCCAGAUGACAGCAGAUGGAAAGAAGCGUAUGCUCAUUAUUAAAAAAGCUGAAAAGACCGAUCUUGGUGAAUACACCUGUGACUGUGGUUCAGACAAAACCACAGCCAAGCUCACCAUUGAAGAGCGUGAUAUCAAGGUUGUACGCCCCCUGUACAGCGUUGAGGUAACUGAGACAGAGACUGCCAAAUUUGAGACUGAGAUCUCUGAGGAUGAUGUCCACGGUCACUGGAAACUCAAGGGAGAGCCCCUUCACCAGUCUUCUGAGGUGGAGAUUAAGGAAGAGGGCACCAAGCACGUGCUGAUCCUCUACAAUGUGCGCAAGGACAUGGCUGGCGCAGUCGACUUCUCGGCUGCAAACGCCAAAUCCACUGCGCAGCUGAGAGUUAAAGCACGAGUGAUAGGCAUCACAAGGCCUAUGAAGGAUGUUACAGUCACUGCCGGGGAGACUGCCACCUUUGACAUCGAACUGUCCUAUGAGGGAAUAACUGUGGAAUGGUUCCUAGGGGGUACUAAGUUGGAACCAAGCGACAGAGUGGUCACCAGGGCAGAAGGAAAAGUGCAUACGCUGACCAUUAGAAACGUUACGCUGACAGAGGCCGGGGAAGUAAAACUCACUGCUAAGGACUUCCAAACACAAGCCAACCUCAAAGUGAACGAGGCUCCGGUUGAGUUCAGUAAACCACUGGAGGACCAGACAGUUGAGGAAGAGGCUACUGCUACGUUUGAGUGCGAAGUCUCCAGGGAAAACGCAGAGGUCACGUGGUCCAGAGAUGGACAGGAGAUCCGCAAAACUAAGAAGUUUGAUAUGGUUGUUGAUGGCCGUAUAAGAAAACUCAUUAUUCACGAUUGCCAAAUCGAUGACUCAAGGACGUAUACCUGUGAUGCCAAACAUUUCAAGACAACAGCUUUCCUCAAUGUUGAACCUCCACAUGUCGAGUUCUCUAAGCCACUCCAUGAUGUUGAAGUCAAAGAGAAGGAAACUGCACGGUUCGAAUGUGAAGUGUCCAGAGAAAGUGCAAAGGUCCGCUGGUUCAAAGAUGGCAGCGAGAUCCGUAAAGGCAAAAAGUAUGAGAUAAUUUCAGAGGGUGUUAAGCGUAUCCUCGUCGUUCACAAGGCCACAUUUGACGAUGAAGCAGAAUACGAAUGUGACGCAAAGGUCUCCAAAUCCUCCGGCAUGCUUACAGUUGUUGAGGAGGAGAGCAAGUUCUCCAAGAACUUGUCCAACGUUGAAGGCACUGAAACAGACAGUGUGAAAUUGAUCUGUGAGGUAUCCAAGCCCAGUGCAGAGGUCACCUGGUACAAGGGUGAUGAGGAGCUGCCCGAAGGAACCAAAUACGAGUAUGUGUCGGAUGGCAGGAAGAGGAUCCUGAUUAUUCAGGAUCUCCAUACCAAAGAUGCCGGAGAAUAUAACUGUAGGCUACCCAGUGCAAAAACGUCAGGCAAGCUUACAAUCAUUGAAAUGGCUGCUGAGUUUAUUGCCAAGCCUCAAGGACAGGAGGUCGUUGAGGGACAUAAGGCUGAGUUUGUGUGUUCAGUCUCCAAAGACAGCUUUGAGGUCAAAUGGUUCAGAGGAGACAAUGAAAUUACAGCAGAUGACAAACAUGAAAUGCGUGCCGAUGGCAAAAAGAGAGUUCUUAUUAUCAAGAACUGUGACAUGAAGGAUGAAGGUUCUUACACAGUCAAAAUCGGCACCGUCAGAGCAAAGGCUGACCUGACAGUUAUUGAAAAACUCAGGAUCAUCACACCAAUCAAAGACACCAAAGCAGGAGAGGGAACAGAGACUGUUCUGAACUGUGAGGUGAAUACCGAACAGGCUAAGGCCAAAUGGCUGAAAAACGACGAGACAAUGUUUGAAAGCAGCAAGUUCAUCAUGACCCAAAAGUAUAAUGUGUUCUCACUGAGAAUCAAAGAUGCCCAGAAGUCAGAUGAUGGUAAUUACACCAUUCUGCUGACAAAUAACCGUGGAGAACAGGCUAAGUGCAGCGCUCAGCUCACAGUACAAGAGGAGGAUCUCAGGGUCUUGGUACCAUUGGAGGACCAAGAAACACAAGAGAAGAAGACAGUUACCUUCACAUGCAAGGUGAACAGACCAAAUGUCACACUGAAGUGGAUGAAGGGUGGUCAGGAGAUCACCUUUGAUAAGCGUAUUAUCUAUAGAAAGGACAAAGACAAACACACACUGACAAUUAAAGACUGCAAAAUUAAGGAUGAGGGAGAGUAUACAGUCAUUGCUGGCACAGACAAGUCUGUUGCUGAGCUGAUCAUCAGCGAGGCACCUACUGACUUCAGUGGACAGCUUCAAGACCAAACCGUCACAGAGUUUGAAGACGCUGAGUUCGUCUGUGAGCUGACAAAGGAAAAAGCAGAAGUGAAAUGGUACAGAAGUGGACGUGAAAUCAGAGAAGGACCCAGAUAUAAAAUGGAGAGAGAUGGCAAGUUUUGCCGCCUUCAUAUCAAAGAAUGCCGACCAGAUGAUGAAUGUGAAUACGCCUGUGGAGCGGGUGACAGAAAAUCCAGGGCAAGACUCUUCGUUGAGGAGACCCCUGUGGAGAUCAUCAGACCACCUCAGGAUGUGCACGAGCCUCCCGGCUCAGACGUCCUCUAUGAGGUUGAACUGAACAAAGACAGAGUGGAGGUUAAAUGGCUGAGGAAUAACAUGACAAUUGUACAGGGUGACAAAUACCAGAUGGUGAGCGAGGGCAAAAUCCACAGACUCCAGGUCUGUGAGAUCAGACCACGUGACCAAGGAGAGUACAGAGUAAUUGCUAAGGACAAGGACGCCAGAGCCAAGCUGGAGCUUGCGGCUGAGCCUAAGAUUAAGACAUUGGACCAGGACCUUGUGACAGAUGCUGGAAAGCCAUUCGUCAUGGGUGUUCCAUUCAGUGCCUACCCAAAGGCUGAGACUGAGUGGUUCUGUGAGGGCACCAGCCUGCCAAGGGAUAACAUUCACACAAUGCCUGACAAGACCGAAUACAGGUUCAAGGAUCCAAAGAAGUCCGAUCAGGGCAGAUACAAGGUGACCAUUAAGAACAAGCACGGAGAAGGAGAGGCCUACAUCAACCUGACUGUUAUCGAUAUCCCCGGCCCUGUGAAGCACUUGCAAGUGGCUGACACUGCUGAUGGUGAGGUCAGCCUUGUAUGGGAGGAGCCAGAGAGCGAUGGCGGCAGCAAGAUCAUGGGCUACGUCGUGGAGAGACGCGAUACGAAGCGCAAGACAUGGACUCUGGCAACUGACCGUGCUGACACCACUGAGUACACAGUAACAGGCCUGCAGAAGGAAUCCAAGUAUUUCUUCCGGGUGUGUGCCUUCAACAGACUGGGAAGUGGGCCAACUGUUGAAACUGACAAGGCAGUUCAAGCCAAGAACAAAUUUGAUAUCCCUGAGCCCCCACAGAAUGUACAGGUGGCUAAAGUCACCAAGUUCAGUGCCACCCUCACAUGGGAGCCUCCUGUGUCCGACGGCGGUUCUGAGAUCACCGCUUACAUCAUUGAGCUCCGUGACCGCACUGCAGUGUCAUGGUCUGCCGUCAUGGUGACCAAAGCUCAGGAUCGCACUGCGGUCGUCAACGACGUCAUUGAGAACAAAGAGUACAUCUUCCGCAUCAGAGCCGAGAACAAGGCUGGAACUAGCAGGCCAAGCGCUGCAACAAACCCUGUCAAGAUCAUGGAUCCUAUUGAGAGGCCAAGCCCACCAGUUAAUCUGAGCCACUCCGACCAGACCAGGGAUGCUGUUCAGCUCACAUGGGAGACACCCCUGCGAAAUGGUGGCAGCAUGAUCACCGGAUACAUCAUUGAGAGGAGUGAGAAUGGCUCUGAAAAGUGGCUGAGAUGCAAUGCAAGACUUUGCCCUGACCUUAUUUACAAGAUGUCUGGCCUGAAGUUUAGGAAGCAAUACAAAUACAGGGUAUUUGCUGAGAAUGCUGCUGGUGUAUCUGACGCAUCCAAUGUGAUUGGACCAAUUCUGGCAGAUGACCCACACUUUGCUCCCACACUGGACUUGAGCGCCUUCAGAGAUGGCUUGGAGGUCAUGGUGCCCCACCCUCUGAAGAUCCGUGUGCCCAUCACUGGAUACCCUAUCCCCAAAGCAAAAUGGCAGUUGGCCGAGAAGGAGCUCACUCAGGAUGACCGUGUGACCAUGGUUACCAAGGCUACCUUCACCGAACUGCUGAUCAGGCCAAGCGUUCGUCCCGACAAAGGAACAUACACUUUGACUCUGGAGAAUGAAGUCACCUCUGUGUCAGGAGAAAUCGACGUUAAUGUCAUUGCAUCUCCAAGUGCACCCAAGGACUUCAAGGUGGCAGAGGUCACCAGGAGACACGUGCACCUUAUGUGGGAAGCCCCAGAACAUGAUGGAGGAAGCCCAGUGACAGGCUACCAGGUUGAGAAGCGUGAAGCCUCCAGGAAGACCUGGGUUAAGGUGAGCAGCGGUAUCCAAGACCAGGAGUUCACAGUCACUGAUGUGCUUGAAGGAAAGGAAUAUUACUUCAGAGUGAUUGCCUGCAACAAGUGUGGUCCUGGAGAGCCAGCAUACAUUGAUGAUCCAAUCAAUGUCUCUUCACCAGCGACUGUUCCUGAUCCUCCUGAGAACCUGAAAUGGAGGGACAAGUCUGCCAGAAGCAUCUUCCUGACCUGGGAACCUCCCAAGUACGAUGGCGGCGCAAGCAUUAAAGGCUACAUGGUCGACAAGUGCCAGCGUGGAUCAGACAAGUGGGAGCCAUGCAGCGACAUUAUUCCCGAGCUGAAGUACCAAGUGACUGGACUGACUGAAGGCAAAUGGUAUGCUUACCGUGUGAGAGCACUGAAUAGGCUGGGCUCUGGUAAUCCUUGCAAACCAACUGAUGAAAUCUUGGCAGUAGAUCCCAAAGAGGCCCCAGAGAUUAUCCUGGACGCUAAACUGCUUGCUGGGCUGACUGCCAAGGCUGGAACAAAGAUUGACCUUCCCGCUGAUAUCACUGGCAAGCCAGAGCCUAAGGUCAAAUGGACCAAGGCUGACCUGGUUCUGAAAGCUGAUGACCGGGUGACCAUUGACACCAAACCAGGACACUCUGUGUUGUCCGUUGCUAAGACGCAAAGGGAUGACACAGCUACUUACAUUAUUGAAGCUAUGAAUAGCAGUGGCCGUGCAACUGCCACUGUUGACGUCAACAUUCUAGACAAGCCCGGCUCCCCAGCUGCCUUCGACAUUUCAGAGAUCACAAACACGUCUUGCUUCCUGGCCUGGAACCCUCCUCGCGAUGAUGGUGGCUCCAAGGUGACCAAUUACAUUGUGGAAAGGAAAGUGGCUGAGAGCGAAGUCUGGCACAAGCUAUCUUCCACCGUCAAGCAGACCACAUACAGGGCCACCAACCUGGUUGCCUUCAAGAAUUACAUCUUCAGGGUGUAUGCUGAGAAUCAGUUCGGUGUUGGCCCUGCAGCAGAGCACGCUCCGAUUAUCGCCAGAUAUGCUUUCGACACGCCUGGUGCCCCCUACAAGCUCGAGCCCUCUGAUAUUGCAAGAGAUGCCGUGACUCUGACAUGGUACGAGCCUGACGAGGAUGGUGGCAGCCCCAUCACUGGCUACUGGGUGGAGAGGUUUGAGCCCGAUGCUGACAAAUGGAUUAGAUGCAACAAGCUUCCCAUCGUUGACACCACAUUUAGGGUAAAGGGAUUGCCCACAAGAAAGAAGUACAAGUUCCGUGUCUUGGCUGAAAAUCUUGCCGGACCUGGCAAACCAAGCAAAGAAACAGACCAGCUCCUCAUCAAGGAUCCAAUUGAUCCACCAUGGGCUCCAGGUAAGCCUACCAUCAGGGAUGUUGCCAAGACAUCUGCCUUCCUUCAGUGGACCAAGCCUGAGCACGAUGGCGGUGCCAAGAUUGAGUCCUACAUCAUUGAGCUGCUGAAGAGUGGAACUGAAGAGUGGGUGCGUGUUGCUGAUGGCAUCAACAUUUUGGAGCACUUCCUGAAGGGACUGAUGGAGAAGCAGGAGUACUCGUUCCGUGUCAGAGCUGUCAAUGCCGCAGGGGAAAGCGACCCUAGUGAACCAAGUGAUCCCGUUCUUUGCAAAGAGAGACUCAACCCACCAUCACCUCCAAGAUGGCUUCAGGUGGGUAAUGUCAGCAGAAAGAGUGCUGAGCUGAAAUGGACAGUUCCAGAGAGGGAUGGUGGCUCACCAAUCACCAACUACGUUGUUGAGAAGAGAGACGCCAGGCGUAAAGGCUGGCAGGCUGUGGACACUACAAUUAAGGAGUGCAAGUACACUGUCACACCUCUGAGCGAUGGCGCCCUCUACGUUUUCCGUGUGGCAGCUGAGAAUUCAGUCGGACUCAGUGGAUACUGUGAACUUGCAGACUCAGUUCUGGCCAAGGAUACCUUCACUACUCCUGGACCUCCUUAUGCUUUGGCUGUUACUGAUAUCUCCAAGCGUUAUGUUGACUUAACAUGGGAAGCCCCCAAGAACGAUGGUGGUAGACCAGUUACAAGAUACCAGAUUGAGAAGAAAGAGAAGCUUGGGACACGCUGGAUGAAGGCAGGAAAGACAUCUGGCCCUGACUGCAAGUACAGAGUUACAGAUGUUAUUGAGGGAACUGAGGUUCAGUUCCAGGUCUGCGCUGAGAAUGAGGCUGGUGUUGGUCACCCAAGUGAACCAACUGAGAUCCUGACCAUUGAAGACCCAACAGGCCCACCCUCUCCUCCUCUGGAGCUGCAAAUUACACAGGCCACCAGAGACCACAUCUCCUUCAUCUGGAAACCUCCAGAGAGACAUGGAGGAUGCCCAGUCACAGGAUAUCACAUUGAGCUUUGCGAAGCCGGAACUGAGAAGUGGAUGAGGGUGAACUCCCGCCAGGUCAAGGAGCUGAAGUUUACAGCAGGAGAGGAGGAGGGCAUUAUUCCCGAGAAGGCAUACAUUGUAAGAGUGCGUGCCGUGAACUCCGUUGGGGUCAGCGAGCCCUCAGACAUUUCAGAAAAAGUUUAUGCCAAAGAUGCAGAUGCCAAGCCAACAUUGGAGGUGCCAAGUCAGGAGAUGAUUAUUGUGGAAGGCGAGAAGAUACAUAUUCCCAUUCAUUUCAAAGCAGUGCCAUCACCAAAGGUGACAUGGCACAAAGACGGAAAUGAAAUGCAGGCUGACGACAGGACCUUCUUCAGGGCUGAAUACACAACCUGCCACUUGGAGAUUCCAAGCAGCCUUCAUGCCGAUGCUGGGCAGUACAAGAUCACUCUUGAGAACUGCUUCGGCUCUGCAAGUGGAACUAUCAACAUUAAAAUCAUUGGACUGCCUGGUCCUUGCAAAGAGAUUGUGGCCAGUGAGAUCACUAAAGGCUCCUGCAAGAUCUCCUGGGAUCCUCCUGACUAUGAUGGAGGCAGCCCUAUCACUCAUUACGUCCUCCAGCGCAGAGAGGCUGGUAGGAGAACAUAUGUGAAUGUCAUGUCCGGUGAAAACAAAGUCAGCUGGCCAGUGAAGGACUUGGUCCCCAAUGCAGAGUACUAUUUCCGUGUCAGGGCUGUGAACAAGAUUGGCGGUGGAGAGUUCCUUGAGCUGAAAAACCCUGUCAUUGCUGAGGAUCAGAAGCAGCGCCCAGAUCCUCCUCUUGAUGUGGAAACUGUCAAUCCAACCGCCAGCACUGUUACUCUGACAUGGAAGCCUCCCAUGUACGAUGGUGGCUGUAAGAUCAUGGGUUACAUCCUGGAAAAGAUGGUGAAAGGUUCCGAGAAGUGGGAGAGGUGCAAUGACUUCCUUGUCCCUGUGCUGUGCUACACUGUGAAGGGUCUGAAGGAAGGAAAGCAGUAUCAAUUCCGUGUGACGGCUGAGAAUGCUGCUGGACUCAGUGAUCCAUCACGUGCCACUCCACCAGUGAAAGCUUGUGAUUCUGUCGAAUCACCAAAGGUCUUCCUCAGUGGCAGUCUUCAGUCUGGCCUGAUGGUCAAGAGAGGCUAUGAGAUCAAGCUUAACGCUUGCAUCUCUGGUGCCCCAUACCCACAAAUAACCUGGUUUAGGAACGAUCUGGUCAUUAGGCCCGAGACCCCCAAGAAACGUCCAGAAAAGCCUGUUGCCAAGAAGAAGGAAGAACCCAAGGAGACCAAGGAAGCCAAAGAGGCCAAGGAAGCCAAAGAGGCCAAGGAGGGCCCAGAGAAAAAGCCAGAGGAUAAGGACAAGGAUGCCAAGGACAAGAAGGACAAGGAUGCCAAGGACAAGGAAGCCAAAGACAAGGAAGCGAAAGACAAGGAAGGCGAGGCCAAAGACAAAGAGGCAAAGAAAGAUGAGAAGGCCCCAGAGGAGCCAGAAUACGAAGAACCGGAGCAUGCACCUCUUCAGGAACGUCUCAUCAUUGACAACUCAAGGAGGGGUGAUUCCAGGCUCAUCAUUGCAGACUCAAUUAGAGCUGACUAUGGCAUCUUCUCUGUCAGGGUGGAGAAUGAUCAUGGCAUUUGCACUGCAACUUGCGAGGUUAAUGUGCUUGACACACCUGGACCAGUUGUUAACUUCAGAUUUGAAGAGGUCAGAAAGAACUCUGUCAUCUGCAAAUGGGAUCCACCCCUGGAUGAUGGUGGCAGUGAAAUCCUGAACUACACCCUGGAGAGGAAAGACAACUCUAAGGCUGAAAUUGGAUGGACAACUGUCACAUCAACUUUGAGAGGGUGCAAAUAUCUAGUGCCAAAACUGUUGGAAGGCAAAGAGUACAUUUUCCGUGUCACUGCUGAGAACAAGUUUGGCGCUGGAAGACCAGCCAUUUCCAAGCCUAUGAUUGCAAGGAAUCCUUUCGAGCUACCAGAUGCACCUGAGAAGCCAACCGUCGAUGAUGUCACAGCUAACAGUAUGGUUGUCAGCUGGGAAGCACCUAAUGAUAAUGGCAGUGAAAUCCAGGGAUACUGGCUGGAGAAGAGAGAGAUCAACAGCACUCGCUGGACAAGGGUCAACCGUAACUUGAUCCCAGAUCUUGAAAUGGACGUUCAAGGUCUCAUUGAAGGCCUGACAUAUCUUUUCAGGGUUGCUGCUGAGAAUGUGGCAGGACCUGGAAAGUUCAGCCCUCCAUCAGAGCCCAGAACGGCACAAAGACCUAUUAUGCCACCUGGACCACCAAUUGUAAGAAUAGUGGACACUACUGACCACUCUAUUGAGGUUGAGUGGGAUCCACCAGUGGACAAUGGGGGAGGAGAAAUCCAGGGAUACCAUGUUGACAAGGUGGUGGCUGGCACAAAGGACUGGUCUCGUAACACAGAGAGACCAUGGAAACAGCACAACUUCGAGGUGUUUGGAGUCAGAGAGGGAGCUAAAUAUAUAGUUCGUGUGAUGGCAAUAAAUUCAGCUGGAGAAGGAACACCAGGUUUAACAAGUGCUGUCAUUGUGAGAAAUCCUGCAGAGCCUCCAGUUCUCGACCUGGACCUCUCUGUGAAGAAUGGUGUCAUUAUUAGAGCUGGUGAGACACUGAGGGUGCCUUGCACCGUGUUGGGUAGGCCAGCACCAAGCAUCAAAUGGACAAUUGAGGAAAAGGACCCUAACAAGGAUCGUGUGGAAAUAGAAAGUGUGGGCCAACUAAGCACUCUCAUCAUUAAGAAUGUACAGAGAAGUGACCAUGGAAAAUACCAGAUCACUGCAGCCAAUCCAAGUGCUAUUAAGUCAGCAAAUACCAGGGUAGAGGUCAUGGAUGUACCUGGCCCAAUUACCGAUUUGAAACCUGUGGUUGUGACGAGGAAGUUGAUGAUGCUGAAUUGGGGCGAUCCCGAUGAUGAUGGUGGCAGUGAUGUCAUAAGCUUCAUUAUUGAAAGAAAGGAACCAAAGUCCGCAAUUUGGAGGCAGCCUAUUGAGACACCUUCAUCCAAAUGUGAAAUUGUGGGCAUCACGGAAGGAGCGGAAUACAUAUUCCGUGUUGUGGCAAAGAAUAAAUAUGGCUGUGGUCCUGAGGUCCUCCUUGGACCUAUUCGUGCUGUGGAUCCCCUUGCUCCACCAUCAUCUCCUGAAAAGUUCCACUACGCUGAGAGGACGAAGUCAUCCCUCAGCCUCACUUGGAGGCCACCUCGUAAUGAUGGUGGUAGCCCAAUUAUCGGCUACAUCAUUGAGAAAAAGAGAACAGAUGAAACAGCGUUUGUGGCUGUGAAUAAAGACCUAUGCACAGACCUCUUCAUGACUGUGCCAGAUCUGCAAGAGAUGUUCAUGUAUGAAUUCCGUGCAAAAGCAGUCAAUGCAAUUGGUACCAGUGAGCCAUCAAUCACGAUGACCGUUGUCAUUCAGGAUGAUGAAGUUGCCCCAACCUUGACCAUGCUGAAACACUUCAAGGCCGACACAAUUACUGUCAGAAAGGGACAGCCUAUCGAGAUUCCUGCCGAGGUGACGGGUCUUCCCAUGCCAAAGGUCGAGUGGUUCAAGGACGAUGCUUUAAUCACUGACCCAACUACUGAGGUCCCACAGCCUGAGGUCAAGCCUGAGGUCAAGCCUGAGGUCAAAGAGCCACCUGCUGAGGGGCAACCGCCACCUCCUAAGAUCGCAGAAGCAAAUCCUGACCGUUCCGUUGAAACAAAGGAAGUAAACAGACAAACCUCUACCACCAAGCUCGCCAUCACUACUAUUAACAGAAAGGAUAAGGGCUUUUACACAGUCGUUGCAUCAAAUCGACUUGGAACUGUAUCUCACAAUGUGUUGGUCCAAGUUCUGGAUCGUCCAACACCACCAAGAAAUCUUGUCAUUUCAAAUCUCAAGGCUGAAUCCUGCCAACUCACUUGGGAUCCCCCAGUUGAUACUGGAGGCAGUGAACUUACAAAUUACAUUGUGGAGAAGAAAGAGAUCCGUGAAAUUGAUGAGGAUGCAGUUACAGAAUCUGGAGAGCCUGUUCCUAAGCCUGACUGGGUGAAGGUCACAAGUACCAUUAUUGAGAAGAAAUACAGGGUGUGGGAGUUGGAAACCAAUGCCACCUACCAAUUCAGAGUAAGGGCUGAGAACAAGUAUGGAAUCAGUGAGGCCUGUGAAUCAGAAGAGACCAUGAUCAAGGAUCCACACGGCCUUCCAGGCCCACCACAGCAUGUCAAGAUUGUCGAACAAUCCAAGACUCAUAUGCUGGUCACAUGGGACCCACCAAUGGACAGCGGUGGCACCAUGAUUACAGGCUACUGGCUUGAGAAAAGAGAGAAGGGAUCAGCCUACUGGUCUCGCGUGAACAAGGCGCCCAUCACAAAGAGAGGCACCAAGGGUUGGGAGGGCCUGGUCACCCGUCUUAUUGAGGGUACAGAAUAUGAAUUCCGCUGUAUGGCCUGCAACUCAGCUGGUAUUGGACCUCCCAGUGCCAUUUCCGAGUCUGCUAGGGCCGAUGAGCCAAUUGGUGUUCCAGGAAUGCCAGCUGCACCAGAAAUUGCAGACAAGACCAAGCGCAGUGUCACCCUUAAAUGGGCCCCACCAGCAAAGGAUGGCGGAAGUCCCAUUAAAGGCUACAUCAUUGAGAUCCAGGACGAGGGUUCCUCCUCUUGGCUCCCAAUGAAUGAUGCCGAAAACCUGCACCCAACCACAGAUUUCAUGGUGCCCAAUCUCAGAGAGCUGAAGAGGUACAAGUUCAGAAUCACUGCUGUGAAUGACAUCGGACAAUCUCUGCCAAGCCCCAGCACCGCUGAGGUUCUUCUUGAGGACAUUCAAGUGGGACCACAGGUCUUUGUGGAUGUUAACGCACAUGACAUGCUGUCCAUCCGUGCGGGAGCUCAGAUCAAAAUUCCUGCUAGAAUUACAGGUCGUCCUGUACCCAAGGCUUCAUGGGAAUUUACUGGACCAGCCAAGACUAAAAAGAAGGAUCGCCUUCAUAUAGUCCCUGUGGCGGCUGAGGUUGAGUCCACUGAUGAUACCUCUGUUCUCACAAUCCCUGUGAGUCUGAGGAGCCAUUCUGGCAGAUACACAAUCACAGCCAAAAACAAGUCUGGACAGAAGCAUGUUAAUGUCAUGGUGAUUGUUCUUGAUGUGCCUAGCGCACCAAAGGAGCUUAGAGUGACAGACAUGACUCGAUCUACAUGCAGACUCAUCUGGAAGCUUCCUGACAAUGAUGGUGGCGAGAGAAUCAAGAGUUACUUCAUUGAGAAGAAGGCCAUCACAGGAAAAGCUUGGACUGUUGUUAACCAGGCUUGUUGCAGCCAGGCAUUUGUAGUGGCAAACCUUGUUGAAGGAAGUGAAUACAUCUUCCGUGUCCGUGCUGAAAAUCGCCUUGGCUUUGGGCCAUUCACUGAGACCAAGGAUCCUGUUAGAGCCAGAGAUCCUAUUUUCCCUCCUGAUCCUCCAACGAAGGUGAAGAUUAAUCUUGUCACCAAGGAUACUGUUACCUUGACAUGGGAACCUCCAAAGAAUAACGGUGGCGCUCCAGUGAAACACUACAUCAUUGAGCGUCUGAGCUGGGACACCAGUGGUCCUCAGAAAGAGACCUGGAAACAGUGCAACAAGCGUGAGGUUGAAGAGACUACCUUCACUGUUGAGGAGCUCAAAGAGGGUGGAGAAUAUGAAUUCCGUGUCAAAGCUGUAAAUGAGGCUGGUGCAAGCAGACCAUCUGCCACGGCUGGACCCAUUAUUAUCAAAGACCAAACAUGUGCUCCAGUUAUUGAACUCAGAGAGGCGUUGGAGGGUGCUGAGGGCUUUGACCUUAACGCUGUAGCCAGAAUCCAAGGCUGUCCAUUCCCCUCUCUUGUUUGGCACAAGGCACCUCUGGACAAACCAGAGGAAAAGAAUGUCUUGCAGUACACCAAACACGUAAACAAAAUUGUUGCUAAUGACAAGUGUACCCUAUUGCUCCAGCAGUGCAGGAGAGAUGACAGUGCCAUUUACACACUGACUGCCACCAACAGCCUUGGCACUGCAUCAAAGGACAUCAAAAUUACUGUGCUAGGCCGACCUGGACCUCCUGUUGGACCAGCCAAGUUUGGCGAAAUCUUUGCUGAGAGGAUUUCAAUGACUUGGCAACCACCCACCGAUGAUGGUGGCUCCAAAAUCACAAACUAUGUUGUUGAGAAGCGUGAGGACAACCGUAAGACAUAUGUACAUGUCUCCAGUGAUCCGAAAGAAUGCGCUUACACUGUGCAACGACUUACAGAGGGCCACGAGUAUGAAUUCCGUAUCAUGGCUCAGAACAAAUAUGGAAUCGGACCACCACUAUACACUGACGCAGAGAAAGCAAGAAAUCUUUUCACUGUUCCUGGCCAAUGUGAAAAGCCCACUGUCACAGAUGUGACCGUGGAAUCAAUGACAGUCAACUGGGAACCACCAGAGUAUGAUGGUGGUUCCCCAGUCACAGGUUAUUGGCUAGAGAAGAAGGAAACAACUGGCAAGCGCUGGACCAAGGUCAACCGUGACCCACUUCGAAUUAUGCCUCUCGGCAUGACUCAUAUUGUCAGUGGUCUCCUUGAGGGUGCAAUGUACCAGUUCCGUGUCACUGCUAUUAACGCUGCUGGACUUGGACUUCCAAGUGUUCCAUCCGAUCCAGUGAUGUCAAGGGACCCCAUAGUUCCUCCUGGCCCACCCACGCCCAAGGUUACAGACUGCACCAAGUCCACAGUUGAGCUUGAAUGGAUCCCACCAAUUAUUGAUGGUGGUUCUAAGAUUACGGGAUACUUUGUGGAAUACAAAGAUGAGUCACCAAAAGAAGAGGGAGAAAAAGAAGAGGUACCAAAAGAAAAGGUGAAAAAAGAAAAGCCACCAAAAGAAGGUGGCCAAGAAGAGGGAGAAGAAGAAGAAGAAGAGGAAGAAGAAGAAGAAGAGGAGCCAAAAGACGAAUGGGAGAAGGCUAAGGACAAGGAGAUCAGAGGAACCAAGUUUGUUGUCACUGGACUAAAGGAACUUGGACUGUACAGAUUCAGAGUCAGAGCAGUGAAUGCUGCUGGCGUUGGUGAGCCUGGUGAGGUUACUGAGGUCAUUGAAGUCAAGGACAGAACAGUUGCCCCUGAGGUCGACCUUGAUGCCAGUGUCAAGGAAAAGAUUGUUGUCCAUGCCGGAGGAGUUAUCCGUAUCAUCGCCUAUGUAUCAGGCAAACCUGCCCCAGAGAUCACCUGGAACAGGGAUGAUGCACCCUUGCCCAAAGAAGCUGUUGUCGAGACCACCGCCAUAAGCUCUUCAUUGGUGAUCAAGGGAUGCAGGAGGCACCACCAAGGAAUUUACACUCUCAUUGCUAAGAAUGAGGGAGGAGAGAGAAGAAAGGCCAUCAUUGUUGAGGUUCUUGAUGUUCCUGGGCCUGUGGGUCAGCCUUUCAAUGGAGAGAAUCUCACAACUGACUCCUGUAAGUUGACCUGGUUCACACCUGAAGAUGAUGGUGGCUCAGCAAUCACCAACUAUAUCAUUGAGAAGAGAGAAGCCGACCGCAGAGGCUACACUUCAGUGUCAUACACUGUGACAAGGAAUAAUGCUGUGGUCCAGGGUCUCGUUGAUGGAAAGGGAUAUUUCUUCAGAAUUGCAGCUGAGAAUAUCAUUGGACGUGGUCCUUUUGUUGACACACCCUCACAAGUUAUGGUCAAGGAUCCAAUUUCUUUGCCUGAACGUCCAGAGGAUCUGCAUGUCACAGCUGUCACGAAAGAUUCAAUUAGUGUAGCAUGGAGACCACCCAAGUACGAUGGUGGCUCAGAAGUCACAAGUUAUGUGCUUGAGGCCCGUCUGAUUGGAAAGGACAGCUUUGCCCGGAUCUCAGAGGAUAAGCUGAUGGAAAAGACAUUCACAUACACGGGUCUUAAAGAUGGCUCUUCUUAUGAGUUCCGUGUCAGUGCUGUUAAUGCAGUUGGCCAGGGCAAGGCCUCUUUCAGCACCAAACCAGUCACAUGCAAAGAUGAACUUGAGCCCCCAUCACUUGACUUUGACUUCCGCGAGAAAGUAACUGUGCGCGUCGGAGAUCCUUGCCUUGUGACGAGCCGCAUCAAGGGAUCACCAGCACCAACUGUUAAAUGGAGGAAGGGAGAAGAAGAGCUUCAGGCUGAUGAUGUUCUCACCUUCUCUAAUACCUCAAAGUCCCUGUCCUUGAACAUCACCAAAGCCAAGCGUGAACACAGUGGAAAGUACAUAGUCACUCUAGAGAACACCAUUGGUACAUGCGAUGGUAUCUGCACUCUUGUUGUUGUCGAUCGCCCAUCACCUCCUGAGGGUCCAGUCGUCUUCAAUGAGAUUUGCAGGAAUCACAUGGUCAUUUCUUGGAAUCCUCCUCUUGAUGACGGUGGAAGUGCAGUGUCCAACUAUAUUGUAGAGAAGAGAGACACCAACAGAGAGCUCUGGAUGCCAGUCACAGAGGCUGCCACUAGGACCUCAUGCAAAGUCCCCAAACUGAUUGAGGGACGUGACUAUAUCAUAAGAAUCUGCGCUAAGAACAUCCAUGGCAUCAGUGACCCCUUGCUGUCUGCUGAGACAAAAGCAAGGGAUGUGUUCAAGGUACCUGACCCACCUUCACAACCCGUGGUGAAAGAGGUUUACAAGGACACCGCUCUCAUUGCCUGGAACCCACCAGAAUCUGAUGGAGGCCAACCUGUGACUAAUUAUGUUGUGGAGAGGAAGGAGACACUGGGCAAAAGAUGGGCACGUUGCGGAACUGAGCGUAUCCCCAGCCUUGAGUACAAGGUUUCAGAUCUCCUCCCAGGCUGUGAAUAUGAGUUCCGUGUUUCUGCUGAAAACUCAGUUGGUGUGGGCGACCCAAGUAUUCCAUCAAAACCUGCCUUUGCCAGGGAUCCCAUUGUUCCUCCAAGCCCACCUGUUAAGUUGGAGUCUAUUGACCACACUAAAGACUCAGUCACCCUUGCCUGGCAACCACCACUUGACUGUGGAAGAGGCAAGAUCUUAGGCUAUCUUCUUGAGUAUCAGAAGGCUGGAGAUGAAGAGUGGCUUCAGGUGAAUCAGACUCCUGACUCUUGCCAGGAGACAAAGUUCAAGGUCAUCAACCUGGAAGAUGGCUCUCUGUACAGGUUCAGAGUGAAAGCUGCCAACGCUGCUGGAGAGUCUGACCCUGCCAAUGUCAGGGAUCCUGUGAGAGCAGUGGACAGACUUGAGCCACCAGAGCUCAUCCUGGAUGCUGGCAUGGCAAGGGAAGUGAAAGCCAUGGCAGGAACUCACAUUGCAUUGAUUGCUACAGUCAAGGGAAUACCGUUCCCCAAGAUCACCUGGCAGAAGAACGAGGCAGACAUACCUCCAAGAUCUGAAAUAACCACAUCUGGAUCAACAACCAAGCUAGAGAUGAGAUUCUGUAAUCGUUGUGACUGUGGCGAUUACACACUGACUGUGGAGAAUCCAGCUGGAUCCAAAACAGCUACUUGCACAGUGCUUGUUCUUGACAAACCUGGACCCAUUCAGCACUUGAGGGUGUCUGAUGUAAGGUGCGACUCGGCCUAUCUGUCAUGGAAAGAUCCAGAGGAUAAUGGAGGAGCUCGUAUUACCAACUUUGUGGUUGAGAAAAAGGAUGCAGCAGCUGCCCAGUGGGUGCCAGUAUGCUCUACUUCAAAGAAGCGCAGCAUGAUGCUCAAGCACUUGAUGGAGGGCACCUCCUACAUGUUCCGUGUUGCUGCUGAAAAUCAGUUUGGCAGAAGUGAAUAUGUUGAGACAACCAAAGCCGUUAAAGCCAUGAAUCCUCUGUUCCCACCUGGUCCUCCGAAGGACUUGCACCAUGUGGAUGUCGACAAAACAGAGGUGUGGCUGAAAUGGAACUGGCCAGAUCGCACCGGUGGAAGUGAUAUCACUGGAUUCUUGAUUGAGUAUGUAGAGGAAGGAGAGAAAGAUUGGGAGGUUUUCAAAACAGUCAGUAUUCCUGAGGCCCAUGUGACAGGUUUGGAAGAAGGCAAGACCUACAGGUUCCGUGUGAAAACUGAGAAUGCCAUUGGUCUUAGCCGACCAGAUACAACACUGCCUGUGCUGUGCCAGGAGAAACUUGUGCCUCCGAUUGUUGAGGUAGAUGUGAAACUCAUUGAGGGAAUGGUUGUAAAAGCUGGAACCACAAUAAGGAUGCCUGCAAUUAUGAGAGGAAUACCUGUUCCUACUGCAAAAUGGAUGAUUGAUGACACUGAAAUUGUCAGCGAAGGAAACAUUAAAGUUGACACUGACAACUUCUCCAGUGUUCUCACCAUUUCAGAAUGCACAAGAGAUCACACUGGAGUUUAUCUUCUCACUGUCUCCAAUGCGGCCGGCAGUAAAACUGUUGCUUUGAACAUUAUUGUUCUUGAUGUUCCGGAUGCUCCAAUUGGCCCAGUCAAUCUUCUUGAAGUCACACCAGAGCAUAUGGUUAUUGAGUGGCGUCCUCCUAAAGAUGAUGGUGGAAGCCCUGUCACAAACUACAUUGUUGAGAAGAGAGAAUCCAAGAAGGAAACUUGGGGUGGAGUGAGUUCUGGCAGCACCAGCACCCAGUUGAAGAUUACUCGUCUUCAGAAAGGAGUUGAGUAUAUUGUGCGUAUUCGUGCAGAAAACAAAAUUGGUAUUGGUGCUGCUCUUGAAAGUAAACCCGCUGUUGCUCAGCAUUCCUUUGAACCACCUUCUCGCCCUGGAAAACCAACUGUGUCUGACCUGUCUGAAGAUUCUCUGACUCUUGGCUGGACAAUGCCAUUGCAUGAUGGUGGCAGUCAAAUCAAGGGAUACUACAUUGAGCGUAGACAUAUUGGCGGCAAAUGGAUUAGAGUGAACAAAACUCCUUGCAAGGAUCUUAGGAUCAGGGUGCUUGGACUUUAUGAGGGAACUACCUAUGAGUUCAGAGUCUUUGCUGAAAAUAUUGCUGGCUACAGUGGACCCUCUCCAACCUCAGAUCCUGCUAAGCCUUGCAGACCAAUUACUGUGCCUGGACCUCCAGUCAAUCCCAGAGUAAAAGAUUACAGCAAGGCACAUGCUGAUUUAGUGUGGGUUAAACCCAAUAAGGAUGGUGGUAGCCCCAUUUUAGGAUACGUUCUGGAGAUGCAGAAGGCUGGUGGUGAAUGGGAGAGUUGCAAAAAGGAUGAUCUUAUUAAAAUCUGCGCAUUCUCGGUCUCUGGCCUUGAAGAGGGCAUUGAGUACAGGUUCCGUGUUAGAGCUGUUAACAUGAUUGGAGACGGUGAAACUAGAGAGGUUCCAGAAUCCAUCAUUUGUGAGGACAUUUUGAUCCCUCCAGAGAUAGAAAUGGAUGCCACAUGCCGCACACAUGUAACUGUAAGAGUAGGACACAACAUUAACAUUCAAGGCUAUAUUAAGGGCAGACCUGACCCGGAAGUGACAUGGACAAAGGGCGAGGCAGUUUUAGAAAAGGAUAAGCGUACCACAAUAACAAAUAAUCUCCCAGUUGCUCACCUCCUUAUCAAAGAGGCCCAGAGAGGAGAUCAUGGUCAAUAUGUUCUCAAAGCUGCAAAUGACAGUGGUGAAGCGACAGCAACAAUUACUGUGAAUGUCUUAGACAGACCUGGACACUGUAAGAAUCUGAGAGUGACGUAUGUGUGCAGGCAUUCUUGCAUGGUAGCCUGGGACACUCCUGAGGACAAUGGUGGUUGUGAAAUUACUCACUACGUUGUUGAAUUGCGUGAACCUAAUGUGCGUGCGUGGGCUGUGAUUUCCUCUGAGUGCACAAACCGCAUGAUCAAGGCCAAACUGAUGGACGGCCAUGAGUACUUCUUCCGUGUGUCUGCAGCAAACAAGUGUGGCCCAGGUCCCACAACAGAGACAAAGAAUGCAAUUCUUGCCAUUGACCGCAUUGAGAAACCUGGUGACCCAGAGAACUUCCACGUUACUGACAUUACUAAGAGCUCUGUGUCACUUAAAUGGAGAAGACCAGAUUAUGAUGGAGGAUGUCCAGAUCUGUUCUAUAAUUUGGAGAAGAGAGCCAAAGAUGCUGAGGAAUGGGAAGAGCUGACUCCUGAGUUGCUCAAGGAUACAUUCUUCACUGUAGAGAACCUCACAGAGAAACAAUCAUACUUCUUCAGAGUCCAAACUGUAAACGACGGAGGAGAAAGUAACUAUGUCAAGACUAGUGAAGUUCUUGUCAUAGAGGUGAUUCAGAAACCAGUAAUUGAUCUGAAGUUCAGUGGCACUACAGUGGUUAAGGCAGGCGACUCUGUCAGACUUGAAGCUAACAUUAGAGGCAAACCAACACCAGAGGUGAAAUGGGUUAAAGACAGAGCUACAGGUGACAAUCCCAGAAUUUCUGUUGAAAAUGGAUAUGAAUACUCUAAAUUCCUCUUGGUCAAAUCCAAGCGUGGGGAUACUGGAAAAUACACAAUUACUGCCACUAAUUCAGCUGGUAGCUUCACAGCAUAUGCCAACAUUACUGUACUUGACAUACCAGGCGCGUGUAGAGACGUGAAGAUUUCUGGCAUUUCAGUAGACAAAUGUAGAGUUGCUUGGGAUCCACCAGAGGAUGAUGGUGGUUGCGAGGUUGACAGCUACAUUCUAGAGAAAUGUGAAACCAGAAGAAUGGUUUGGUCCACUUAUUCCGCAUCUGUUGUCACCAACCACUGCAACGUAACUCGUCUUGUGGAAGGAAACGAGUACAUCUUUAGGGUCAGGGCUGAAAACAAAAUGGGCACAGGUCCUCCAACUGAAAGUAGGGCAAUUACCGCCAAGUACCAGUUUAGCAGGCCUGGACCUCCAGAAGCCCCCGAGGUAACAAAGAUUGGCAAAGAUGAAAUGACUGUUGUAUGGGCUCCUCCAGAAAAUGAUGGAGGCAAAUCAAUCACUGGCUAUAUCCUGGAAAGGAAAGAGAAACGUGCGGUCAAAUGGGUGUCAGUUACCAAGAGUCCCAUUUCAGAAAGACGUAUGAAGGUCACAAACCUCCUUGCCAACCAUGAAUAUCAGUUCCGUGUGAAGGCUGAAAAUGAAGUCGGUUUGGGAGAUCCCAGCAAACCCACAAAAGCUGUUCCAGCUAAAGAUCCAAUCGAACCUCCUGGUCCUCCUAGCAGCUUUAAGGUGGCCGAUAGCACAAAGACAUGCAUUACACUUGGCUGGGCCAAGCCUGUAUAUGAUGGUGGUGCACCAAUCAUUGGAUAUCUUUUGGAAAUGAAGGAAAAGACAGAUGAUGAACCAGAACCAGAAGAAGACGAGGUAGAAGCUGAAGUUGAAGCUGAACCAGAACCAGAACCAGAACCUGAACCUGAACCUGAAACAGCUGCACCUAAAGUGGCAGAGGGCGAAAAGGUAGAGGGUGAACCAGCAGAGGGUGAAAAGAAGCCCGAACCAGAAGCAGUGCCAGAGCCAGUCAAACCCAAACCUGUCAAGGAUCCAAAUGCUGGCUGGAAAAAAUGCAACACUUCCACCUUGGUCCUCACAGAGUACACCAUGCUUAACCUUCAAGAGAGUAAACGAUAUCUAUUCCGUGUUUCAGCUCAGAACCAAGUGGGCUGGGGUCGCCCAGCUAAACUGAAAGAAGCUGCGUCACCCAAGGAGGUCCUUGAGGCUCCCGAGAUUGAGUUAGAUGCUAGUCUCAGAAAGGGAAUUUCUGUCAGACAAGGCUGUCCUAUUAGAUUGUUUGCAACAAUCAAAGGAAGGCCAGCUCCAAAAGUAACAUGGAAACGAAUGGGUGAAGAUAAUGUUGUUCGCAAGGGCCAUGUGGAUCAGGUUGAUACAAUGUCCUUCCUUACGAUCCCGGAAAGUACCCGUGAGGAUUCAGGAAAAUACUCGUUGACCCUGUCAAACUCUUCUGGGGAGAAAGCCAUUUUUGUGCGUGUGAAAGUUUUAGACACUCCAGGGCCAGUUGGUGGUCUGGAAGCAAGCGAUGUCACAAAGACAUCAUGUCAGCUUGCUUGGCUACCUCCCGAAAAUGAUGGUGGCUGUCCAAUCUUGAACUAUAUUGUUGAGAAGCGUGAGGUUGACAGGAAAACCUGGACAAAUUGCAGUAAUGACAGUAAGAAGACAAGCUUCAAAGUCACAAAUCUUGCUCCAGGGGUUGACUACUACUUCAGAGUUAUGGCAGUGAACAAGUAUGGUAUUGGUGUACCUAAAGAUUCUCCGAAGGCAUACCUGGCAGCUGAUCCUAUGAGUGAACCUGAUCCUCCCAAGAAGAUGGAUGUUCUGGAGAUUACAAAGAACAGUGCAACUCUGGGAUGGUUGAAGCCACUCAGAGAUGGUGGGGCCAAAAUCAAUGGCUAUCUUGUUGAUUACCUAGAAGAUGGAGAUCCUGAGGCUAAAUGGACACCAUAUUCAGUGGUCAAAGAUAUGUCCAUUGUGGUUGUUGGAUUGAAAGAAAACACAAAGUACAAAUUCAGAGUUGCUGCAAGGAAUGCAAUUGGAACCAGUCUUGCAAGGGAAGCUGAAGGAAUAUUUGAGAUUAAGGAGCAACUUAUGGCACCAAAGAUCAUCCUGCCAGAUGUAGUCACAUGUAGGGCUGGAACCAAGUUGAAAAUUGAAGCACUUGUUGCUGGCAAACCUGCUCCCACUACUAAAUGGAAGAUUAGCAAUGAAGAUGUGGUAACAUCAGAAAGAGUGGCUAUACAAAGAGCUCCAGGCUUCACCAGCCUCACAGUCAAAGAGGUGUCAAGGAAGGAUAGUGGCUACUAUAGUCUUGCUGUUGCCAACAGUGUUGCAAAGAUCAACCAGAUUGUAAGAGUCGUCAUUAUGGACAUUCCCGGGCCACCUGAGGGUCCUCUGGAAAUUUUGGAAAUAGAUACUGAUUCUUGCAGUCUGGGAUGGAAUCAACCACAGGAGGAUGGAGGAAGCAGCAUCACUAACUAUGUUGUGGAGAAAUGUGAUGUUAGCAGAGGUGAUUGGGUUCCAGCCGCUGCCUCCUGCACUACGACCAGCUGCAGGGUUGGAAAACUCACACAAGGACACGAGUAUGGAUUCAGAGUGCGUGCAGAGAACAGAUUUGGCGUUGGCGAGCCCAUUUAUUCUGUGAAAAUGAUUGCAAGACAUCCAUUUGAAACUCCUAGCGAGCCCAGAAAUCUCGCCCUGAAGAAGAUCAACAAAGACUACGUGGUCCUCACCUGGGAAAAACCAGCAGAUGAUGGUGGUAGCCCUUUGACUGGAUACUGUGUUGAAUACAAAGACAGAAACAGCAUACUCUGGGUCAGGGGUAAUGAAGUAUUAGUCCGUAAUACAGAAUACACUUGCUUCGGCUUGCUUGAAGGUCUUGAGUACAGCUUCAGAGUGUCUGCUCUGAACAAGGCAGGUCAAGGUAAACUAAGCAAGCAGACCGAUUUCAUCACUGCAAGAACAGCAGUUGAUCCACCUGGCAAACCAGAGGCUAUUGAUGUCACAAAGAGUUCAGUUGCCCUGGUUUGGUCCCGUCCAGAGAACGACGGCGGCAGCAAGCUGAUUGGAUAUUAUGUUGAAUCACAGAAAGUGCCUGAAGAGAAGUGGGUACGCCACAAUGCCAAUUGUCAGAAUGUGCAAACUGAGAGCUUUACUGUUGAUGGACUUGAGGAAGGUGCUCAAUACAAAUUCAGAAUAUUCGCCAAGACGGCCAUCAAUCAGAGUCAGCCAUCUGAAGAAUCAGACGCCAUUGCUGUGAUAGCUGAACAUGUUCCACCCAGGGUUGAGGUCAGUGCUGAAAUGAAGGCCCUUGCUGUGGUGAAGGCGGGUGCAAAUGUGACACUUGAAGCUGAGGUUUACGGAAAGCCAUUCCCUACAGUUUCCUGGAAGUUUAAUGGUGAAGCCAUGAAGAAGACUGACGGAAUGAAAAUGAAACAGAACAGACACCUGUUUACCCUGGAACUGUUCUCUGUAGCCAGAAAGGAAACUGGAGAGUAUACUAUUGUUGCUGAAAACUCAAGUGGAUCGAAAUCUGCCAACUUCAAAGUAAAGGUUCUCGACCGACCUGGACCGCCAGCCUCAGUUAAGGUCAGCCACAUCUUUGCAGACCGUGUUAAGCUUAGGUGGGAGGCACCUUUGGCUGAUGGUGGUGCUGAAAUAACCAACUAUAUUGUGGACAAACGUGAAACAAGCAGAGCCAAUUGGGCUCAGGUCACAGCUAAUAUUAAUGGAGCGAUCACAAGCUGCUCAGUGGAGAAACUGAUUGAGGGACAUGAGUAUGAGUUCCGUAUAAGUGCUGAAAACAAGUAUGGUGUUGGUGAUCCCAUUGUCACUGAUGGUGUCAUUGCAAAGAAUCCAUUCGGCCCACCCGGACCCAGUGACGCUCCAAUUAUCACCAACAUUAUGUGCAAUCAGAUGACUGUAGCAUGGAAACCACCUAAGGAUGAUGGUCGUGCACCUAUCCUGGGAUAUAUUGUUGAAAAACGUGAGACAGAAGAGGUUAACUGGGCUAAAGUCAACCGCAGACCUGUGAUUGACAGGACCAUCAAGAUAACAGGACUCUCAGAGGGAACAGAGUAUGAGUUCAGAGUAACUGCUCUCAACAAAGCAGGCCUUGGGAAACCAAGUGAUCCAUCAGCGUCUGCACUUGCAGCAGAUCCUUUGUAUCCCCCUGGACCCCCUGCUUUCCCCAAGGUGGUUGACUCCACACACAGCAGCAUUAGCCUGUCCUGGACAAAACCUGCAUAUGAUGGUGGAUGUGAAAUUAUAGGCUACCAGGUGGAGUUCAAGAGAGUAGAUGCUGAAGACUGGAUCAGGUGCAAUGUUCCAAAGGAUCUCCAGGCCACUAAGUUUGUGGUGACUGGUCUUAUGGACAGCACAGAAUAUCAAUUCCAUGUAAUUGCUGUGAACAAGAUUGGAUUCGGUGAACCUAGUGAAGUUCCUGGAAAUCAUAUGCCCAAAGACAUCUUAAUUGCUCCCGAGGGUGAGCUUGAUGCUGAUCUCAGAAAGGCUCUGGUGCUUCGUGCUGGAGUCACAAUGAGACUGUACGUGCCUCUGAGGGGUCGCCCCGCACCUAAAGUCACCUGGAGCAAAGCAAAUGCCAAUAUCAAGGAGAGAGACGGACUCAUCAUUCAAACAACAGAGUGGGACACAUAUGUGCAAUGUGAGGAUAUCAACCGCUAUGAUGCUGGAAAAUACAUCCUCUCCCUUGAAAAUAGCAGUGGCUCUAAGUCAUACUCAAUUAUUGUCAAGGUCUUGGACACACCUGGACCUCCCCUUAAUCUAAUUGUGAAGGAAACGUCAAAGACCCAUGCAUCUAUUUCUUGGGAACCUCCACACCUUGAUGGUGGAAGCCCUGUUAAGAGUUACGUCGUGGAGAAACGUCUUGCUGAGAGAAAGGCAUGGACCUGUGUUGCCCCAGAAUACCUCAAAACAUCAUUCAGAGUAACAAAUUUGGAGGAAGGCCAGGCUUACUGUUUCAGAGUGUCUGCUGAGAAUGUCUAUGGUGUUGGUGAAGGUUGUGAAACUGCUGGACCUGUCAAGGCUUCAGAACAACCUGGACCUGUAAUGGACUUCAAGCCUGCAGCAAUCACCAAGGAUUCAGUCACACUUGGCUGGAAGAAACCAGUCAGCAAUGGUGGAAGUCACAUAAUUGGCUACAUUUUGGAGAUCAGUGAAGGGGAGGAAAAAUGGAAAGAAUUGAUGAAAUCUAAGCUCACCCAGUUCACUGUCGGCAGCCUUGAGGAAGGAAAGGAAUAUACUUUCAGAGUCAAGGCUGUUAAUGAGUCUUUAGAAGGUCCUCCAACUGAAGCCAUUGUAAUUGCUAAAGAUCAGACGGUUCUGCCUGAUGUUGACCUGACCGGAGUACCAGAUGGUACCUAUGUGGCAAAGGAGGGUAACACCGUGCGCAUCAACAUUCCCGUAAUUGGCAAACCUGCCCCAGUUGUUCUCUGGAAGAAGGGUGGUGUUACUCUGGGAGACAGUGGCAGGAUUUGUGUUGAGUCUCCUGAGCCUGGUAUCUCUACUUUGCUUAUCCGUGACAUCAACCGUCAUGACGCAGAUAAAUUUGUCAUUGUUUUGAGGAACAAUGUUGGCACCAAGGAGGCAGCAAUUGACGUAAAGGUUGUUGGCAAGCCAGGUAUUCCUACAGGUCCCAUUACGUUUGACGAAAUCACAGCAGAGGCAAUCACAAUUGAAUGGGGUCCUCCAAAGGAUGAUGGUGGCUCAGAGGUCAGCAACUACGUCGUGGAGAAGAGGCAUACCAUAUCCAACAAAUGGGUUACUGUUGCCUCUGCUAUACAGAAGACUACCAUGCGAGUGAUGAGACUCCAUGAUGGCGCUGAGUACAUCUUCAGAGUGUUUGCAGAAAACAAGUAUGGAGUUGGAGAUUGGCUGAAGUCUGAACCAGUUACUGCCAAGCAUCCAUUUGAUGUGCCUGAUGCACCAGCACCACCUGAAAUCAUAAGCAUUCGUCAUGAGUCAGCAAUUCUGACUUGGUCAGAUCCAAAGGAAACAGGAGGCUCACCAAUUACAGGAUAUCAUGUUGAGUUCAAGGAAAGAAACAGUUUGAUGUGGAAGAGAGCCUGCAAGACCCCCAUUAGAGUGAAAGAGUGCAGAGUGACUGGUUUAAUUGAAGGCCUGGAGUAUGAAUUCAGAGUUAUUGCAAUGAACAGAGCCGGUCUUGGAAAGCCAAGCAAAACUACGGAACCUGUUGUUGCACUUGACCCCAUUGAUCCCCCUGGCAAACCAGAUGUCAUCAAUGUUACAAGGAACUCUGUUACAUUGGUCUGGACAGGACCUAAGUACGAUGGUGGUCACAAGCUGACCGGCUAUAUUGUUGAGAAACUGGAACACCCAGGAAAGGCGUGGAUGAAAGCCAAUCAUGUGAAUAUCCAGGAGUGUGCUUACACAGUAACUGAUCUGGCAGAGGGCUGCAAGUGUGAAUUCAGAAUUAGAGCAAAGAAUGCAGCAGGUGCAAUCAGCGUUCCAUCAGAGCAGACUGAUACUCUCAUCUGCAAAGAUGAAUAUGAACCUCCUACCAUUGAGAUUGAUCCAGACAUGAAGGAUGGUGUCAGUGUAAGAGCUGGAGAAACAAUUGUACUUACUGCCUCAAGCAUCCUUGGGAAACCACCACCUACUGCUGUGUGGUCUAAGGGAGGCAGGGAAUUCAAGUCAUCAGACACAGUCCAAAUCAAGAGCACACCAACCACCUCAACAAUUUCCAUUAAAUAUGCCAACAGAAAGAAUACUGGCGAGUAUGUUGUUACAGCGAGCAAUCCAUUUGGCAUUAAGGAGGAGCGUGUCAAGGUCAAGGUUCUGGAUGUCCCUGGACCACCAGGUCUAAUUGAGGUGAGCAGUGUAUCUGCAGAAAAGUGUACGUUGACUUGGCUACCACCUGAGGAGGAUGGAGGUGUUACAAUCAAGCAUUACGUACUGGAGAAGAGAGAAACUAGCCGUCUGCUCUGGACAAAACUUGCAGAAGAGGUCAUGGACUGCCGAUUUGUUGCAAGUAAACUUGUCAAAGGAAAUGAAUACAUCUUCCGUGUAUCGGCAGUUAAUCAGUAUGGCACUGGUGAUUCAUCACUGUCUCCCUCCGUCAAAAUGGUUGACAGCUUCAAACCUCCAGGCCCACCAUCAAAGCCAGAAAUUGAUAAUGUGAGUAGGAGCGCUGUCACCAUUUCCUGGAAGAGACCAGUUAAUGAUGGUGGAAGUGACAUCAGAGGAUACAGUGUGCAGAGGAAGGAGAAGAAAGGAAUGAGAUGGGUCAGAGCUAGCAAGAAAACAGUGUCUGACCUUCGAUACAAGGUUCAGGGCCUGACAGAGGGCGUCGAGUAUGAGUUCCGUGUCACUGCUGAGAACAGGGCUGGCUUUGGAGAGCCAAGUGAGCCUUCACAGUAUGUGACGCCAAAGGAUAUUGUCUAUCCCCCUGGACCUCCAUCAAACCCAAGAAUUGCUGAUACAACCAAAAAUACAGCAACAUUCAAAUGGGGAAGGCCUUUCUAUGAUGGUGGCUUGGAUGUGACAGGAUACAUUGUUGAGCAUAGGCGUGAAGGAGAUGAAGAUUGGAUUGAAGAUGUAUCAGGCUUGAAGAUCAAUGAAUUUGUUGUCUCAAACCUGAUUUCUGGUGGAAAAUACCAAUUCAGAGUGAAGGCAACAAACUCAGAAGGAACUGGUGAGGCAGGUGAAGUUGAAGAUGUGAUUGAGCUUGUCGACCGUGAGUCUCUUCCAGACUUUGAACUUGAUGCAGAGCUCAGGAAAACACUUGUGGUUCGAUCAAGAGGCUCCAUCCGCAUAUUUGUACCAAUUAAGGGCCGUCCAACUCCUGAAGUGGUUUGGACCAAGGAUGAUAAGCCCCUUAAAGGAAGAGCACACAUUGAUACAACUGAGUCAUACACUCUUGUUGUAGUCCCUGACUGCACAAGAUAUGAUGCAGGAAAGUACGUCUUAACUUUGGAAAAUGUUGCUGGCAAGAAGACAGGAUUUGUGAAUGUCAGAGUUAUUGAUACUCCUGGUCCUCCAGUCAACCUCAUGCCAAGACAAAUUACUAAAACUAGCAUCACACUUCAGUGGGAGAUUCCUAUAAUUGAUGGUGGCUCAAAAAUUACAAAUUACAUUAUUGAGAAGCGUGACGCUACAAAGAAGGCCUAUACACUGGUCACUGGUGAAUGGCAAAAGUGUGCUUACAAGUACACAGGUCUUGAAGAAGGAAACUGCUACUACUUCAGAGUGUCUGCUGAAAAUGAAUAUGGUGUUGGUGAGCCAGCAGAAACACCCGAACCUCUUAGAGCCUCUCAGGCACCAUCUGCUCCAGACAACCUGAUCGUUACUGAUGUCACAAAUGAAACAGCAACUCUUGCCUGGACAAAGCCAAAAUUAGAUGGAGGAAACAUCAUAACUGGCUACGUCAUCGAGUCUCAGAGGGCUGAUCAGAAGGAAGGUGAUCAAUGGACACACGUGACAACAAUCAAAGCUCUUGAUUAUGUAGUAACGGAUUUGAUUGAAAACACAGAAUAUACAUUCAGAAUCAUGGCUGUCAACAAGUCUGGCAGGAGUGACCCAUGUGAAAGUCGUCCAACUGUAAUAAAGGAGCAAACUGCAGCUCCUCAGUUUGACCUGAAAUCAGUCCACCACAAGACAGUGGUCAUCAGGGCAGGAGAUAACUUGAAGGUUGAAAUUCCUGUGCUUGGCCGUCCAAAACCUGCAGUUGUAUGGACAAAGGAAGGUCAUGAAAUCAAGCAGACACAGAGAAUUAACAUUGACAACACAGCAACUUCAACGAUCUUGAAUAUCAGAGAGAUAAAGAGGAGAGAUGGCGGAGAGUACUCCAUGACAGGAAAGAACAUUAUUGGAACAGUCACUGAGACGAUCGCAGUACAAGUUCAUGACAUUCCUGGAGCCCCAACAGGACCAGUUAAAAUAGAAGAAGUUUCUUGUGAUUACGCUAUAUUCUCCUGGGACGCUCCAGAAAUUGAUGGUGGAGUUCCCAUAAACAACUACAUUGUUGAACAAAGAGAGACAACAGGAACGUCAUGGAAGGAGGUGGCCGCAACAGUAAUUCGUACAACAUUUAAAGCUGCCCGUCUUACUACAGGAAUUGAAUACCAAUUCCGUAUCAAAGCUCAAAACAGGUAUGGUGUUGGCCCCUACUUAGUGUCAGAGGCGGUGGUUGCAGCCUAUCCAUUUGAUGUUCCAGGACAGCCAGGAAGACCUGAGAUUACUGCAUUUACUAAAGACGCAAUGACUAUUAGCUGGAAUGAGCCACAAUCUAAUGGUGGAAGCCCAAUUUUGGGUUAUCACAUUGAGAGAAAGGAGAAAAACAGUAUCCUCUGGCAGAGAGUCAGCAAGGCUCUUUUUGUAGGAAAUAUCUAUAAAUCAUCAGGUCUUGUGGAUGGAAUUCCAUAUGAGUUCCGUGUAAUAGCUGAGAACCAGGCUGGUCUGAGUAAACCAAGUAGACCAUCAGACAUGACCUAUGCCCUUGAUCCAGUUGAUCCUCCAAGUCAACCACUGGCUAUUAAUGUUACCAGGCAUGAAGUAACUCUUCGCUGGGGAAGACCAGAAGGAGAUGGUGGUUUCUCGAUCACUGGCUACAUAGUAGAAAAGAAACAAUUGCCAGAUGGCCGCUGGCUAAAAGCCAAUUUCAGCAACAUUUUGGAAACAACAUUCACUGUCAGUGGGCUCAUAGAAGAUGCAUCUUAUGAAUUCCGUGUUAUGGCUAGAAAUUCUGCUGGAGCAGUCAGCAAGCCAUCUCCAACAUCUGAGGUCAUCAUCUGUAGAGAUGACAUUGAAGAGCCUAAAAUUGAUGUUGACGCUAUUUAUAGUAAUUUGAUUGUUGUAAGAGCAGGAGACGUUUUCACACUCCCUGCCACUGUAACAGGCAGACCCAUACCAUCCUUAGCCUGGAGCAAAGAUGGGAAAGAGUUGGAAGACACAGCAAAAAUAGAAAUAAAGAGCACAGAUUUUGCCACAACACUGAUAAGUAAAGACUCUUUGAGAAGAGAUGGAGGCACAUUUGUCCUCACCGCCAGUAACCCUGGUGGGUUUGCAAAGCAGGUGUUCAAUGUGAAAGUUCUCGACAGACCAGGGCCUCCUGAUAGCCUUGAAGUUAGUCAUGUAACCAUUGAUAAAUGUGUCUUGACCUGGUCACCACCUUCACAUGAUGGGGGUGCCAAGAUAGAGCACUACAUAAUUGAGAAACGUGAAACCAGUAGACUUGCAUGGACAAAUGUGGCAUCAGAUCUGAAGGUGAAUCGUUUCAAGGUGCUGAAACUUCUAAAAGGCAAUGAGUACAUUUUCAGAGUCAUGGCUGUCAACAAGCACGGAGUCGGAGAACCCAUUGAAUCAGUUCCAACGCUCGCAACCAAUCCAUAUGUGCCAUCUGAUCCUCCACAACAACCAGAAGUGACCACCAUUACCAGAGACUCAAUGGUUGUCUGCUGGGGGCACCCAGAACAUAAUGGUGGAAGUAGCAUUUCUACCUAUGUUGUUGAAAGAAGAGACAAGACUGGUCUUCGUUGGGUCAAAUGCAACAAGAGGACUGUGAGUGACCUACGAUUCAAGGUCUCUGGACUUACUCCGGGCCAUGAAUAUGAGUUCAGAGUUUUGGCAGAGAAUGCUGCAGGUUUGAGUUUGCCAAGUCCAGAAAGUCCUUUCUAUUUGGCAUGUGAUACAGUUUUCUCACCUGGACCUGUCGGUAAUCCAAGAGUAUUGGACACAACAAAGUCUUCUAUAACACUUGCAUGGAAUAAACCGGUCUAUGAUGGUGGCUCAGACAUUACAGGAUACACGGUGGAGACCUGCUUACCUGAGGAAGAUGAAUGGACAAUUGUCACUCCACGAAAAGGAUUAACUGCUACGUCAUUUACAAUUACUGGCCUUAAGGAAAACCAGGAAUAUAAAAUCAAUAUCGCAGCACUUAACAAUGAGGGAGUUGGUGAGCCUGCAUCGGUGCCAGGAACACCAAAAGCAGAAGACCGCUUGAUUGCUCCUGAAAUUGAGCUUGGGGCUGAGCUCAGAAAGAUUGUUUGCAUCCGUGCCUGUGGAACACUCAGACUGUUUGUUCCUAUUAGAGGUAGACCAGCACCUGAGAUCAGGUGGUCAAGAGAGAAUGGUGAGCCAUUGGAAAGAGCCAAUAUUGAAACCGCACCAUCAUUUACAUCAGUUAUGGUUGAAAAUGUUGACCGUUUUGACAGUGGAAAAUACAUGUUAACGGUGGAGAAUGCUGGUGGGGUCAAAACAGCAUAUGUGAAUGUCAGAGUGCUGGAUACGCCUGGUCCCCCUCAAAACUUUGCAAUUAAGGAGAUCACAAAGGAUUCCGUCUCCCUUAUAUGGGACCCUCCCAUUAUUGAUGGUGGAUCCAGAACUAGACACUACAUUGUGGAAAAGCGUGAGUCAACAAGGAAAGCAUACUCUACAGUAGCUUCAGGCUGCCCCAAGACUAGUUUUAGAGUUGGAGAGCUGACGGAGGGUUGCCACUAUUUCUUCAGAGUUCUGGCAGAAAAUGAAUACGGUGUUGGUCUACCUGCAGAAACUCCGGAGUCUAUAAAGAUCUCUGAAAAACCACUGCCACCCGGCAAAGUAACACUCAAAGAGGUAACAGGCAGCACUGUAGCCUUAUCUUGGGAAAAGCCUGAUCAUGACGGAGGUAGCCGCAUAACAGGAUACAUUGUUGAGAUGCAAGGAAAGGGCAGUGAAACAUGGUCACAGUGCACAAUUGUUAAAGUAACACACGCUGUUGUGGAGGGAUUAACCCAGGGGGAAGAGUACUCUUUCCGUGUUUCAGCAACCAAUGAGAAAGGAACAAGUGAUGCUCGCAUGCUCGGUGUCCCUGUAGUAGCAAAAGAUACCAUCAUACCACCAACAUUCAAGCUUUCAUUCAGCACAUUCAGUGUGUUGGCUGGCGAUGACCUUAAAGUUGAUGUACCAUAUGCAGCUCAACCAAAGGCAUCUGUCGCCUGGUUCAAAGAUGGUGUUGCUCUGAAGGAAACUACAAGAGUUAAUUCAGACAUUACUAGCGGACACUUAUAUCUUGUUAUCAAGGAGGCCACAAGAGAUGAUGUUGGCAGUUACACAGUCAAACUUGUAAACACAGCUGGAGAGGCCUCACAAGAUAUUUCUGUUCUUAUUCUUGACAAACCUGGUCCUCCAACUGGACCCAUCAAGAUUGAUGAAAUCACAGCUGACAGCAUGACAUUGACAUGGGAACCUCCAGAGUAUGACGGUGGCUGCUCAAUCAAUAAUUACAUUGUUGAAAAGAGGGACACAUCAACAACCAAUUGGCAGAUUGUGUCUGCAACUGUAGCAAGAACUACAAUUAAAGCAGCUAGGCUUAAGACUGGAUGUGAAUAUCAAUUUAGAAUUGCUUCAGAGAACAGGUACGGAAAGAGCUCCUCACUUCCUUCUGAGGCAGUGAUAGCACAAUAUCCAUUUGAUGUACCAAAUGCCCCUGGCACUCCCACUGUACAGGCAGCAACAAAGGAAAGCAUGCUUGUUGUAUGGGACAAACCAGCUAGUGAUGGAGGAAGCAAGAUUCUUGGCUAUCAUCUUGAGCUUAAGGAAAGAAACAGCAUCCUUUGGGCCAAACAAAACAAACUAGUAAUUCCUGAAACCAAACUCAAAGUUGCAGGCCUAGAAGAGGGCAUUGAAUAUGAAUUCAGGGUGUAUGCAGAAAAUAUGGCUGGAGUCAGCAAAGUCAGCAAAGUGUCAGAAUUACAAGUUGCCAGAGAUCCUUGUGACCCCCCUGGCAAGCCCGAGGCAGUAAUUGUGACCAGAGGUGCCAUCACCCUCAGAUGGACUAAGCCAGAACUUGAUGGUGGUAGCAGAAUCACUGGAUACUUAGUUGAGAAGAGAGAGUGUCCUAGUGGCCGCUGGAUGAAAGCCAGCUUCACAAACAUCAUUGAAACAGAGUUUGUGGUGACAGGGCUUGUUGAGGACCAAGUUUAUGAAUUCCGUGUUAUUGCAAGAAAUGCUGCUGGAGUGUCCAGUGUGCCCUCUGCAAGCACAGGAGAAAUUACUGCUAAGGAUGAAGUUGAACCACCUGAGAUAGACAUUGACUCUAAAUACUCCAGUGUUCUUGUGGUUAAUGCUGGAGAAUGUUUCAGAAUUGAUGCUGGUGUUAAAGGCAAACCUGUGCCCUCAAUUCACUGGCUGAAGGGUGGUGAAGAGAUCAAAGAUGCUGCACGUCUUGAGAUUAAGAACACUGCAUUAACAGCUUCUCUGAGUGGAAAGGAAGCCAUUCGUGUCGAUGGAGGACAGUACACACUCCUCCUGAAGAAUGUUGGUGGAGAGAAAGCUGUGAACAUCAAUGUUAAAGUCUUAGAUAGACCUGGCCCACCUGAUGGACCAAUUUCAAUCUAUGGAGUGACAAGUGAAAAAUGUUGCAUUGCUUGGAAAUCCCCACUGCAAGAUGGAGGUGCUGAUAUAUCACACUACAUGGUUGAGAGAAGAGAGACAAGCAGAUUAGUCUGGACCAGAGUGGAAUCUAAAGUCCAAACCCUUAAUCUGAAGAUUACAAAGCUUCUCCCUGGAAAUGAAUACAUAUUCAGAGUGAUUCCAGUAAACAAGUAUGGAGUCGGUGAGCCCCUUGAAUCAGAACCAGUGAUUGCAACCAAUCCAUUUGUUAAGCCAGGUGCACCAACAGAUGUUGAAGUUUCAACUGUCACAAAAGACUCUAUGGUAAUCACCUGGGAAAGGCCAACUAUUGAUGGUGGCAAUCCAAUAAGUGGAUUUGUCAUUGAAAAACGAGAUAAGGAAGGAGUGCGCUGGACAAGAUGCAACAAGCGUGUUAUUAGUGAACUCCGCUUCAGAGUAGCGAAUCUGACUGAGAGCCGUAGCUAUGAAUUCAGGGUUUCCGCUGAAAAUGCAGCCGGUGUUGGAGAACCUAGUAAACCAACUCCUUAUGAAAAGGCACUGGAUCCCAUUUUCAAACCAGGCCCUCCAAAUAAUCCCAAAGUAAGUGAUACUUCAAGAUCAACUGUUACUCUUUCAUGGGGCAAACCUAUCUAUGAUGGUGGUUGUGAUGUUCAAGCAUACAUUGUGGAAGCUGUGGACUGCUCGGCUCACGAUGAAUGGACAAUAUGCACUCCACCAACAGGGGUUACUACCACUAGCUUUACAGUGAAGAAACUUCUGGAAAAACAUGAGUACAAAUUCAGAAUUUGUGCUAUUAAUAAAAUGGGUAUUGGUGAACCUGCUGAUCUUCCAGCACCUGUCCUCUUGGAGGAAAAACUAGAGGCACCAGAUCUUGAUAUUGAUGCUGACCUCAGGAAAAUGAUAAAUAUCAGAGCUGGAAGCACCCUGAGAUUGUUUGUUCCAAUCAGAGGACGUCCUGCCCCUGAAGUCAAAUGGGGAAAAGCUGAUGGUGACCUGAACGACUCAGCUCAAAUCGAUACAACAAGCAGCUACACUUCACUUGUGAUUGAAGGGGUUGGUAGAUUUGACAGUGGAAAAUACACAGUAACAGCUGAGAAUGCAAGUGGAGUAAAAUCUGCCUUUAUAAGUGUGAGAGUGCUUGACACACCUAGUGCUCCACAGAACUUCACUAUAAAAGAGAUUACCAGAAAUUCCAUUACUCUUACUUGGGAGCCUCCUUCUUUGGAUGGUGGUGCUAAGAUUAAGAAUUACCACGUGGAGAUGAAGGAGACCACAAGAAAGGCCUACUCACCAGUUGUAACUUGCAAUAAGAUGACAUGGAGAAUUGAUCAGCUCAGAGAGGGUGGUCUCUUCUUCUUCAGAGUUCUUGCUGAAAAUGAGCAUGGCCUUGGAAUAGCGGCUGAAACUGCAGAGCCUAUCAAGAUCUCAGAAGUCCCACAGCCACCUGGUCGCAUGACAGUUUUGGAUGUGACAAGAAAGACUAUUUCCCUUGCUUGGGAAAAACCAGAUCAUGAUGGAGGUAGCAAGAUAAGCCACUAUGAAGUUGAGAUGCAAGUUAAGGAUGAUGAAAAAUGGUCCUCGUGUGCACAAGUAAAGGCACUUGAAACUGUAGUUAGUAAUUUAGCCCAUGGGCAAUCAUAUACAUUCAGAGUCAUUGCCGUUAACGACAAAGGAAAGAGUGAUCCCAGAGUCCUUGGUAGUUUUGUUGAAGCAAAGGAUUUGGCUAUUCUUCCCACAGUUCGUCCUAGAUUCAGCACCUACAGUGUACAAGUUGGUUAUGAUCUGAAGGUAGAAGUUCCAAUUGCUGGUCACCCCAAACCAACCAUCACUUGGACUAAAGAUGGAGCAGUUCUAAAACAAACCACAAGAGUCAAUGUUGCAGACACUGCACGCCAAACCACUUUCACCCUUAAGGAUGCAACCAGAGAUGAUGGCGGCAUGUACAGCAUUGCUGUGGAAAAUAAUCUUGGAAAGGCUGAGGCCAGUAUUGAAGUUAUUACACUUGACAAACCUGGUCCACCAACAGGUCCAGUAAAGAUAGAGGAUGUCAGUGCUGAAAGUAUGACCUUAUCAUGGGAACCACCAGAGUACACUGGAGGUUGUCAAAUUUCUAACUAUGUCGUUGAAAAGAGAGAUACAACAACUGUAAACUGGGUUACAGUGUCUGCCACUGUUGCAAGAACAACACUUAAAGUAGGAAAUCUGAAAACUGGUGCUGAAUAUCAGUUCAGAAUCUAUUCUGAAAACAGAUAUGGUAAGAGUCAUGCUAUUGAUUCUGAGCCUGUCGUUGCCCAGUACCCAUUCAAGGAGCCUGGACCUCCAGGAACCCCAUAUGUGUCUGCACACACAAAGGAAUCAAUGGCUGUGGAGUGGCACAAGCCAAUCUCAGAUGGUGGUAGUGUUAUUCUUGGCUAUCAUCUUGAAAGAAAGGAAAAGAACAGCAUUUUGUGGACAAAGGUAAACAAGACUCUCAUCCAAGAUACCAGAUACAAAACAUCACCUUUGGAAGAGGGAAUUGAAUAUGAAUACAGAGUAUAUGCUGAGAACCUUGUUGGUAUUGGUCAAUGCAGCAAAGUUUCAGAGGGCUGUGUAGCACGUGACCCAUGUGAUCCACCAGGUAAACCUGCAGCAAUAGUCGUAACUAGGCACACCGUGAGAUUACGCUGGACUCCUCCAGAAUAUGAUGCUGGCAUCAGGAUCACUGGGUACACAGUGGAGAAACGAAAUCUUCCAGAUGGUCGCUGGAUGAAGGCAAGUUUCGCAAAUGUGACAGACUUAGAGUUCUCUGUUGAAGGGCUGCAGGAAGACUCGAAGUAUGACUUCAGGGUCAUUGCCAGAAAUGCAGCUGGUGCUGUCAGCAAACCAUCAGAGAGCACUGGGUCUAUCACAGCAAAGGAUGAAGUGGAACCACCAACAUAUGAAAUGGACAACAAAUUUGCUCAAAUUUUGGUUGUAAAUGCAGGUGAAGUGUUUACACUCGAGGCUGAUAUACAAGGAAAGCCACUGCCAACAGUUCAGUGGUUCAAGGAUGGUGUGGAAGUUGAAAUGUCAGCUAGAUGUGAAACCAAGAACACAGACUUCAAGGCAGUGCUCAUUGUCAAGGAUGUCAUUAGAAUAGAUGGUGGACAAUACACUCUUCUUCUCACCAAUGUUGCUGGAACCACAUCUGCUUCAUUCAAUGUGAAAGUGCUAGACAGACCAGGGCCUUCUAAAGGACCCCUGACUGUCUCUGGUGUGACCUGUGAAAAAUGUUCACUGUCUUGGCUUCCUCCAGCCCAUGAUGGUGGCGCAAGCAUUUCACACUAUGUCAUCCAAAAGAGAGAAACCAGCCGCCUUGCAUGGACUGUAGUGAAUGCUGAAUGUGGUGCAACUAUGUUCAAAGUUACAAAGCUUCUCCAAGGAAAUGAAUACAUUUUCCGUGUCAUGGCUGUGAACAAGUAUGGUGAAGGUGAGCCUCUUGAAUCUGAUCCGGUUAUUAUGAGGAAUCCAUUUGUUGCUCCUGAUCCACCUACGGAUAUUGAAAUCACUAACAUCUCAAGAGAUUCGAUGACUGUGUGCUGGAGCCGUUCAGAGAAUAAUGGUGGCAGUGAAAUCUCUGGGUAUAUCGUUGAGAAGAGAGACAGAGCUGGAGUCAGGUGGACAAAAUGCAAUAAACGUAGGGUAACAGAUCUGCGUUUCAGAGUGACAGGACUUACAGAAGAUCAUGAGUAUGAAUUUAGGCUCUCAUCAGAAAAUGCAGCUGGACCUGGGAAACCAAGCCCUGCAACUUGUUAUUACAAGGCCUGUGACCCAACGUUUAAUUCUGGUCCUCCCACAAAUCUUUGUGUUCUUGAUACUACCAAAAAUUCUGUAUCCUUGGCAUGGGGCAGGCCAAUCUAUGAUGGUGGCUGUGACAUCCAGGGAUAUUCCGUGGAGAUCUGCAAAGUAGAUGAGGAGGAAUGGGUCAUCUGUACACCACCAAUGGGAUUGAGUGCCACUAAAUUUACCAUUACAAAGCUCAUUGAACACCAGGAAUAUAAGGUCAGGGUAUGUGCUAUUAACAAAGAAGGAGUUGGUGAACCAGUUGACCUACCUGGAACAGUCAAGCCUAUGGACAACAUGCAUGCACCAGAAAUUGAGCUCGAUGGAGAUCUAAGGAAGGGCAUCGUUGUUCGUGCUGGAGGAUCUCUGAAAUUCACGGUACCCUUCAAAGGACGUCCUGCGCCAGAAAUUAACUGGACCAAAGAUGAAGGGGACCUUCCUGAAAGGGCAACAGUUGAAAAAGCUCAUGAUUACACAGUUGUGUCCCUUGACCUCGUUGACAGAAAUGAUGCUGGAAAGUAUACAUUAAAUCUGGAAAAUAAUAGUGGUACCAAGUCUGCAUUCAUAAAUGUUAAAGUUCUGGACACUCCAGGACCACCAAUGAAUCUUGGUAUGAAGGAUGUAACAAGAAACUAUCUCACCCUUACAUGGGAGCCCCCAGCAAUUGAUGGUGGCGCGAAAAUAAAAAAUUAUGUUAUUGACAAACGUGACUCAACCCAACCGGGUUAUACUAACAUCACCACCAAGUGCAGCAAGACCAGUAUUCGAAUUGGGGAUCUUGUUGCGGGUGGUAUUUACUAUUUCAGAGUAAGGGCUGAGAAUGAAUUUGGAGUUGGCCUGCCUGCUGAAACAGAAGAUGCCGUCAAGACAGCAGACAUCCCUCUGCCUGUUGGCAAAGUCACCCUUAGAGAUGUCACAAAGACUACAGCCUCACUAUCGUGGGAAAAACCUGAUUAUGAUGGUGGCAGUAGGAUUCAAGGAUACCACAUUGAAAUGCAACCCACUGGAUCUGAAGAAUGGAUUGUGGCAGUCACAACCAAAUCUUGUGAAGGAACACUCACUGGCCUACAAACAGGCCAGGAAUACCUCUUCAGAGUUGUAGCCUUCAAUGAGAAAGGAAGAAGUGAUCCAAGACCAUUACUUGCUCCUGUGGUAAUUAAGGAUAUCACUGUAGCACCCUUCCUCAAGAUGGCUCAGAACACGUUCAGUGUUCUGGUUGGUCAGGAUUUGAAGAUUGAAAUACCAGUGUCUGGCCGUCCAGUUGCAACUAUCACAUGGGCUAAAGAUGGACACACACUUAAAGAAACAACCAGACUAAAUGUCGACUCCUCGGCAACGGCUACUGUCCUUCACCUCAAAGAUGCUACCAGAGACGACUCUGGUAAAUACACGGUCACAGCUGCUAACACAGUAGGAACAGUUACAGAGGAACUGGGAAUAAUAAUUCUUGAUAAGCCUGAUCCCCCCGUUGGACCAAUAAAAAUUGAGGAUGUCAGUGCUACUUUUGUCGACCUGUCUUGGGAGCCUCCUUUAUACACAGGUGGUUGUCAAAUCAAUAAUUACAUUGUGGAAAAACGUGACACAACCACCACCAACUGGCAGAUUGUAUCUGCAACUAUUGCACGUACAACAAUUAAAGUAACCAAGCUGAAAACAGGUACCGAGUAUCAGUUUAGAGUUUCUUCUGAAAACAGAUAUGGAAAGAGUCAUGCCAUAGAUUCAAGCACUGUUCUUGUACAAUACCCCUUCACUGAGCCAUCACCUCCUAAUGCUCCAGUAAUCACAUCAGUCACAAGGGACCACAUGGUUAUUGAAUGGAAGCCCCCUGCUAACAACGGAGGUAGCCCGGUUCUUGGGUAUCAUCUGGAACGCAAAGAGAAAAACAGCAUUCUGUGGACCAAGUUGAACAAACUUUUGAUCCCCGAUACAAGACUGAGGAGUGAUGGUCUUGAGGAAGGCAUUGAGUAUGAAUAUAGGGUUUAUGCUGAAAAUAUUGCUGGACUUAGUGCCGCCAGCAAAAUCUCUGAGAUCACAGUUGCUCGUGAUCCUUGUGAUCCCCCUGGUGCACCCGAAGCUAUUGAUAUUACAAGAAAGCAUAUCACACUCAAGUGGACAAGGCCACAAUAUGAUGGUGGUAGUGUAAUCACUGGAUACAUUGUUGAGAGGAAGAAGGAACCUGACCAUCGCUGGAUGAAGGCAAGUUUCGCUAAUGUUUCUGACACUCAGUUCACAUACUCGUCUGCCACAGCAGAGGCUGUGUAUGAAUUCAGAGUAAUAGCGAGAAAUGCAGCUGGCACUCUUAGCAAACCAUCAGAAAGCACUGGACCCAUCACAGCUACAGAUGAAAUUGAGGCACCCACCAUAACAAUAGAUACAACUCCAAUAGUUGUCCAUGCUGGGGAUACAUUUUCACUUGAUGCUGAAAUUACUGGAAAACCUGUUCCAGAAGUCACUUGGACAAGAGAUGACAAGGAGGUAGAUAAUGCUACACCAAGAGUGGAAAUCAGUACAACUUUACAACGCAGUAUUCUCACAGUUAAGGAGUGCAUUAGAGUAGAUGGUGGACACUUUGAGCUGAAGCUCACUAAUGUUGGAGGCACAAAAUCUGUUCCAGUCAAUGUUAAAGUCCUCGACAGACCUGGACCUCCUCUGGGUCCUCUAAGAGUAACGGGUGUCACAGCAGAGAAGUGUUAUCUCCACUGGGACCAUCCACCACACGAUGGUGGUGCAAGUGUUUCUCAUUACAUUAUUGAGAAGAGAGAGACCAGUCGCUUGUCUUGGACCGUUGUGGAGCCAAGAAUAGAAGCCAUCAGUUUCAAAGUGACAAAACUCCUGCCUGGCAAUGAGUACAUCUUCAGAGUGACAGGAGUGAACAAAUAUGGAGUUGGAGAGCCAUUGGAAUCUGAUCCUGUGCUUGCACGCAACCCAUUCAAGACGCCUGGUGCACCUUCAACACCUGAGGCAAGUUCUAUAACAAGGGAUACAAUAGUCGUGACAUGGGAACGCCCAGAGGAUGAUGGAGGUUCAAAGAUUGAUGGCUUUGUCCUGGAAAAACGUGACAAGGAAGGUGUCCGCUGGACGAAGUGCAACCGUAAGCGACUAACAGAUCUGCGUUUCAGGGUCGCUGGAUUAAAUGAAGGACAUUCCUAUGAAUUCAGAGUAUCUGCUGAGAAUGCAGCUGGUGUUGGUACACCAAGUAAGCCAUCAGAAUAUUUCAAAGCCAUUGAUGCAACUUACCCACCAGCUGCUCCAAGCAACCCCAAGGUAACUGACCACUCAAGCAGCUCUGUGUCCCUGGCAUGGAGCAGGCCUAUUUAUGAUGGUGGUGCAUCAGUUUCUGGAUACAUGGUUGAAUAUAAAGAAGUAUCUGAGGAUGAAUGGAAUAUUUCCACCCCACCCUCAGGUGCUCCAGCACCUAAAUAUACAGUAAAGAAACUAAGAGAGAAUGCAGAGUACAAUUUCCGUAUCUCUGCUAUGAAUAUUGAAGGAGUGGGAGAGGCCAUUGAACUUCCUGCUCCUGUGGUUGCAGCAGAAAAACUUGAGGCCCCUGAAAUUGAAUUGGAUGCAGACCUUAGAAAGAUGAUCAAUGUCCGUGCAAGUGCAUCAUUGAGGCUGUUUGUCACCAUCAGGGGAAAACCUGAACCUGAGGUCAAGUGGAGCAAGGCUGAUGGCAAACUGACAGAACGUGCUCAAAUUGAAGUUACCAGCUCCUACACCAUGCUUGUCAUUGACAAUGUUGACAGAUUUGACACUGGUAAAUAUGUCCUUACUCUUGUAAACAACAGCGGUUCAAAAUCAGCCUUCAUCAAUGUGAGAGUACUGGAUUCACCCAGUGCACCUGAAAACUUUAUGGUCAAAGAUAUCAAGAGAGAUUCUGUGCAACUCUGCUGGGACCCACCUCUCAUUGAUGGUGGAGCCAAGAUUACCCAUUACAUGGUAGAGAAGAAGGAAUCUUCAAGGAUGACAUUUACAAGUGUAACAAAUAACUGUGUAAGAAAUUCUGUCCUCGUCUCUGAUCUUCAGCAGGGAGGUCUUUACUUCUUCCGUGUUGUGGCUGUGAACGAGCUUGGUGUUGGCUUAGCAGCAGUAACCCCUGAGCCAAUCAAAGUCUCACAAGCACCCAUGCCUCCCGGCAAGGUCACACUUGUUGAUAUCACUCGUCACACUGCAACUCUGGCAUGGGAAAAACCAGACCAUGAUGGAGGCAGUAAAGUUACAGGCUAUGUUAUUGAAAUGCUUCCCACUGGAGCAGAUAGUUGGACUGUAGUUGCCACAGUGAAAGCACUGGAGGCAGUAAUUGAAGGACUAACUGCAGGAGAGGAGUAUUCAUUCAAAAUCACAGCUGUAAAUGACAAAGGCAAGAGUGAUCCCAAACCCCUUGGUGCUCCUGUGGUUGCAAAGGACAUUACAGCUGUCCCAACCAUAAACCUGCUUUUCAACACUUUCAGUGUUAAGGCUGGUGAUGACCUCAAAAUUGAUGUACCAUUUAGAGGCAGACCCCAGCCAGAGGUCUCAUGGAAAAAGGAUGGCCAAGCACUCAAACAGACAACCCGUGUGAAUGUUAUAUCAUCUGCCACAUCAUCCAAAAUAACAAUCAAAGAGGCCACAAAAGAGGACAAAGGAAGAUAUGAAAUCACACUGACAAAUGCCAUUGGCAGCAAGUCAGCUAAUAUUUCAGUCGUUAUCCUGGAUAAACCAGGUCCACCUGGUGAAAUCAAAUUUGAUGAAAUCAGUGCUGACUUUGUGUUACUCUCAUGGGACCCACCAACAUAUACCGGUGGUUGCCAGAUUAACAACUAUGUUGUUGAAAAGAGAGAUACUACUACUACAAACUGGCAAAUAGUAUCAGCCACCGUGGCCAGAAAUUCAAUAAAGGUGCCCCGUUUGACACAAGGAAACGAAUAUCAGUUCCGUGUUGCUGCAGAAAAUCGUUAUGGCAAGAGUCAUGCAGUGGAUUCUACAUCUGUUGUAGCACAAUAUCCCUUUACAGCACCUGGUCCUCCAACCAAUGUCGAAGUUGCUCAUGCAACCAAGUCAGGCAUGUUAGUCACAUGGGGUGCACCUGCAAGCGAUGGUGGUAGUCACAUUAUUGGAUAUCACUUGGAAGGCAAAGAGCAUAGCAGUAUUCUAUGGACAAAAUUGAGCAGAGGUCUCAUUGCUGAACGUCAGUUUAAGGUGACUGGUAUUGAAGAAGGUUUGUCAUACCAGUACCGUGUCUACGCUGAGAAUGCUGCCGGCAUUGGUCCUUCCACUAAACCCUGUGAGCCUGUUGCUGCUAGAGACCCAUGUGAUCCACCAAGUCAGCCUGAGGUCAUCAACAUCACAAGAACAUCUGUGUCCCUGUCAUGGACACCACCUGAGUACAAUGGUGGGGCUAUGGUGACUGGUUACAUUGUGGAGCGCAGGGAAUUGCCAGACGGACGCUGGCUCAAAUGCAAUUUCACAAAUCUCCAAGACACAUACUUCGAUGUGACAGGCCUUACAGAGGACGUGAGCUAUGACUUCCAUGUAAUUGCCAGGAAUGCUGCAGGGAUACUCAGUGAGCCAUCUAAGGGCACUGGAUCUAUCACUGCUAAAGAUGACGUUGACGCACCAUGCAUCGAACUUGACGAGAAAUAUAGGUCACUGAUGGUUGUGAAAGCAGGAGAAACUCUGCAACUUGAAGCCAGUUUCACCGGUCGCCCCAUCCCAGUCAUAUCAUGGGCAAAGGAUGGAAAAGAAAUCGAAGCUAAGGCUAGAUUUGAGAUUUCCUCAACACAUUGUUCAACAAAAUUGGUCGUUUCAGAGAGUAUCAGAAGGGAUUCUGGACAAUAUCUCCUGACCCUACAGAAUGUUGCUGGCACUAGAUCCAUAGCAAUAAACUGUAAGGUACUUGAUCGCCCUGGCCCAUGUGCAGGACCAUUGGCUGUUACUGGCAUGACUGCAGAGAAAUGCACACUUACAUGGGGGCUUCCUCAAGAAAAUGGUGGUGCAGAAGUGAAACAUUUCAUUGUGGAGAAACGUGAAACAAGUCGUCUGGCUUGGACAUUGGUUUACUCAGACCUGAAAGCUCUAACAUGUAAAGUAACAAAAUUAUUGAAAGGAAAUGAGUAUAUCUUCAGAGUCAGAGGCGUAAACAAGUAUGGAGAUGGUGAGGCUUUGGAAAGUGACGCUGCCAAGGCAAGGGAUCCAUUCACAGUGGCAAGUUCACCAACGAAUGUUCAAGUGACAAGUGUCACAAGUGGAGCCAUGACAAUUUGCUGGGAGAGACCAGAGGAAGAUGGAGGAAGCAGUAUUUCUGGCUAUGUGAUUGAGAGACGUGAGAAAACCGGCUUGCGCUGGGUUCGUGUGAACAAAAAACAAGUGUAUGACUUAAGAGUCAAAGCAGCCAAUCUACGCGCAGGCGCAGAAUAUGAGUAUCGUGUCUCUGCUGAGAAUGCUGCAGGCUUGAGUCUCCCAAGCAUACCCUGCCCACUGAUUAAAGCAGAGGAUCCAUUGUUCAAUCCAUCUCCUCCAGCUAAACCCAAAAUUAUUGACUCAACCAAAACUACAAUGACUCUUGCCUGGAACAAGCCAUUGUUUGAUGGUGGAUCUCCAAUCACAGGCUACCGUGUUGAAUACCAGCCAACAUCAACACACAAUGAAGAUGACUGGACUAUUGGUGUUUCAAACACACAGAACACAGAGUUUACUGUUGUGGGACUUACCUUUGGAGUUGAGUACAUUUUCGUAGUUAGGUCCAUUAACAAGAUUGGAUUGAGCGAGCAGAGCCAACCAACAGAUCCAACAAUUGCUAGAGAGAAAGAGGAUGAACCUAUUUUCCUCAUUGGUAAUGAAAUGAGGAAAACAUUGGUUGUGAAAGACGGUAGCUCAUUUACACUAAGAGUACCAUUCAAAGGCAAACCAGUCCCUCAUGUGAUGUGGACCAAGACAGAUGUUGACCUUAGAGUUCGUGCAAGCAUUGAUACCACAGACACAUGCACAUCUAUCACAGUUGAACAAGCAACAAGAAAUGAUUCUGGAAAAUAUAUGGUGACACUACAAAAUGUGGCAGGAUCAGCAACACUGAACCUGAAUGUUAAAGUUCUUGACUCCCCUGGCCCACCAAAGAACAUUGAAUUCAAAGACAUUACCAAAAACUCUCUAACUGUUACAUGGGACACACCUGACAAUGAAGGUGGCGGUCCUGUGAAGAACUACCUCGUUGAUAUCAGAGAGGCCAGCAAGAAGGGAUGGACUAGACUCACAGACAAUUGCCCAAGAAUGACACACAAGGUGGCUGGACUGCAAGAGGGAAAUAUCUACUAUUUCAGAAUCAUUGGUGAAAAUGAGUAUGGCGCUGGAGUACCAUCUGAGACCAAGGAUGGAGCUAAAAUGUCUGAAAAACCAAGCCCACCACCAAAACUUGGGGUCACUGAAGUCACCAAGGACAGCGUUGCCCUUGCAUGGGUCAAAUCAGAACACGAUGGAGGAAGUCGAAUCACUGGAUACAUUGUAGAGACACUGGAAAAGGGAAAUGGGAAAUGGGUCAGAUGUGGUGUUACCAAAGCUGCCCAUCUCGUCGUAAGUGGUCUCAGAGAAGGUACUGAGUACUUCUUCAGAGUCCGUGCACAAAACCAGGCUGGCAUGAGCGAUGCAAAGGAUAUGUUCCAGCCUGUCCUUGUGAAAGAUCAGCUGGAGGCCCCAGAGAUCAACAUGAAGGACUUCCCACACAAUACGGUUUAUGUCAAGGCUAGAUCAAACCUCAAGGUUGAGAUCCCACUGACUGGUAAACCAGCGCCAAAGGUGACCCUUACCAAGGAUGAUGUUGUGCUAAAAUCAACUAUGAGAUUCAAUUAUGAAGUUACUACAGAUAGCCUCCUCAUCACACUGCGGGACAGUAUUGCCCGUGAUGCAGGAAGAUACAACAUCACUGCUUCAAACUCAAGUGGAACCACAAAGUCCUUUGUCAAUAUUGUGGUCCUUGACAGGCCAAGCAUUCCACUUGGACCUAUUGAGUUCUUUGAUGCCACAGAAGACAGCGUUAGCCUGAAAUGGCUUCAACCUACUUAUGAUGGCGGCAGCCCAAUCACAAACUACAUUGUUCAAAAACGUGAGACAACCACUGCUAAUUGGGUUGACGUGUCAUCCGCAGUUGCAAGAUGCACAAUUAAGAUCAUGAAACUGAAAAGUGGAAUUGAGUAUCAGUUCAGAGUCCGAGCUGAGAACCGACUUGGCAUCAGUGAACACCUUGACUCUCCUCCUAUCACUGUGAAUCUGCCUUACACUCUUCCUGAAGCACCUGCUGCCCCUAUCAUUUCACAUGUCACAAGAGAGACUAUUACCGUUACCUGGAAACAGCCUGCAUCUGAUGGAGGAAGCCAUGUGUUCGGAUACCACCUUCAGAUGAAGGACAAGAACAGCAUUUUGUGGCUGAGGGUCAACAACACUGUUAUCCGUGCCAAUCACUUCAAGGUUACCAACAUCAACCCUGGCCUAAUCUAUGAGUUCAAGGUUGCUGCUGAAAAUGCGGCCGGCAUUGGUGAAUUCAGCAAGAUAUCAGACGCUGUUUUGGCAAUUGACGCUUGUGAGCCACCAACUGACGUCCGUGUUACAGACAUAACAAAGAGCUCCAUAACUGUGGCUUGGCAUAAGCCUUCUUAUGAUGGUGGCAGCAAGAUUACUGGGUACAUUGUUGAAAAGAGAGAUGCACAAAGCACUAGAUGGACUAAAGCAAACUUGGCAAAUGUAUCGAGUUGCAAGUUCACUGUCCAAGGCCUAACUCAGGAUGAGUCCUACGAAUUCAGAGUCAUGGCCAAGAAUGCAGUUGGUUCAAUCAGCAAUCCCUCAGGUGUUGUUGGGCCAGUUACAUGUAUCGACACAUUUGGUGCUCCUGAAAUCGAAUUGCCCCAAGAAUAUAUGGAAGUAGUGAAACAAAGGGCAGGAGCCACUGUAGAGCUUAAGGUUGGCAUUAUUGCAAAGCCUCAGCCAACAAUUGAAUGGUUCAAAGAUGGCAAAGAACUGGAAGCCAGUGCCCAAAUAACAAUGAAGCACACUUUCGAGUCAACAAGUCUCAUCAUGAGGGAUGUGACUCGCCAUAAUGCUGGAACAUAUGAUCUCAAGAUAAAGAAUUCUCUGGGAACAGCAUAUGCUUCCAUCAGAGUGCAGAUUCAAGACAAACCUGGACCUCCAGCAGGAGAGAUUCAGAUCAAAAAAGUUACUGCUGGUGCCAUAACCAUAAUGUGGGAUCCACCAGAGGAUGAUGGUAGUGCUUUGGUCACCCAUUACAUUGUGGAAAAACGGGAGACAAGCAGAAUCAUGUGGUCAAUCAUAUCUGAAAAACUGGAGGAAUGCAUUGUAAAUGUGCAGAGAUUGAUCAAAGGCAACGAGUACAUAUUCCGUGUCAGAGGUGUUAACAAGUAUGGAAUUGGAGAUCCUCUGGAAUCUGAGCCUGUCAUUGCACGAAACACGUUUGUUCCACCUAGUCAGCCAUCUAAACCUCUGGUCACAAUGAUUACCAAAUCAACAAUGACUGUGAUAUGGGAGAGGCCUGCUGUUGAUGGUGGCAGUGACAUAGACGGAUACUACCUGGAGAAACGUGAGAUUAAGAGUUUGCAGUGGUUCAAGGUCAUUAAAGACCAGAUUCGUGAUACCAGACAAAAGGUCAGCCACCUUACUCCAGGAAAUGAAUACCAGUAUCGCGUCUGUGCUAUCAACAAAGCUGGAGCGGGAGCCUACUCUGAGGUGUCUACCUUCUACAAAGCCUAUGAUCCAAUUGACCCACCAAGUGAGCCAACCAAGCUCACGGUUGUUGACUCCACCAAAACAUCCAUUACAUUGGGAUGGGUGAAGCCUGUGUACGAUGGUGGCAGUGAAAUCACCAGCUAUGUAGUUGAACAAAUGGACUCCCAGGAAAGGGAAUGGGGGGUCAUUAGCUCCAAGGGUGAAGUGAGGACAACAGAGUUUGUGGCCUCUCACCUGAAACCAGGAAUUUGGUACUUCUUCCGUGUGGCGGCAGUGAACUGUGUUGGUUCUGGUCGUCCAAUUGAGAUGGUACAACCAGUUCAGGCAAAGGAUAUCCUUGAGGAAGCUGAUGUGAACCUUGACAUCGCAAUGACAACUCAGUUUACUGUUAAGGCAGGCAGAGAUUUGGAAAUUAAGAUUCCUCUCAAGGGUAGACCAGUGCCAAAUGUCACCUGGAGGAAAGGGGACAAAAACCUUGGUGGAGACAAAAGAUACACCAUUAGGGGCACAGACUACUCAACAACACUGUUGGUACCUGCAGUUACUAGAGACGACUGUGGCAAAUAUCUUCUUGAAAUUGAAAAUGGUGUCGGUGAGCCCAAAAUACAACCCAUCUCAGUCAAGGUACUAGACUCUCCAUCAGCUUGCAGUAAGCUUAUUGUUAAGAAUGUCACUCGCGGUAAGGUUACACUGAGCUGGGAGCCUCCCAAUAUCGAUGGUGGCUCUCGAAUCACCAACUACAUUGUGGAAAAGAAAGAUGCCACUUUGAAAGCAUUUACUGUUAUCACCACUGAAUGUCCCAACACAACAUGCAAGGUUGAUGGUCUUGAAGAGGAUAUCGCCUACUUCUUCCGUGUUUCUGCAGAGAAUGAGCUUGGAGCUGGUGAUACUUGUGAAUCAGAAUAUCCAGUUAGAGCUACUGAAACACCUGGCCCAGUCAAAGAUCUAGUUAUAACCGAUUCCACCAACACAUCUGUGUCUCUGGCAUGGACCAAGCCUGAACAUAAUGGUGGCAGUCAUAUCUCAGAGUAUGUCAUUGAGAAGAGAUCCCAGGAAGAGGCCACUUGGUCACAUGCUGCAAUCUCUAAACGUUGCAAGUGCGAGGUCACCCAACUGAAAACACUUUCAGUCUUGGAAUUCAGAGUGUUUGCAAAGAACGAGAAGGGUCUCAGUGACUUCUCAAUAAUUGGGCCUAUCACCGUCAAAGACUUUGUCAUUGCACCUGAGGCAAACCUUAUAGACUAUCCUUCAGGUGAACUGUUUGUUCGCAUUGGACAAAAUAUUGUCAUUGACUUGCCAUUCAAGGGUAAACCAAAGCCAGUUGUUUCAUGGAUGAAAGAUAAUAAUCCUCUCAAAGAAAGUGAUCAAAUUCGCUUCAGAGAGUCUGAAGAUAGGGUUAACCUGACUGUGAGAGGUGCAAGAAAGGAACAUGCUGGAACAUACACCCUUGUUCUGGACAACAAACAAGUCAAGAAUUUCUUUGACAUCAAAGUAUCAACUCAAGGAGCACCUACAGCACCCGUGGGACCCAUAAGAUUUGAUGAAGUCAAAGCUCAGAGUAUAAUCAUCUCUUGGGAUGAGCCAAAGGAAGAUGGAGGAGGAGAGGUUACUUGUUACAGCGUUGAGAAACGUGAAACGUCCCAUGCCGAAUGGAAGAUGGUUUGCUCUAGUGUUGUGAGGACCUCAUUUAAAAUACCAAACUUGGUAAAGGGUACACAAUACCAGUUCAGAGUACGAGCAGAAAACAAGUUUGGCAUUAGUGACGCACUGAAUUCAGAGGAAGUGGUUGCCCAGCACCAGUACAAACCACCAGGUGCACCAGCCAAACCUGUUGUACUCAAUGUGACAAGUGAUGGUAUGACUGUACAGUGGGAUGCACCAGCCUUUGAUGGUGGCUCUCCGAUCACUGGCUACCACCUUGAGAAGAAGGACAGAAAUAGCCUGUUGUGGAUGAAGGUGAACUCUACUGUCAUCUCAAAGAGAGAAUAUAGAGCCAUUGGUCUCAUUGAGGGUCUGGAAUACUCCUUCAGAGUCUAUGCUGAGAACAACGCCGGCCUCAGUCCUGCCAGCGAGCAGAGCAAACAUAGACUGGCCAUCUCCCCAGUCGAUCCCCCUGGUACACCUAAUUGCAUUGAUGUUACAAGAGACUCUGUCACACUCCAGUGGGCACCACCCAAGCGUGAUGGUGGCAGUAAAAUUGUAGCAUACAGUGUUGAGAGGCGCCAAGGAAGAAACAAAUGGCUGAGGUGCAAUUUCAUUGACAUCAGUGAAUGCCAGUUCACUGUCACUGCACUCUCAUCUGGAGACCGCUUUGAAUUCCGAGUAUUUGCAAGAAAUGCUGUUGGUACAGUCAGUCCACCCUCUCAGUCUUCUGGCUACAUCCAGACCAGAGACGAAAGUGUCAUUCCCGAAAUCAUCUUCGAAGCUGAGAAGACCCUCAGCAUCAAAGCUGGAGAAAACAUCAAACUCCAUUGCAAGAUUAGUGGACGGCCCUUGCCUCAGGUUACAUGGCACAAAGAUGGAAAGGAACUGGACAAAAUGCUGGUUGACAUUACCACCAUUGUCGGAUCAACCAGCCUCUUUAUUAGAGAUGCUGAUCGUAACGAUCGUGGCAUUUACACUGUUGAGGCUAAGAACAGCUCUGGCACAGUAAAGGAGGAUGUUCUUGUUAGGGUACAAGACACUCCCGGAGCUCCGGAAGGUCCUCUGAGGUUCACCAAUAUUGGUGCUGAGAAGGCUACACUGUGGUGGAGCCCACCAGAGAAUGAUGGGUGUGCUGCUAUUACACACUACGUGGUUGAGAAGAGAGAAACCUCAAGAAUUUCUUGGGCUCUUGCCACAUCCAUGUGUGAAGCUUGCUCAUUCAAUGCCACAAAAUUGAUCAAGGGCAAUGAAUAUCAGUUCCGUGUCUCUGCUGUCAACAAAUUUGGUGUUGGCAAACCUCUGGAAUCUGAGCCCAUUGUUGCCAAGAUGCAAUUCUCUGUUCCUGAAGCACCUGGAACUCCUGACUGUACUCAUGUCACAGGAGACAGUAUUACACUUGUCUGGGCAAGACCAAGAUCAGAUGGAGGAAAUGAAAUUAAGCGAUACAUACUUGAGAGACGUGAAAAGAAGAGCUUACAGUGGGUGAAGGUCUCAGCCAAAAGGGAUAUCACUGAGCUUAGACACAGGGUCACACAUUUGGUAGAAGGAUAUGAGUAUGAGUUCCGUGUGAUGGCUGAAAAUACAGCUGGCGUUGGACCACCAAGCAGCACUUCAAGACUCUUCAAGUGCAGAGAACCAACAAGCUCUCCAAGUGCACCAUCUGUUGUCAAGGUGACAGACUCCACAAAGUCAUCUGUCACGUUGGAAUGGAUGAAGCCUGUCUUUGACGGUGGAAUGGAAAUCAUUGGCUAUGUCAUUGAGAUGUGCAAGGCAAGUCUUGAGGAGUGGCAUAGGGUCAACACUGAUGCUUGCAUCAAAACUACAUACACCAUUAAGGACUUAGAACCAGGUGAGGAGUACAAGUUCCGCGUGUCUGCUCUGAAUGGAGCAGGAAAGGGAGAACCUUGUGAAAUCCCCAACGCUGUGAGAGCUGUUGACAGACUUACAUCCCCAGAAAUGGACAUUGGCGCAGACUUCAAACAGACACACAUUGUCAAAAAUGGAGGCACAGUUUGUCUUCAUGUUGCUUUCCGUGGAAAACCUGCACCACUUGCCACCUGGACAAGGGCCGAUGGUGAAAUUGGUGUGAUGGUUGACAUCCACACGACUGAAACCUUCAGCACCCUGACAAUGGAGAACGUCACUAGGUAUGAUGCUGGAAAGUACACACUUUCUCUGGAGAACAAUAGUGGCCGCAAAUCGAUGACAUUCACUGUCAAGGUACUGGACUCUCCUGGACCACCUGGACCGGUCGCAUUCAAGGAUGUGACAAGAGGAGCACUUACCAUCAUGUGGGAUGCUCCACACAAUGACGGAGGCUCUCGGAUCACUCACUACAGAGUAGAAAAACGUGAAGCUAGUCGCAUGGCCUGGCAGGAGUGCACUGAGAGGGUCACUCGCCAGAUGUUUAGAGUCAUCGGCCUUGAAGUUGGUUUGCCAUACCUUUUCAGAAUCAUCGCUGUAAAUCAGUAUGGUCAAGGUGAGCCUUACGAAAUGACAGAGCCAGUGGUUGCUACAGAAGAGCCUGCUCCACCCAAUAGACUUGAUGUCAUUGACACCACUGCCACAACUGCCUACUUGGCAUGGCUAAAACCUGAGCAUGAUGGUGGAAGUCGCGUUACAGGCUAUAUUGUUGAAUUUAGAGUGAAGGGCACACCCAACUGGCUGGUUGCUGGCCAAACCAAAUCUCUUAAAAUGGUGGUUGAAGGCUUGACAGAGAACACAGAAUAUCAGUUCCGUGUCAAAGCCCAGAAUGACUCUGGUAUAAGCUACCCAAGAGAUGCUCUGACUUCUGUUGUAGUUAAAGAGCCUCGCAUUGAGCCAACAGCAGAUCUCAGUGGCAUUACCAAACAGCUUAUUUUGUGCAAAGCGGGAAAUGCAUUCACUAUUGAUAUUCCAAUUAGUGGCAGACCAGCUCCAAAAGCGACAUGGAAACUUGAGGAGAUGAAGCUCAAAGAAACAGACAGAAUAAUAAUCAGGAGCUCUCAGGAGAGGACCACUCUGGUGGUGAGAGACAGUAAGAGAGCAGACAGUGGCAAGUACUACCUUGUUCUGGACAAUGCUGCUGGAACCAAGACCUUCACUGUUAAUGUGAUUGUCACUGGAAGACCCACUCCACCUACUGGACCUCUUGAAAUUACAGAAAUCACAUCUGAGUCUUGCACGCUGACAUGGGCAGAACCUGCUGAUGAUGGUGGAAGUGACAUUUCAAAUUACAUUGUUGAGAAACGGGAGUCUGGCAAUACAUCUUGGCAGGUGGUGAAUUCCAGCUGUAAACGCACCACAAUCAAAGUCUCUCACCUGACUAAAUACAUGGAGUACACAUUCCGUGUCUGUGCUGAGAACAAGUUUGGUGCCAGCAAGUCCAUUGAAUCUCAACCCAUGAUUGCUGAACAUCCAUUCGUUCCACCAAGUUCCCCUGGCCGACCUGAUGUGGUAUCAGUGUCUGCUGCUGUCAUCGGCAUCAAGUGGGAUGUGCCCUAUUCAGAUGGUGGAAGCCCAGUCACAGGAUACUGGAUUGAGAAGAAAGAGAGGAACACCAUCCUGUGGGUUAGGGAGAACAAGCUUCCUUGCCUUGAGGGCCGCUAUAAGGUGUCCAAUCUCAUUGAAGGUCUUGAGUACCAGUUCAGGGUAUAUGCCAUGAACAUCGCCGGUCUCAGCAAAGCCAGUGAGGCAUCCAGACCCGUGCUGGCUCUGAAUCCAGUUGAUCCUCCUGGUAAACCAGAAGUCUACGACGUCACAAGAUCGUCUGUUUCCAUCCAGUGGUCUACUCCACUCAAUGAUGGUGGCAGCAAGAUUGUGGGAUACGUUGUUGAGCGCAAGACAUUCGAUGAAAAUGAAUACCCUGAAGAUGUGAAGUGGUUGAAGUGUAACUACACUACUAUCACCGAGAACUGCUUCACAGUUCCUUCUCUUACUGAGGGAGAGGUGUAUGAGUUCCGUGUGAUUGCCAGAAAUGGCGCUGGCGUCCACAGCGCACCAUCUGAAACUACUGGACCAGUCACAUGUCGGGAUGAAUUCUCUCCACCAAAGGCUGAGCUUGACAGUAAACUUGUUGGAGAAACUGUCACUGUCAUGGCUGGAUCUGACCUUGUACUUGAUGCAGCUGUUGGUGGCAAACCUGACCCCAAGGUCUUCUGGUCCAAGGGAGAAUCUGAACUGGAGCCCGGUGAAAAGCAUUCUCUGACAUACACUACUACCAGGGCUAUGGCCAUCAUUAAGAGCUGUGACAGAGAUGACACAGGAAAAUACGUGCUGACAGUUAAGAAUGCUAGUGGCACCAAGACUGCCUCAGUUACUGUCAAAGUACUUGAUACUCCUGGACCACCCGAGGGCAUCGUCACAAUCAGCAGGGUGACUGAGGAGAAAUGCUCCCUUGCUUGGAGGCUACCUCUGGAGGAUGGUGGCGACGCAGUAACCCACUACAUUAUUGAGAGGCGGGAAACCAGCAGACUCAACUGGGUUCUUGUGGAGCCAGAAUGUAAGACUCUGUCAUGCGUCAGCAGUAAACUCAUUAAGAACAAUGAGUACAUCUUCAGGGUGAGAGGUGUGAACAAGUAUGGACCUGGUGUGGCUCUUGAGUCUGACCCCGUCAUUGCAAGAAACGCCUACACUAUGACAUCACCACCUGGAACUCCAGAGAUUACUGCUGUUGGAAGGGAGCAUGUGAUUAUUGAAUGGAUGAAGCCAGAAAAUGAUGGUGGUAGUGAGAUCAAGAACUACAUUGUGGAAAGGAGAGAGAAGAGCAGUGUCAGGUGGACAAGAGUGAACAGGACAUUCACCAUCUAUGAUACAAGACUGAAGAUUUCCGGACUCAUGGAGGGUAGUGAAUACCAGUUCCGUGUGACUGCUGAGAACGCUGCUGGACCCAGUCUCCCAAGUGAUGCUUGCCCAUAUGUCCUUUGCAAGGAUCCAACUUAUACUCCGGCACCACCAUCCACUCCACGCAUCACUGAUACUACCAAGCACAGUAUCACCAUGAAGUGGACCAGGCCCAUGUAUGAUGGUGGCUCCGACGUUACUGGAUACAUGGUGGAGAUCCUUGAGGAAGGAACAGAGCAGUGGUACAGGGCAACACAAAAACUCCUGACAACAACAAGUUUCACUGCAGGAGGCCUAUCGAGCAACAAGACAUACCGCUUCAGAGUGGCAGCUGCUAAUGCAUUGGGUGUUGGAGAGUACAGUGAUGGCAGUGUGGAAUCAUCACCCUCAGAGAGAGUUGAAAUGCCUGACUUUGAGCUUCCUGAUGAUCUCAAGAAGACUGUCUGCCUGAGAGCUGGAAGUACUCUACGUCUGUACGUGAAAAUACUUGGUAGACCAACACCUGUGGUCACUUGGAGAAAACCUGGAGUAGAGCUUACAAGCCGUGGAUACAUUGACACGACUGAAACAACUACAAGUCUAACAAUUGAAAAAGUAAAUCGUUAUGAUGCUGGCAAAUACACUCUUGAAGCUGAGAAUCCAUCUGGCACCAAGAAAUCUACCAUUAUGGUCAAGGUCUAUGACACUCCUGGACCUCCUGGUGCUGUCAAAGUGAAGGACUACACAAAGGAAUCUGUUGUCAUCACAUGGGAUGUUCCCACUAUUGAUGGUGGUGCUCACAUUAAUAAUUACAUUGUUGAGAAACGUGAAGCCUCCAUGAAAUCAUACAAGACUGUAACCACCGAGUGCAGGAAGACUUUGUACAGAAUCACAGGUCUAGAGGAAGGAGUACAUUACUUCUUCAGAGUACUGCCAGAGAAUAUGUAUGGCGUUGGUGAACCUUGUGAAAGCAGUGAACCAGUCCUAGUCUGUGAAGUUCCUUCCAUUCCAGUUGAUCUUCAGGUUGUUGACGUUAACAAGGCCUCUGUUAGUCUUCGUUGGGAGAAGCCACUCCACGAUGGCGGCAGCAGAAUUACUGGUUAUCUCCUUGAAGCCUGUAAAGUGGGAACCAACCGCUGGUCAACAUGUGCUUCUUUGAAAUCUUCUGUUCUUCACUGCACUGUCGAUUCUCUAACUGAAAAGGAGGAGUAUAUGUUCAGGGUGAGAGCAAUGAACAUCCGAGGCUCAAGUGAGCCAAGGGAAAUCACAACUCCUGUGACAAUCGACGAUGUGAAAAUUAUUCCCAAGAUCGAUAUCUCUGGCAUUCCAUCGAAGAUUGUCAAUGUGCAUGCUGGCAAACCAAUUGUGCUCACACUUCCCAUCAAAGGAAAACCCCUUCCUGAUUGCGCAUGGUUCUUUGCUGGUAUCCAGAUGAAACCUAAGCUCGAUCGCAUCAAGAUUGAAUCCACUGCUACAUACACCAAACUUGACGUUCGUGAAACCACAAUUGCAGACACUGGCAAUUACACACUUCAGGUGAAGAAUGACUUGGGAAUGGCAAGAGAGACUAUCAAAGUCAUUAUUCUCGACAAGCCUGGCAUACCCGUUGGUCCUCUUAGACUCGAUGAGACUGAUGGUGUAUCCGUCACCGUCAGCUGGGAACCACCAGAGAAGGAUGGAGGUGCCAAUAUCAGUGGUUACACUGUUGAGCAGCGCGAGGCUCACGUACCAGGAUGGACCACAGUUUCUGAGUCAGUCACAAGAACCACAUUUAAAUUUACCAAACUGCUUGAAGAAACAGAGUAUGUGUUCCGCGUUGCUGCAGCCAACCGAUUUGGCAUGGGAGCUUACUUGCAGUCAGAUGUUAUUGAGUGCAAGAGUCCCAAGACCGUAUCUAGCCCACCAAGCAUACCAGAAGUGGUGGAUGUGAACCAUGAGGGUAUGACUGUGACCUGGCAAGCACCAGAAAAUGAUGGCGGGUCCUCAAUUGCUGGUUAUAUCAUUGAGCGUAAAGAGACCAGAUCAGACAGGUGGAUGCGCAUCAAUAAGAAUCCAGUGACCAUGACCCGAUACAGAUCUACUGGUUUGGUUGAAGGCAAUGAGUAUGAAUACAGGAUAAUUGCUAUCAACUCCAGAGGCAACAGCAAACCUAGUGGAUGUUCUAAGCCUCACAUUGCAAUGGAUCCUAUCACACCACCUGGACCACCAGUGAGUCCAAAGGUCACAGAUACCACCAGGACAUCUGUGUCUCUUGCCUGGCUUCAUCCUGAGGAAGAGGGUGGCUCUGUGGUCACCGGAUACCUGAUUGAGAUGCAGAAGGUUGACCAGGUUGAAUGGACAAAGUGCAACACCACACCAAUAAAGGUCUGCGAGUACACACUGACACACAUGCCACAAGGCGCUGAAUACAAAUUCCGUGUGAUGGCAUGCAAUGCUGGUGGUGCCGGAGAGCCUGUGGAAGUACCUGGAAUUGUCAAGGUCACAGAAAUGCUUGAAUAUCCUGACUAUGAACUUGCCACAAUGUACCAAGAGGGAUACAUUGUCAGACAGGGUGGAGUUGUCAGUCUGUCUGUACCAAUCAAAGGCAAACCUUUGCCAACAUGCAAGUGGACAAAGGAAGGCCGUGACAUUUCUCACAGGGCAAUGAUUGCAACUGGUGAAGAACGCACUGAGCUUGUUAUUAAAGAUGCUCACAGAGAUGACUCUGGUACUUACGACCUGCUCCUGGAGAACAAAUGUGGCAAGAAGGCCGUUUACAUCAACGUUAAAGUCAUUGGACGCCCAGAUGCACCCGAGGGUCCUCUGGAGUUCGAUGACAUCCAAGCACGCUCUGUGAGGGUGAGCUGGCGAGCUCCUUCCAAUGAUGGUGGCUCUGAUAUUCUUGGAUACAUUUUGGAGAGACGUGAAGUUUCAAAAGCUGCCUGGUACACGGUGGACUCAAGAGUGACCGACACAUCCUUUGUGGUUAAAGGACUGAAGGAAAAUGUUGAGUAUCACUUCAGAGUGUAUGCUGAGAAUCAAUUUGGUGUCAGCAAAUCUUUGAAAUCAGAUGAAACUGUCACACCGAAAACACCCCUCAGUCCACCAGAGCCCCCCUACUUCCCUCCAGAGAUCAUGGAUGUCACAAAAACUUCCAUUAGCCUCUCUUGGGCAAAGCCCAAAGACGAUGGUGGCUCUCAUGUGACAGGAUACUAUGUUGAGAGAAGAGAGGUAUCUACUGAGAAGUGGGUGCGUCAUAAUAAGACUCACAUAACCACAACAAUGUACACCCUGACAGGACUUAUCCCUGACGCAGAGUAUGUCUUCCGAGUGGUUGCCCAAAACGACAUUGGUCAGAGUGAACCUGGACCUGUUUCUGAAUCUGUUUUGUGCAAAGAUCCAUUCGAUGCACCAAGCCAACCAGGAGAAAUUGAUAUUGUCUCUAUUACCAAAGACAGCAUCACUAUUCACUGGCAGCGCCCAGAAUCUCAUGGUGGCAAGGAGAUUCAAGGAUACUGGGUUGAAUAUAGACAGGCAGGUGAAAGCGCCUGGAAGAAAUGUGCAAAGGAACGCUCCAAGGACCGUCAGUUUACUAUGGGUGGUCUUGAGGAGGCAACAGAAUAUGAGUUCAGAAUAUUUGCUCAAAAUGAAACUGGUAUGAGCAGACCACGAAGAACUGCCAUGGGAAUAAAGACCAAAUUGAGUGUUGGAGAGGCUCCAGUUCUGAAAGAGGCCAUACAGGAUGUCACAACUGAUCUUGGAGAACCAGGCACACUGACCUGCCAGAUUAUUGGCAGACCACUUCCUGACAUCAAAUGGUACAGAUUUGGAAAGGAACUGAUCCAGAGCCGCAAAUACAAGAUGAGCAGUGAUGGCCGCAACCACUCCCUGACGGUCGUCACAGAUGAACAGGAAGAUGAGGGUCUGUACACUUGCAGAGCUCUUAAUGAAGCAGGUGAAAUGGAGUCCAGUGGUAAGCUUCGUUUGCAGGCUGCACCUCAAUUCCACCCUGGCUUCCCUCUCAAAGAGAAGUACUAUGCUGGAUCUGGCACAAGCCUUCGCCUUCACGUUGUCUACAUUGGACGUCCUAUACCAAAGAUUAUGUGGUGGUAUGGCAAGAAGCCCCUGAAUCCCUCAGACACUGUUGUCAUUGAGAACACCGAGAGCUAUUCCCAUGUUGUGGUGAGAAAUGUCCAACGUAAGACACAUGCUGGAAGAUACAAGGUGCAGCUGAGCAACACAUUUGGCACAGUUGAUACUGUUCUACGUGUUGAGAUCCAAGAUAAACCAGAAAUACCUGAAGGCCCAAUUGUUGUGGAUUCCAUGAAAAAGAACUCUGUGGUCAUCAGCUGGAAACCACCAAAGGAUGAUGGUGGUUCUUUCGUUACAAAUUAUAUUGUAGAGAAGCGUGAGGCCAAAGAGGGAGAGCUGUGGCACCUUGUGUCAUCCUCAAUUUCAGGAACAUUUUGCCGUGUUCCAAAUCUGGUUGAGAGUGCUGGUUAUUACUUCCGUGUGUCUGCACAAAACCAGUAUGGUAUCAGUGAGUCACUUGAGAUUCCAUCAGUCCUCAUCCUCAAGAGUCCAUAUGAGAAACCUGGAAUUCCCCAAACACCUGUUGUUUCUGAGGUCACAAGGGACUCUUGUCUUGUGACUUGGAAGGCUCCAACCAACGAUGGUGGUGCCAAGGUUAAGAAUUACUUCCUUGAAAAGAGGGAGAAGAAACAGAACAAAUGGAUUGCUGUUACAACUGAAGAGAUUCACGAGACACAUUAUGAGGCUACGGGUCUCAUUGAAGGCUUCGAAUACGAAUUCCGCGUCAAAUGUGAAAACAUUGGAGGCGAAAGUGACUGGAGUGAGAUUUCAGAGGCAGUUAUUCCGAAGUCAGAUCAGAAACCUCGUGCUCCAAUGUUCAAGGAAGAACUGAGAGACAUGAAUGUCAAAUAUAAAUCCCAUGCCACCUUUGUUACAAAGGUUGUUGGUCAUCCUAAACCAGUUAUCAAAUGGUACAAGGGUGGUAAGGAGAUUCUGCCAGAUGGAGUAAAGAUCAAGGUACAAGAAUUCAAGGGAGGAUAUUACCAACUUGUUGUCAACAGUGCUGAUGAGACUGAUGCUACCACUUACCAGAUCAGAGCAACAAACCAGAAAGGAUCAAUUUCAACAACUGUGAAGUUGGAUGUUGAAAUUCCUGCAAAGAUUUACCUACCUAAACACCUUCAAGGCUUUGGAGCUGUCCAUGCUGUUUGUGGUGAAGUUGUCACAAUCAAGAUUCCAAUCAGUGGCAAACCUGAGCCUGCAGUCACAUGGCAGAAAGGAAAGGAUAUCAUUGACACUACGGCAUACACUCAAGUGAUUUCCACAAGAUCAUUCACCUCUCUUACAUUCCCCAAGGGAGUCCAAAGAAAGAAUGCAGGCUACUACAUUAUUACAGCAAAGAACAGAUUUGGCACGGACAAGCAAACAGUUGAGCUGGAUAUUGCUGAUAAACCCAAAUCACCCAAAGAUUUGAUUGUCACUGAUGUAACAAGAGAUUCUUUGACAUUCGCAUGGGCUCCUCCAGAAGAUGAUGGUGGUGCACCAAUAAUCAAUUACAUCCUUGAGAAAUGCCCUGUGGGAGGUGAAAGAUGGAUCCGUGUUGCCACAUCCCUUGAACCUACAACAACUGUAAUCAAUCUCUUUGGCAAGACCAAGUACCAGUUCCGUGUAACUGCUGAAAAUACAUUCGGCUUCAGUGAACCAUCUAAACCAACAGAGCCUGUGACAACAAAGGAAGAAAAAUCAAUCCUCAGAAAUUAUGAUGAUGAAGUGGAUGAGAUGAGAGAAAUCAGCAAAGAAGAAGCUGUUCAUGCCAAGGUGACACUUGUUCCAACCCUUUACAACAUUGCUGAGGACCUUGCUCGCAGCGGACACUUUGGCGUUGUCCAUCGCUGUGUUGAGUUCAGCUCCAAGAAGACAUUCCUGGGCAAAUUUAUCAAAGUCAAAGGUGCAGACCGUGAGCUGGUAGUUAGAGAGGUUGAAACACUCAACCUGGCAAGACACAAAAAUAUUGUCCAACUCCAUGCGUCCUAUGACAGCCUUGAGGAAUAUGUCAUAAUGGUUGAGUUUUUGUCGGGCGUAGACAUAUUUGAGCGACUAGGCAUUGGUAGCUUUGAACUAUCUGAGCAGGAAAUUGUCCGUUACUUGAGACAGGUGUGCUCAGCUGUUGAUUUCUUGCAUAGUCACAGCUAUGGACACUUUGACCUUAGACCUGAAAACAUAAUCUAUGCCACAAAGAAGAGCUCAACUGUUAAGAUCAUUGAAAUGGGUCAAGCUAGACAUUUGAUCCCAGGAGAAAAUCUUAGAAUCCAUUUCACUGCACCUGAGUAUUACGCACCUGAAGUCCACAAGCAUGACCUUGUUACCACUGCAACGGACAUGUGGUCUGUUGGUGUCCUGGCAUACGUGCUGCUCAGUGGCCUCAAUCCAUUUGCUGCUGAGUCCCAGCACAAGAUGGUUGAAAAUAUCACAAGUGUAGAAUAUAUCUUUGACAAUGACGCAUUCAAACGCACUAGCAUUGAAGCUAUGGACUUUGUUGACAGACUGCUUAUCAAAGAAAGGAGAAACCGUAUGACUGCCCAUGAGGCACUUGAACAUCCUUGGCUCAAGAUGAAAAUUGAGAAUGUCAGUAAAACAGUGAUUAAAACUCUGAGACACAGAAGAUACUAUCAGUCAUUGGUGAAGAAAGAAUGGAGCACUGUGGUUGCACAAGCCCGCAUGGCCUAUGGAGGUGCCUACAGAAGCCAGAAAGGUCUUACAGUUGAAAGGGUAAAGGUUGGAGUUCCUGAGGAAGGAUUGAGACCAGGACCUGUCAUGCAUGGCUCUGCUGAAGAAGGUGCCAUUGUGAGAUUCACAUGCACUAUUCAAAACUAUGACAGAAACACAGAAGUGACAUGGUACCAUGGCUCUCGCAAACUCGUUGCAAGCCAUAAGUAUGAAAUCAACUACUCAAAUGGUUUUGCCAGCAUCUAUGUGAAGGAUAUUGAAGAAUCGGAUGAUGGCCUCUACAGAUGUAAGGUUGUUAGUGCGGAGAGAGAGGAGAAUUCCUAUGCAGAGAUAUUUGUGGAGAAUAUAAGAUCCAUUCGUGAAUAUUACCUUGGACGCACAGUUAAGAAGCUCAGGAGGAGGGUUGACAAAACCAAACUUCUUCAGCGUCCUCCAGAGUUUACUCUGCCUUUGUACAAUCGCACAGCAUAUAUUGGAGAAGAUGUACGAUUUGGAGUUACAAUCACAGUCCACCCAGAGCCACAGGUCACUUGGUUGAAGAAUGGACACAGAAUCAAGCAUGAUGACAGCCAUUACACCUUCACAAGUGACAAAGGUCUCUAUCAGUUGCUUAUCCACAAUGUUGGACUUGAUGAUGAUGCUGAGUACACUGUCAUGGCUCACAACAAAUUUGGUGAGGACAGCUGUAAGGCCAAGCUUACAGUAACACAUCACCCUGUUGUGGAGGAGACAAUGAGGCCCAUGUUCAAGCGCCUUUUGGCAAAUCUGGAAUGUACUGAGGGUGAUAGUGUUCGCUUUGACUUGAGAGUGUCUGGAAUUCCAGCACCAACCCUGAAGUGGGAAAAGGAUGGCAAGCCACUUGAAUUCAGACCCCAGGUUGCAGUUGUUCAAGAAGAUGUGGAGCAUCAUGUUCUGCACAUUCGUGAAACUCUAACUGAGGACUCUGGCAUAUACAGAGUCACUGCAACCAACUCGUCAGGCUCAAUAAGCUGCCAGGCAAACCUUAAGGUCGACCGUCUUACCUACACCAGAAGAGAAUUCAAGAGUGAAGAUGAGAGACAGAAAUAUGUCCAGAACCAAAUUGAAAAGACACUGAAAAUGGCACAGCGCUUCUCAGCCACAGAAAUGGAGACAACACUCAAUAUUGCUGCACAAGACGCUUUGAAAGAUGUUGUAGAACGAUACCCACCAGCAUUCAGCACAAAGAAUGUCCAGGGUGAGUUCGACAUUAGAGUGGAGAAGAAAGCCAAGACAAUAGUACAAGAGGUGAAGAGGAUCCGUAUGCCUUAUGAAAUUCCAGAUCCUGUGGUUCAUGAUCCAACAGGUCUUGAGGAAGACAUGGGUAUCAAACACUUUGUCCCCUUGUCUGAAAUGAAAUGGUACAAGAAGCUUCGGGAUCAAUAUGAAAUUCCUGAGCGUAUGGAGAGAAUUGUGCAGAAGAGACAGCGUCGCAUCCGUCUUUCCAGAUGGGAGCAGUUCUAUGUGAUGCCACUUCCAAGAAUAACAGACCAGUACCGGCCAAGGUUCCGCAUACCUCAAUUCACGCUUGACGACCUUGAAACUGUUAGACCAGCAAGAAGGUCACCUUCCCCUGAAUCAGUGGCAUCCUUCAAACAGAGAAGAAGGUCCCUUGGAGACUUGUCUGAUGAUGAACUUGUGGAAUCAAAGAGAACGGAAGAACAGGAGAUGCUUGAGGAAGAACUUGAACUCGGCUUUUCUGCUUCACCACCAAGUGGUAGUCCAGUACGCUUUGAACUGUCCUCACUUCGUCGUGCAUCCCCAAGGGUUGCAGCAAUGGCUGAGGUGAAGGUAGAGAAGAAAGAACGCAAAACUGUUGAACAGUUCUUAAGAAGAAGAAGGUCAUUGUCACCAACAUACAUUGAGCUUAUGCGUCCAGUAUCUGAAUUGAUAAGACCUUCUCGUGCUCGCCCUCCUGUGGACGUUGAGGGUGAAGCUGUUGACAGACGAUCACCCACCCCUGAGAGGACACGUCCUCGCUCUCCUAGUCCAGUUUCCACUGAACGGUCAGCCUCCAGGUCAUCCUCCAGAUUUGAGAGAUCUGCCCGAUUUGACAUCAUGUCACGAUAUGAAUCAAAGAAAGCAGCUAUAAAAUCUGAAAGGAAAUACCAGGUUGUCACCCAGACACCCUUCAGCCUUGACCAUGUUCCGCGCAUCACUGUGAGAAUGCGUUCUCAUCGUGUGCCAUGUGGCCAGGAUACUAAGUUCACACUGAAUGUCCAAUCCAAGCCAGAGGCAGAAAUCAAAUGGUACCACAAUGGACAAGAAAUUCAAGAGGGCAGCAAAUAUGAGUUCUCAAACAUGGGUGGAGUUUUAUCUCUGAAGGUCCUUGAGUGCACUGCUGAGGACAGUGGAACCUACCGUGUUGUCUGUGCCAAUUCAAAGGGAGAGGCAUCUGACUAUGCCACACUUGACGUUUCAGGUGGUGCAUUUACCACAUAUUCUUCUCGCCGUAAAGAUGAAGAGGCCCCUGUGAAAUUUGUGCCAGAAAUCACAAAAACUGAUCACUACCAUUCGUCAUCAAUUAGAGCCUCCUCCGCAUCAAGAACUCAUCUUGAGAUCAAAGAAACCUCAACAAAGUACACAGAAAGACAUGAGGCCUCAGCAUUGGAAAUUGCUGCUGCAGAAAGGUUGGCAUCAUCACCAAUUAGAUAUGCCUCCACAGAAUACUUGUCUUCUGCAUCGUAUUCAGCUGCAACUGCGUCAAGGAAAAAGGUGAAGCCCACUUUUUCUGCAAAAAUACUCUCAAAGCCACAGUCAGUGACUGUGUCUCUUGGGGAGACUGCAAGAUUCACUUGUGAUAUUGAUGGCGAGCCUGCACCAACCGUAACAUGGUUGCAUGAAGGACAAAUUAUUGUGUUCUCGCACCGUUACAAAGUGACUACAACACAGUACAAGUCUACAUUUGAAAUCUCCUCUGUUGAGCUUUAUGAUGAGGGCUCCUACACAGUGAUAGUGGAGAAUUCAGUGGGCAAACAAGAGGCAAGAUUUACGUUGACCAUUCGUAAACCACCCCCAAAACAGGAGGUUGCUGCCCCACCACCAAAAGUUAAGUCCCCUGAGCCUGAGGUAACACAUGCACCGAUCACUGAGGUAGCCUCACCCGUAUCAUCACCGGAACCUGAGGCUGUGAGCCAGCUGAGCCUUGAACAGGAGAGGAUGGAUUCUCCAUCACCAACUCCAGUCAAGACACCAGAGCCUAGGCACAAAUCCCCAACACCAGUCAAAUCUCCAGAGCCACCAACUUCACCUAAGCUCAAGUCCCCAACACCAAUCAAAUCACCAGAGCCACCUACUUCCCCUAAACUCAAGUCUCCAACACCAAUCAAAUCUCCAGAGCCACCAACUUCACCCAAGCUCAAAUCCCCAACACCAAUCAAAUCUCCAGAGCCACCAACUUCACCCAAGCUCAAGUCCCCAACACCGAUCAAAUCUCCAGAGCCACCAACUUCACCUAAGUUAAAAUCCCCAACACCGAUCAAGUCACCAGAGCCUCUGGCUUCAAAGCUCAAAUCCCCAACACCAAUCAAAUCACCAGAGCCAGUGGCUUCACCGUCAAGGUUGAAAUCUCCAACACCUAUCAAAUCACCAGAACCUGCGGCCUCGCCUCUGAAAUUGAAAUCUCCAACACCAGUGAAAUCCCCAGAGCCAAUUGUGUCACCUCCAAGGAUCAAGUCCCCAGUACCAAUUGCUUCUCCACCAAGAAUGAAGUCCCCAACAAGAGGAGUUAAAUCCCCAACACCACUGAAGCAAGGUGCAGCAAAGAUUAUUCAGCAGCUUAGAGCCGAGGCUUGUGAGGACAAGGUGAAAAUGUACUGUGCUGCUGAGAGCAUGGUGAAGGAAGUGGUGUGGUACAAAGAGGGCAAGAAGUUGACGCAAGGGAGUCACUAUCAAAUUCAAACAUCGUCUGAUGGAACCUGCUGUAUGUUCAUCUAUGAUGUCUCAGAGAGCGACCAAGGUGAAUACACCUGUGAGAUAACUACAGAAGCAGGACUGUCCAAAACCUCAUUCUCCUUCACUGGCCAAGUCUUCCAGAGCAUAUACUCCAAAGUGACAGCUUUCGUAGCAUCACACAUGGCAAUUCAGCAAUCUGUGAAGUCAUCUGAGGUCAUGAGUCAUGGAUUCCAAGAAACAUCUGAAAUGAUGGUCAUGAAAGAAAGUUCUGCUUUCUCAUCCAAGUCUAUGCACAUGGAGAGCUCCAUGCAGGAGACUUCAUUCAGCAGUUCCAGCAUGGCUAGCAUGGCUAGCAUGGCCGAAAUGAAAUUUGAAACAAUGUCUCAGUCGAGCAUGUCCUCGAUGACAUCCGAAUCAGUUUACGCCAUGAGUUCAAGCAGUCUGAUGUCAAGUUCACUUGUAGAGGGGACCUCCAUGAGAGCCUUGCAGCACAGUGGUCAAGGUUCGGCACCAAGAAUUGAAGCCCUCCCUGAGGAUAUCAGCAUCGAAACAGGGAAGGUUCUCACGGUAGCAUGUGCUUUCUCUGGAGAACCCACCCCUCACAUUGAGUGGUUCCGUUCAGGGAAGAAACUGCCUGGUGAGGAAGAAAGUGGCAGAUUCCACAUUGAGACCACAGAAGACCUCACCACACUCAUCAUCACUGGUGUCAAGGAGAGUGAUGCUGGCGCAUAUACCCUCAAGCUUUCCAACGAGCAUGGAUCUGACACAGCAACUGUCGCCAUUAGUAUUCGAUCAGCGUAAAAUCAUUACGAUUAUUUCUAAUCCCCCUCCCUCUUUAAGUGCCUUUUUAUUUAUUUAAUGAGGAAAAAAUCUUUACUUGAUAAAUACCUGGAUUACUGUUCCUGUAAAUAUGAACUAUUUUUAUACCAAACUUGACAUUAAUUUAUGCCACACUAGACUGAAGUCUAAAGUUGUUAUAAAAUGUGCCAUAUUGGAUAAUUAUGACUUAGGAUUUUUGGAUCCAUUUUUCUGUGACAUGUACAUAAUGUAUAUAGCCGAAUUUAACGGUUAUGGGAAAUGUAUGCAUUGUUAUUUAUGACAAUAUUAACUGAAACAAAAGGAACUAAUUGUUUAACAGGAGAAAGUUUCGCAUGGAACGAAUACCCUGUUAAACCUGAAACUAAAAUCUGUGCCUCAACAAAAAGUUGAAGUCUUAAGAUUGCCUCAACAGGUAGAGAGGCUCCCUGUUGAUGAUUUACUAAAUCUGAGAGACAACAUAAUAUUCCCUGCAUGGUCACACAUGCAGUGAUAUUACCGUACUCUUAUGAAAUGUUACUUGACCAUAAGACCUUGAGUGCUGUUUGCAUAUUACCCUCAUGUAAGCAGGACAACUAGGCCUUGUGUUCAGACUGACUUUGUCAUACCACCAUUUUAAUGACAUGCUCAAAGUGCGAGCGGCCUGCACUUUUUGAGCAAUUUUUUUUUAAUGUGCUCUGUUUCUGGCAAAGGACUGCUUGAUGAUACUCUCUAAAAGAACAUCACCUGGCCAUAAAAUAUAGGGUAUGUCUUGUACUUCUUUGCAGAAGCAGAGCCUUCUCUUGGAGGAUUGCCUUUGUGCAUCAUGUGUGUUUGUGUGUUAGCUUUAGAAUUUCACCCAGUCAGUCGUCGGGCAACAACCAAGAAAUUGUACCACAGUAACAACACCUGCUGUGCAAAGAAGAAUUAACAAAAGUAACUCUAUGCCCUACACUUUGGUUUGAUUAUAUUUAGUAUUGUAGAAUUACUUAUAUACGCAACCUCCUUGAGUUUUAUUAUUAUUGAUUCAAUAAAGCAUGAAUUCAGCACAUA